AGGAAAGAAAUUAACUUGCAAAAAACACACACACACAUACAAAACCAUAAAGGCCGCCCCACACGUCUCUCCCUUCCCUCCCCGCUCGCCCCUCCCUCCGCGCUCUGAUUUGAAAUGGGAUCCAGCCGCAGCCUUUCGCCGGGGCUUAGUCGCCUCCUGCCCGGCUCGGAUUCGCACCGGCAGCAGGAGCGAGAGGAGAAGCCAGAAGGAAGAAGAGCGCCCAGCUCUUGCGCGCGCCAAGGACUUGGCCUCGCGUUGCACAGCUAAGCCCAGCUGCUGUUGCUGCUGCUGCCUCUGCUGCUGCCGCCUGGCGCAGCCGGCGCAAUAGUCGAGGGCAGCCAGAGAGCUCCUCUGCUCCGGCAAAGCAGAGCGAGCCUACGAGCCGCCGCCGCCGCUUCGUGCUCCGCCUCCCGGCGAGGGCAGGAGAGCCGAGCGACCCCAGAAGGGCCACGGAAGGCGUUCACUCCGUCUCCGGCAGGGACGCGGCGCGCGGGGAGCCUCCGCCUGGGCGGGAGACGAGGCGAUGCUGGGGCGUCCGGCCGAGCUCCGCGGCGCCUGCAGCCGCACUUGCUGCUGCUUCUGGAAAGGCGAGCUGCUCCUGACGCGGGGAGAACCAGGGACAUGCUGCCGAUGCACCUCCGGCCCCGGCCAGGUGAGCUGGCGGGCAGGUUGGGCGGCCAAGCGGGGUUGGUUGGGGGAGCAGGCGGGCGCGCAGCGCGGGGCCACGGAGCCACCCAACGGGAGAGCCGAGCGCAGCCCCUGCAGGAGGACAGCGGGGCGCCGCCCAUGGAGAGCCCCGCCGCGCCGGAGGAAGCACUCCCCAGCUGCCCACCCACCUCGGGACUGCCUGGCGUUGUGCGUCCGGCUGCCCCUCUUUCCUUGGAGGCGGUGCAGGUUGCGAAGGAAGGGGGGGUUCCCCGAUCUCUGCCCGGUACAGCGGGCCUGAGUCCCAGACGCAGCUGAGCUGGGGUGGGCGGCGGGAGGCGCCGGGGAGGGAAGCCGGAGAGAUUCGGGAGGGAUCUCCCAACUUAUUUUCGGAGCGCUGCGGAGGGAGGGGGACUUGCGCGCUCAAGGCGGCAGAGAGCCGCUUGCAAAACAACCGCUGAUGUUUCGGCGCUUCGCGUUAGCAGAGGGGGUGGCGAGGGGAAGCAUCUGCCCAAGGAGCGGCGGGAGCGGAGGCAUUGCUUGUUCUUGUUUCGUUCCCUUCCGGAUUUGCCUGCUUCUGGCGGCGCUUUGGGGCUGCUCGCCGCGCGCCUGCUUAUCACUUGUGGACUUGUCGCUUGGAGACGCCUGGCUCCGGCUGUGCUAACUUUCUCCGCUGAAGUGCAGUGCGCCUGAGUCGGCUUCGGAGCAGACGAAGAGUUCUGCUUGCCGCCGGUGACUCGCCCGGAUGGCUCAUUCAGACAUGCGCGGCGUUCCUCGGAAGCCACGGGCAAGUCACUGCGAAAAAACCGGGAUAUGCCUUCUUAGCCCCGCCGGAGUACUUUUUAAAAGGCAGUGAGCCUUAAGGCUAGAGAGGUAAAGGGAGCAACACUCCCAAGUGAACGACUGCAGACUUCUUUGCCUUUGCAAAAGCAUCAUUUGUCAGACUUCUGAAAUGUCAGUUUGUGCAUCACUUUGGCUAUGGUGCGGAUCCCUCCCCAAGUUUUUAUAAAUAACAUGAAACAAUUUAAAGUGCUUGGUUGUCAGGCUACCGCCUCAUUUUCAGGGACUCUCUUAAUUUUGGACAUCACUGCCCCAUAAGGAGCAUGAUCCCAUAUUCACAACUGCUAGGCACUGUAGAGACUUCUUAGGAUGGAAAACUUAUCAGGGCUGGUUGUGUAUAAACUUUCUGAGCAGUCAUUUAUUUGUAGCGAAGCUGUGCUUUUUUAAAAAGGGGUUAAACUUAAGACUCUGUAAAAGGAAGGUUUUACCUGUGGGUUCUGAGAUCUUUGGAACGCAUACUGGAAAAACGACGAAGUGUUAACAUGAGAAUGGCUAGCUUUUCCUGCUCUGCUGAAAUGCCAGCUAUGGGUUGAUGCAUUUGGUGUGUAACAGCCAAAGUCAUGCAACUUGGGUCUAAGAAACAGUUAUGAUCGUUUAUUUCUGUGAAGGUGCUUCCAGGUAACACUUAAGAUUUCUGUCAGCAUUAUUAAAAUACAUUCUUGUUAACAAAAAAAAAGGGGGGGUAUAUAGAGAGUCUAUUCGGAAAGAAUGUGUUUCUUUACAAGGUUGGAUAGUAUAGAUUCUGAUUGCAGUCAUUUCUGGUUGCAAUGUUCACUGCUUGGAGUAUUCAGUGGGGAAGGUAUUUCUGAUGAAAAGUUAGACAUUUGCACAAAAGGUAUACUCACCCCCCAAUAGCUCAGCUACGUAAAAUUGGACUGCUUGAAAGAACUUCAGCUGUCAUCAUUAGCAGUGACUUGAGGUUUCGGUCUGUUGUCAUACUUUAGAAUUAGACUCACCAAAUGGGAGGUGGGGGGGAAAUCCACUAUAGUAGGGUUACAGUGUAAAUAAGAAGUUUAGAAAUACUAAUCUUAACAUCUGUUUGUAUGCACACAAUGAACUGUUAAAUGAAAUGGUGAAGUGAACUUUCAGUUGAUGUAAUAUGUAGUGUAAUAUUGGGAAAUGUUGGCCAACCCAGCUUCCAUUGAGAUUCGCAAAGCUACCUUUUGCUUUUCUGGGGCCAUGUGCGAAACCAAAGAGCCUCACUCUGAAAACAUCUGUAUUAGAGUAGAGGUUACUGAGGGGCUGGGGAGGGAGGCAAAUGCACAAGCUCCAGCAGAAAUUGUAGAACUGGCAAUGCAAUGAUCAGCAUACCUGUUUCAUUGGGAUGGUUGCUAAGGAAUGAAUUUGGUGUAUGGAUUUAUUUUCAUGAUUUUUAAAACCUGACAAAUUCUGCAUUUUCCGAUCAGUUAAUGCAUCUGGCAUAAUCAACAGCUGUGCCAAACCCAGCGGGGGCAAGCUGUUGCCUAUUGGCCUAUAUUUGGAGAUGUCCUGCUGCCUUGUAUUCUGCCUAUAUUUAGGCUAUAGUUUGAGGAGAUGUUUCCAUGCACCCCAAUACUAAUUUUUUUUUACCAAAGAGUUAAAUGAGACUUGCCUCCCAGUAAAGAUGCUUAGUAUUUAAAAACAGGGAAAUUCUUUGUUUUUAUGCAGUAUGUGUGUGAAAUGGGUCUUAAAAGGGAAUUCAAGAUUGAUCUUUGCUUUUAGACUUUUUCUAGAUCAGCUUUAUUACUGAGUCAAAACAAUCUCAAUAUUUGUUUCACGUGGUACUUUGUGCGUAUGAUGCUAUAAAGCAUCACAAAAUUCACCUUGAGUGCUAACAGUGAAGAAGAAGUGUGAGAGUGAGAAAGAACGUGCUUUCCAAAACUUGAAUUUGGGGAGGAACAAUAGUAACUCAGAUUCAGUUGGAUAUGUGAUUAUUUUCUGCUAACAUGCUGCUGCUUUUAUGCAGUUCUGAUCCACCUAACCAAUAUAUUUGACCUGGUCCUCCCAGCUUGAUCUUCUAUCACAUUAUUUGUCAUGCUUUAUUCCUUACCAUCUACCUGCCCAGGUAUUUUUCCUCCCAUUAAUGUAAGAGUGCUUCUGGAUCAGACCAAAAGUCUUCUAGUUCAGCAUCAUUUCCCCCCCACAGGGGCAACCCAGAUGCCUAUGGGAAGCCCAUAAGAAGGGCAUGGUGGCAUUAGCCCCUGCCUGAUAAUGGAGGUACUAUUUAACCACCGUAGCUUGUGGCCAUUGAUACGUAGAUUUAUCCUGCAUUAAUUUGCCAGCUUCCCUGGAUGACCCUGGGUUCUAGUUUCAUGUUCUUCAUAAUUUUAUACGCCUCUGUUACAUUGCCCCAUAUCUUAUUUUUAUUUGGAACUAAAUAGCCCCAGAUGUUGUAACCUUUCCUCACUGAGUUGUUUCAGUUCCUGCUAAUUCUGAUUGCCCUUUUCUUAGAAUCGCAGAAUUGUAGACCUGAAAGGGACCAUUAGGGUCAUCUAGUCCAACCCCCUGCGAUGCAGGAAUCUUUCACCUAAUGUGGGGAUCAAAUCCACCACCCCUGAGAUUAAGAGUCUCAUGCGCUACCAACUGAGCUAUCCCAGCACUUGCACGUUCAUAUACAGUAUUUAACUCUUCAUCCUUCUGCCUAGGCUUUAUUUCUGCUACUAACCCUCCAUUAGGCAAUCUGAAACAUCUCAUAACAGAUUGCUCAUAUUCCAGUAACUGCAGUUGUUUUGUCUCUUGGGCAACAUGGAAACAGGGCCAGACUUCUUCCAGCAAAGUUGCUAGUACAUAGUUGAGAAGCUGAAAUGAUGGAAGAGGCUGCAACAGCUGUUUGGGGCACUGGGGGUGGAGACAUUCUGAAAACAGUUUGGUUUUGUGGAGCAAACACUUGCAUUAUAAAUAAGAUUGCAUGAUACAUAAUUAUAGCAGUGCCAGAUAUACCCGAUCUUGAUAUUUGGGUAUAAACUGAAGGUUGGGGUAGAAGAUAUUUCAAAUAUUGCUUUGACUGUGCGUCUAUUUGCGUUUUCUUUAAUCCUUUGGCGGUAUUCUUUCCCACAUGUAUUACUGCCAUUCCCCUCCCCAGUCCUUGCUGCUGUUUCCUGGAUUGCUUACAUAGGUGGCUCAGGCAAGUCUGACUGGCUAUGUCAUGUUGUGAUGUCAUCCCAUUUACUACAUGAUCCCUGAUUGGGUUUGUGAUGGUUUCACUGCAGGGAACUGAAGUGGGGUGUGCAAGAAAAUAGCACUCUGAAUGAAAAGGCAAGUGUUUUUUUGCAGGCACUUGUUUUUAUUUUAUUGCUUAAGUCGGGAGCACUUUGACACUCAAAUGGCAUCAGUCACCCCCACACCCCAAAAGAGAGUACAAUAAGAUUACAACUUACACACAUUUAACUUGUGCACAUUCAGUUUUACAUGCUUGACAAAAUGAUAAUAAUAAUAAUAAGAAGAAGAAGAAGAAGAAGAAGAAGAAGAAGAAGAAAUAAUUAAAAGGGGGCAGGUGUCAGGGGGAGGGGCUUUGGCACCCAAUGUGUUUUGACUAUACAUGUUUUUGGCUUUAGGCGUUUUCCCCCAGAAGGUAACUCCCACAUAAAUUGCAGGCUUACUGUAGUUUCAGGGCGACCUUUAGAAAUGAAGGUUCUUUGCUAUGCAUAGUACAGAAUAAUAUAAUUGACAGGGACUCAGUAAACCCCUAGUCCAGUGGUCUUUGGACUGUUCCUAAAAACACUUGUGUUCCUUGGAAGCUUAUUGGGCUUUUUGAUGAGAAGAUCCACUGUGGACAAAAGCUUUCCGCAAUUACUGGCCUCUCGUUGCAAUGCAGUGGUGAUAGUGGGGUAUUGGAGAUGUUCUAGGUCCAUUCUCUGUAUUAGCACAGGGCAACGGGGAUAGUGGACGCCCCACACUCAGUAUCACUCAGAUUCCUCAGCAAGAAGAAAGGAUUCUGUAAAAGUAGAGAAUUUAAAUGGAUCCAGUCCAGUUGUCUGUUCCUAAAGAGUCACUGACAUACCAAACUCCUCCUAAAAACAUAUAAAUGCUGUUUCUACAUUGGUUGAUUUGUUUGUUGAUCUUCUAUCCUGUCCUUCUGCUGCAAAGUGAGCAUAUAAUGGCCAGCAACAUAUAAUAAUACAACAGUCUAAAACAAUGAUUUCUUGUGUUCAGUUUGGGUCUACCUCCCUUCAGUUUAAAUAAUAAUAAUAAUAAUAAUAAUAAUAUUAUACCCCGCCCAUCUGGCUGGGUUUCCCCAGCCACUCUGGGCGGCUUCCAACAAAACACUAAAAUACAAUAACCUAUUAAACAUUAAAAGCUUCCCUAAACAGGGCUGCCUUUAGAUGUCUUCUAAAAGUUUGGUAGUUAUUUUUCUCUUUGACAUCUGGUGGGAGGGCGUUCCACAGGGCGGGUGCCACUACCGAGAAGGCCCUCUGCCUGGUUCCCUGUAACUUGGCUUCUCGCAGCGAGGGAACCGCCAGAAAGCCCUCGGCCUUCAAUUAUUCUCCUUAUCUUACCCCACCCUACACACACACUCUUCAUGUAUCCAAUUUCUUGAGCCUUUUGGCCUAGGAUUUGUCAUCUGAACACAGAUGUGUUCUAGCUGUUUUCUGUUUUCUUUUUCUUCUGUGAGCUGGACAAACAAUUGCAUCUAGUUCAAGCCUAUGGUGCUGUUUCACUCUGCAUAAAACUCUUUCCAGAAAGAGGCCAUAGGUUCCCAAACCACCCAUCUUUACUACAUUACAGCAACUUUCAGACUGGGCUCAGUCCAUUCUGUCUCCCAAUGGGACUUGUAUGUUAACUGGGGAUAAUCAAGCUUGUAUCCUUAAUUUGCAAGAGGCUGUGGGUCUUGCUUUAUUCUCAUAAAAUGGAGCAGAUUAUUGUUUUCCCUUGGACAAUAUAAGCCUGGUCUGUGGAAACCUUCAGGCCACAGGAUGCUGAGCAUCCUGUUCACUUAUUGCACUAUAUUAAAUGUGAAGAGAAGUUGCUAUUCAUUCUGUUUGGGUAUUUCCUUGGCUUCUUUCUAUAUAAUGGCCAAUAGAGAAAUACAGUGGUGCCUCGCAAGACGAAAAGAAUCCGUUCUGGGAGUCUCUUCGUCUAGCGGUUUUUUCGUCUUGCGAAGCAAGCCCAUUGACGGGAUUAGCGGAUUAGCGCUAUUAGCGCUAUUAGCGGCUUUUAGCAGCUUAUCAGCUUAUCGGAUAAGCAGAUAAGCGGCUUAGCGACUUAGAAAAGAGGGGGAAAGGAAAAAAACCCCAGGAACUCGCAAGACAUUUUCGUCUUGCGAAGCAAGCCCAUAGCAGAUUCGUUUUGCGAGGCACCUCCAAAACGGAAAACUCUUUCGUCUAGCGAGUUUUCCGUCUUGCGAGGCAUUCGUCUUGCGGGGCACCACUGUACAAUGAAAAUUCAGAGAAACAACCAACGUUCACAGCAGAUAUGGGGAGCCUGUGAUACACACACCCAAUGUUGUGGGACUCCAACUCCCACCAGCUUUCACCAGCAUGGCUAAUGAUGAGGGAUAAUGGGAGUUGGAGUCCAGCAACUCUUGAAGGUUCACAAGUUCCCAUUCCCUAGUUUAUGGAAUCAAAUUGAGAAUGUGGUUCAAGUGGGUAAAUGCUGAACUUGGCAUUGUCACACAGUUCCUGCAUAAUGAUGUCCAGCUUGCGGCAUAAACCACAAUUAACCAUGCCAUACACUGAUGCUGCUGUUUCUGCUGACUUUAGACUACAUGGCAUGCAUAAGAACUAGUCAUAGUCUAUUAUGAAUUGGGCUUUUCAACUGUCUUGCCAAAGUUUCAUUGUCUGUAGUUGAUUUUUGUGCAUUUCCACCUCUGCACACAUCACAGGGCAACUCCUACGAGGCUGGUGAUGGUCAUUGUCAAUUGGUGUACCAGAAACAGGUCAGACUUUGACGCAAUAAAUGUGAAUUGAGUAGGCAAGUUGAACAUAUAAUGGAGCAAUUAUGCAACCAUGUUGCCACUUGCCAAGGGCUGUAUAGAUCUGAUCAGCUCACAUUAUAUUAUUAUUAUUAUUAUUAUUAUUACUACUACUAUUAAAAAUUGUAUACCGCCGUUCAUCUGUAGAUCUUAGGACAGCUCACAUUCUCAGCAUGCCAGUUUAGUAGUGUGAAUUAGCCCAUGGUCUUCUGACUUGACAUGCCGCUGUUUUUGUCAAUUCAAUAAUACAUGGGGGGGGGAAUCUGUACUAUAUAAUUCUGUGCUGAAUAGUACUUCAGCUCUAGAAUGACAUCUUGACCACUCUGAAUGUGGAAACAUCUUCCAAUGUCAUGUUUAUGAGAGGUUUGAAGCUGUUAAUUAGAUUUUACAACCAACAUGGAGUUGACAAUUGCCUGCCUCUGUCAAAUUCAAACAAAUAUUUCAGGAGCAAAUAGGUUAUUUCAUAAAAAAAACCACCGUAAGUUUUCUUGCCUAGUUAUUACAACCAAAACACAUUUUGCAAAACACAUUUUGAUUGCAGGCUUUUAGUUGGUUGUAAAGGAUACUUAGAGAGUACUUAUUUUGAUAAUGACAGUGAUGUAAUGUGUGAAAAUAGUUUAAACAUCUGUGUAGGGAAGGUAAGCAGAAAAGUAAUUAUUUUGGUAAAAAAUGUUUGAAAGCAAGCAUGCUGCUAUAUGCUUUCGCAAAUAACUGUAAUUUAACAGCUGUAAAUACACAUAAGAAACUGUAAGUUAAAACCAUUUGAGUAAUACCUAUGUUUGCUUCUCUUGGUCUCGAACAAGAAAUUCUACAGACAGGCAUUUUAUCAAAACCGUGAGAGCUGUCUCAACAAGCUCACAAUUUAAUUUUAAAUUCAGCAAAAGUGUACAGCAAAGUACGAUAGUGAUGAUGGGUUGAAGGAAGAAAAAUGAUCUGGCAACUGGGGUUGCAUAACAUAAUGGGGACUCAAUAUUUUGUUUGGAAGAAUAAUCAGGACAAACCUGCUUCCCAGGAAAUGUUUGAGGGGGAAAGAAGUGUGGUCAAAAACAACAAUGAUGGAGAGGCUGAAACUUUAACUCAGUAGUUGGUAAGAAAUGUCAUUCAAAGAAGCAGCCAGCUACUUGAGAGCUAAAAGAGAAAGUAAUUCCUCUUUGUACUCACCAAGGGUAUAUUAAUCAUGCAGAUGCACUCAGUUGCAAAUUCUAUAAAGAAAAAGGUUGAUUUAUACCCUAAAUUCCCUAGGUGGGUAUCACUUCUCAAUAAGAAAUAGUGCCAACGAACUCCAUGAACCUGACAUGGUAACUUUUUGCUUUCCAUAGCAUAGAUAUGUGUUGUCUGUAAAGUCUUAUUGGAUGGUGUCCAAUCAAAUUCCAUAACAGGAGUGAUAUGCAUGCAGGCAAUACUUCUGAAGCAGCCAUGACUCAUUGGGAAAGUCCAGAAAGCAUUUUCAAAGAGGAAAUUCUCUGCUGUUUUCAGUUCACUUGUCACAGUGCAUAUUUGAAAAAAUUAUCAGUCUCCUGCCAGGCCAUAUGUGACAGGCUCCUGAGACUCAAGCCUGGAGCAAGUUCUGAACAUGGGACAUGAAGGAAUCAAGGCUAGGAUUUUAAAAAAGAAAGAAGAAUUAUUAGGAGAAGGCCAACAGAGCAAUAAGGGAUCUUCUUGACAGCAACAGGACAAAACAGGUCAUGUGAUACUUCUGGUAAGCUGUUCUGAGAGCCUAGGGGGUGCUAAAGGCAGAGUAUAAGUGACUUAAAUAAAUUAAUGAAUACUUCCUGCCACCCACAAAAGCUUUUCCUGCUUAGCUUAGCCCUAAUCUCUGGUUUGAGCAGCACAGGAAACUGCUGGUAUGUUUUGUGAAAACUGGCCUCAUCUAAUUGUGUUUUCCAGCACCUCGCCAGGUGCCAGAUGAAAACAUUUUGAGGCCAACUUGUUGUGUUUCCUUGGACUGCUAAUAUACAUUCUGAAUUGUCAAAUGGAAAUGGAAAACUGCUACCUGGAAUUGCCCUUAAAGACUGCAUCAAAGGCUGUAUCCACAUACAUGAUGAAGCCUGAGGUGUUGAGUACCUACUAGGAGAAAAGUGAAACAGAAUAAUAAGGCUACAUUCAUUAAACAGGAGAGGAUACCAACCUCUUAUUCUGGUUUUGGGGGAUGUGAGGGAGGGGGAACGCAUAGCCAUAGACUUGCCAAGGAGUCCUUAUCUAGCGUGUUGCAGAGGCGGUAACUUUUGCUCCCUUUCCAGUAUACAGUGCAAAUCAGCUGGCUAGUAACUUACAAUCAAGUCACUGUGAAGAUCGGGAAACAUAGGUGUGUGCCCAAACCUCAUAUCUCCCAGCUGUUGGCCUUCUCUUGAAGUGCAGAUGACUACAAACCCUGUCCAUUUGAGCUUGAACCAUUCAGUAGGGUUAUAGCUACUGGUUAAAUCCUUGCUGUUGCCCAGGUGCUCUUAAUACCUGGGUAUGAUGUGUUGGCAGCCACUGGAAUAUUUUUCAGUCUAGGCUGGAGGCCAGGAAUUCCCCUCUCCAGUUACCGCUACAUCCAACGUCUCUGGAGUGCUUCAUAGCUCAUAGCUCUCCCAAUGUCUCUUGCCUCCCAAACUCACAGGACCCUGGCUGACCCUGGCUGCUUUUGAGGACUGCACCCAUUAUAGGGACUGGUCGCCAUGCCACAAGAUCAUCUUGGGGCACCCAAGGGGCAAAAUCAUUGUGUGUGGGGGGGUUCUUUUGCUCAAUUUAGUAGGAGCCAGUUUCCCUUCAGGCUUCUCUUGUGGAUGCAGACAAGCCUCAAGCUGCUCCUGUGUGUUCUCCACACAGGAAAACACCAUCUUUCCCACAGGAGCUGGCUUCUCCUCCACUUCCUUCUGCUCCCCCUUUUCCACAGCAGGCUCCCAGGGAGCAGAGAAAUCAAUCAACAGCAGCUCUUGCAUGCUCACUGGCACCUCCAAUUCCUCCUUUUCCACAGCAGGCUCGCAGGGAGUAGAGAAGUCAAUUAGCGGCAGCUCCUCUGCUCCAUCCAGAGUGCGUGCGCGCGCGCACACACACACACACACACACACACACACACACACACACAUGCCUUCAGCUACAGAUUGCAUCUCUUCACAGUCCAAGCCGCUUAGCUGCCCAUCCACACUCUGGAUCUCUCUCUUUCCUUUUAGGUCAGGGGUCGGCAAACUAAGGUCCGCGGGCUGGAUCAGGCCCAAUUGCCUUCAGGAUUUGGCCUGCGGACUGUCUGUGGAUCGGCGUGGGGAUUCUGUACAUUCGGGUGGCACCAUUCCCCCCCCCUGCACAAUUCCAUUCCCCCCCUCUCCCUCACACACACCGCGGUGGCAGCGCCUCCUCCCUCCCUCCUCUUAGCUUCUCCCCACCCUGCCUAGAGGAGGAAGGGGGCUGGGCUGGGCUGGGCUGAGCUGGCUAAGCGUCAUUUUAAGCAGCCCCUAUCUGGAGCCAGCCCUUUUGCACAGCUCAUCUUCCCGCUACCCCCGCCACCACCCUGGUGCUCCUGUGAGCCAGAGAGCGGAGUGGACGAGCUCCCUCUGCCUACCCACGAGAAGCAGUGGUGGCAGCAGCAACCCUUGAGAAGGUAAGCGCUGGGGCUGGGGAGGAGGACUACUUGCCCCCCUCGCCUCUUCUUCCAGCUCCCCCCUCCUGGUGCUGCUUCUCCAGCCCACCACAAGGUCUGAGGGACAGUGGACUGGCCUGCGGCUAAAACUUUUUGCCGACGCCUGUUUUAGGUGCUAUUCAGCUCAGCUCCUAGGUCACUUUUAACCCCUUGUGGCAUCUCAUCAGGCAAGGCUCUCACAUCACAUGGAGUCACACUUUUCUGUCCAUGCAGACUUCUCAUGCACUCUGCAUGCAGCUGCUUCAUUUCAUUGAACAACUGGUUCUGCUGCUCCAUCCACUGCUCAAACAGUUGGCCUCGCUUCAGGGUUAUUUUGCCAAACAUCUGGCUUUGCCGUCCCAUCUGUUGCUGGAGUUGCUGCUGGAGCAUCAACUUGAAAUGCUCCAUGAAUGCCUUUCCUCCCUCCAUCAUGAAUCCAGGCUCACCUUGUCCACAGGGGUUUCCUCCAGGAAACACAAAUCCUACUUUUAACACCAGUGGUACCUGCCAUCUCAAUCUCUGAGCAUUCUUUGAGAUUCCAGGUGUUUUCUGGUGUCUGUGUUUCCUUUUGGAAAUGAGGCACAGUGGAGACUGUGGUGUCUUGAUGAUAUAAGGUUUAUUUACACAUAUAGACAAUCAGAGCCUACAAUGGAGGGUCUCACAGCAUUAACACCCCAAAAGGGUCUUGUUUCUCUCAUAGCUGCAGCCUUGGAUCAAAACAGAAAUCAGCCAUGGCUCUCUGACCCUCUGAUUCAGCCUUUUACAGCCUGCAACAUCACUGCCAAAACCUCAUCCUAAACUCAGCUCUAAAAUUCUACCUCAAAACUCUCCUUUGUCUUUCAAACUAACUGAGUUGAGGGAGGAACCCUUCCCAUUUUCCAUCUGGCAGAGCAUCCCCUCUCUCUGACUUUGCUGAUGGCCCAUUACCUUUACCCAUGUCUGGUAGCCCAUUUUAACAUUCCAAGCAUGCAUUAAAUUCUAAGACCUAUCAGGAAUUUAGAGCAAUCUGGCACCCUAGCACCCACAACACUAUGUUGGUACAGAUGAGGCCUCCUUAUUUAAGACAGCAGCCUGAAAGCAGCAACAUUCCUUCCUUGUGAUGUCUUUCAGUUACAGGAAAGCUAGUAGUGACGUUAAACAGUAAAAAUAAAUAAAUCAGAAGCAGCAGUCAAGUGCACUACCUGGGAUGAGGUGCAGUUGUACUAGCUGUUCUUGUAAUGUUCUUGUGAAAACAGCUGGUAUGGCUGUCUGCACAGUGAGACCAGAAGAUCCCCCCCCCCGCCCCCUUCUGAAUUUAGCCACGCUCUAGCAAUUUUAUUUUUCAUUAACAUUGAACCUACUGUUCUACUAUCACCCCUUAAAUUAAAUCUAAGGUUGUACAGACACUGGUGUCAUUGAAUUAUCAAACCCCCCCAAGGGAACCUGCUCAAGGUAAGUGAUGUUUCUCUUACUGCCCUGUCACAUCACAGGUCCUUCCUAUGUGCUCAUGCCAGAAAGACAUGGCAGCAGAAUCGUAUGCCUGUUUACUCAGAAGUAAGCCUCUCCUUGUUCACUGUGGUUAAGAGAUAUGCAGCUCCCAGUUCACUAUUGCAAUUCAGUUUUGCUAUUGCUGCUGCAGGUGUAAGAAAAAUUGGUCAUAAUUUCUCAUACCGAUAGCUUUGUCACAGCUUCAGAACCCUUUUAAUCAAGGCUUAUCAGUGCAAAAGGAAUCUGUAGCAAAGAUGUGCAGAUAUAUUUACUUAGAAAUGACCUACCAAGAAAAGGUGAGAGCUUCUUGUUAUUGCUUUAUGAACAUAAUGCUAACUUAAUUUCACAAAGCAAAGAUUGCUGUGCUAUGGUUUUCCCCCCUUCUGCUCAGCCACUUCUGGUCUUCAGGAAAAAAACAGAUUCCCAUAGUGUCACUUUUAAUUGAUUCCCAUCGCAUUAGAUCUUGUUGUCAGCCUUUAUAAAGACAGUGUGCAAGGAAUUUUAUCAAAAAUUGACUCAUUGAUUCCUUGAACUGAUGAAAUAAUUGGAACUUGAUAUGUCCAGUGCAGCUUCUUUAUAAUUUUACCUUCCAUUAUAAUAAGAAAAAUCCUCUGGGUCAGAUGACUACGAAUUAUAAUUAUUGCAUUCGCCUAAGUCUUAAAAGCAUGAGAACUGCUAAAAGUAAUCAGUGAAUCUCCAUAAGAAUGAAUUUGCUUUGGAUCAUAUCCAAGCUGUCUUUUAUUUAUAGAACAGCUUUUAUUCCCCAUUUCUGCUCUAGAAAGGAGUUGCUGGUUAUAUACAACCACAAAAAUAAAAACAGGAGCAACUCAUCAUUAGAACCAUCAGCAAAACAAAGCAGGACUAAAAGCAGCAUCAAAACGCCCAAAAGGCAUCAAGAGCACAGAAAGCCAGAGCUAACAAUAGAUAAGAUGAAGCAACAACAGGAUCAAAAGGUUGUUUAAGAAGAAAUGUCUUCAAAGGCUGGCAGAAUGCAAAUAGAAACAAAGUCAACCGAACUUCUUGAGGCAUAGAGUUCUACCUAUGGGGCGCUGCCACAGAAAAAGCCCCCUUGCAUACUGCCACCAAUUUUGCCCUAGAGGGCAGUGGCACACGUGAGAUCCAUCUAGUUCAGCUUUUGGCUUUCAAGUAUCUGGAGUUACUUGGGAUUGAGCCUGGGGCCUUCUGCACACAAAGUUUAUGCUCUUCCACUAAGCUACAAUUUCUCCCAAAGCUUGCAAGCAGGCUGCAGAUAUUAUUGCUCGUCUCUAUAACCUGUUGUCAGAAUUUAGCUAUCAAGGCCACUGGUAGAUUUAUCGUCCAUGAAGCUGUGUGGUCCCCAAUUAAAGCUAUCUACGCUAGUGAUUCGGGAAGUCUUCCAAUUUUUAUGCACGAUUGCUAGGGCUGCACCAUCAUUUGUGUGCUCACCCUAAAGCAACUUGAUCCUUUCUGCUGUGAUUCAGUGCACCCUCUGCUCCAGGAAUAUGUGUGCAAAACUACAACACACAGGAGUUCUUAAAACAUUUAAUUCCUCAGUCUAUUAUAGAAGGAUCCCGUCUAUUAUUGUGAGAUUAUGUUGCCUAUAAGCCGUGAGAGAGCAGUUAGCUUGCCCUUUCUGGAUGGUAAUGCUUCUCCACCACAGCCAAAACAGGACUUUGUAUCUGAGCACUAGCCUGGUAAAGGUGAAGGAAUCCCUGACCAUUAGGUCCAGUUGUGGCUGACUCUGGGGUUGCAGCGCUCAUCUCGCUUUAUUGGGCAAGGGAGCCGGCGUACAGCUUCCGGGUCGUGCGGCCAGCAUGACUAAGCCGCUUCUGGCAAACCAGAGCAGCACACGGAAAUGCCGUUUAUCUUCCCGCCGGAGUGGUACCUAUUUAUCUACUUGCACUUUGACAUGCUUUUGAACUGCUAGGUUGGCAGGAGCAGGGACAGAGCAACGGGAGCUCACCCCAUCACGGGAAUUCGAACCACUGACCUUCUGAUCGGCAAGUCCUAGGCUCUGUGGUUUAACCCACAGCGCCACCCCCGUCCUGUUACUAGCCUGGUAGCCACAGGCAAAAAGGAAUGGCUUUCAAAGAGGGUUAGACAAAUCCAUGCAGGAAAAGGCUAUGAUCUACAUCCAUUGGAGGCAGUUUGCUGGGAAUCACAAGUGGGGAGACUGUUGCUGUUCUCAGGUCUGGCUUGUGGGCUUCCCAGAAGAGGCAUCUGGUUGGCCACUGUGAGAACAGGAUACUGGACUAGGUAGGCCAUUGACCUGAUCCAACAGUCUCUUCUUAUUUUCUUAAUGACAUGCAUGCAAGGGAGCAGAUGGAGGAAAGAGGGAUGAAGGCUCACCAUGGCAACCAAGCAGAUAAGCCCUCUCCUCUGCACCAGCAUAGAAAUGCAGUGGACUGCUGCAAUAAGGACCCAGUUCCCCAUCCCAUCUUCUGCCCCCACAUCCCUGCCAGCUAGUAGUUUUUGAUACACUAGUAACCUUUAAAAGGCUGUGGGAUAGUGAUAGGAUAGGGUCAAAUCAGCACAUGCACACACCCAGUCUGGACCCUUGCAAUUGUUCUAUGACACCUUCCUUUAAUUUGUACUGCCCUCCUUUUUAUCUAGCCCUAAACUCAUCUCUGUUUCUCAUGUCUCAUCCAGGAACUGGGUUACUAAAGGAAAUGGGAAAGGGUGGAUCCUUCAGGAUUUCGUGCAGGAAGUGAAACCCUGCCUUCCCAUUCUUUGCAGCAACUUCUCUCAUACAUGUGUCUCAACCAAGCUUGUGCUUGAUAGUAAAAAGCAACCACCAUGUAUAUACACAUUCGUAUAUUGAUGGGGGACAAUAUGCAUCAGAGUUUUUAAUUGUAGCCCAAAAUUAGUAUUGUGGCUUGGAGGCAAAAAUAAUGGUUUCCAGUUUCUACUAUAAUGCAUUUGGAAGCGGUAGAAUGGAGCAUUUCCUGUUCCAUUAAGUCUGCUGUGGUUUUUACUCCUGCAUCCUGAAAUGCUUUCUAUUUGCAUAUUAUUAUAAGCCCGUAGAUUCUCCUUGAUUGACCUUAUAGGGCAGGGGUAUAAAAACCCAACCAAGCUGAGCAGGUGAAUUCCCCACCCAUCAUCAGCCUUCUGGCUGCUUCUGUAAUUUUUAGGAGUGCCACUUGAUUAAACAAACCUUAGCAUGAGUUUAAGCAACUAAUUGAUUUCCUUGGAUCGGUUUCCAUAUUAGGAACAACAAUGGGGAAAAAAGGAGUUCAGAAAUAAGAAAGCAUCCUUUGAAGCUCUGGGUUAAAAUGCAAUGCAAAAAGACUGAAGGGGAGAGAAACAGAAUAUAGGGCACAACCUUACACUGAAUCAGAUAAUAGGUCCAUCAAGCUCAGUACUGUCUGUUCUGCAUUGACUGGCAGCAGCAGUUCUUUUGAGGUGUUUCCAAGCCCACCCUGGAUAUGCUAGGGACAUGGGACCUUCUACAUGUAAAGCAUGUGCUCUGCCAUUCACCUCUUGCCGCCCCCCCCAAAAAAGAGAGAGUAGUGGGGAGAGAAAGAUAAAAGGAUACUUGUUGGGCCAGGAAAGAACAGAGGGCAUAAAGGUGAGACUGAGCUGCAGGCAAGUGUAGUAAAGGGUGACAAGAAUGGGGGCAAAGAAGCAGCUGCCAUGGGGUGCAUAGAGAAAAAGUGGAUAACUAGGAAACAUGGUGGCAGAGAGGCCUGGGGGAACUGAAAGAGAGUGUGUAGAAAGAGAGUACGUACACAUUAUGGAGUGGAAUGGAAUUCAGAACCUCUGAGAAAAAUUAUAGCAAGCAUGCUUCUUUGCACAGUAAAUAACUGUCUUUGGCAGUUAGUGUGUGUGUGUUUGGUUUGUUUUUGGCAUGAGACCUCUGCGUUUUGUCUCCUUCUUUCAAAAUGGACCCAUUGCCCUGUGAAAACAACCCAGAUCUUGGGUGACAUAGCAUGAAACACCCGCCCACAGUAUUGUUCAGAAUUGUGUUCGCAAUGCUUUCCUAAAUAAUUUGUAUUUUUUGGGACACAUGGAAACAAAUCUAGCUGUGGUAUAAGUAGGCACGCUUUCAUUCCACCAGGGUGGAGUUGAGGCUGGUGUUCCCUGUAAAGUCACGGGAUUAACUUGAGUAUAGACAAUUUUAUAAUAUACUGAUGUGGGAAAUAAGAGACUUGGCUGUUGUGUAAACCAUGAGGGUCUUAAUUCUUGCUCUGGACUAACACUGCUUAUAAACCCCAUUCAACAUUUCAGGUUGUUUUUCUGCUUCUUAGAUAAGACUAAAUGUGUGGAUCUGUUUUUAUAUUUAAAAAAAAUAUUGCUUUUUUUUGUGUGUGUGUGUGUGUGUGUGUACAUGGAUGUGUAGGGGGAAAAAUACUGAAGGCAUUUUUUUUGUUUAACUGGUGAACUCUGUGUUGUUCCAUUACAAUGAUUAGCUAAAGCAUGAAGGGGAGAUGCAUGCCUCCAAAACAGAGGACAUUCUAGAGGGCACGUGCUGGGAAAUUACUGUAGACAAUUACUUUUUCAUGGGUGUCCACUGCCUUUUUACAGAAAGCUCUUUUCCUACCACUAGAUCAAUGUUAAUUGGCCCUGCGUUCUAGCAGAUACAAGUGGUGUGGUUAGGGUGCAGAUGGCGUGGGGUUAUUUAUAGGUCUUUUAAAGUUUUCAUCCUUAAAAGAGGAACUAGCUCUUAAUGUGUUGUUGGGUUUUUUGCAUUAGAAACAAUGAUUUAUAUAUUCUGUUGAGACUUUCACCACAUCCAUACUCACCUGCUUUCUCUCUCUUUUUUGUCCUGCUCUUAGAUCUGCCUUUGAAGAAGAAAUAGACAACCUCCCCUCACCUUUAUUUGCAUGUUCUUCAAAAUUGGUGCAAUAUGGCACAGCGUAGCAUCGCCGUGGGAUUAUUAGCAAUGACUCUCUUAUCCUUGCUGGGUGACAGUUCAGCUUUCCUGCUAAAUCAGCGUCUGAAGGGAAGGUUUCAAAGGGACCGCAGGAAUAUCCGUCCAAACAUCAUCCUUGUCCUCACUGAUGAUCAGGAUGUAGAACUUGGUAAGAGCCAGAGAGGUUUGAUUAACAGUAAGAGGUUUGAUUAACAGUAAUUAAUACACGUGCAAUGGAUUUCACUUUUGCCUACAUCAAUGCAGAAUUUCAUCUAUAGUAGAUCCAUACCUGAGCUAUAACAGCCAAACUUCCAGCCUAUGAACAAACUAUUGCAAAAAGGGUCCGAGUACAAAGGAUCAUCAAACAGUUCCUAAUCCUUUUUUUUUUUUUUUUGUAAGAAAACUGCCAGUAUCAACAAUUAAAUAAAAGUCAUUUGCUCUAUUGUUCAUUAGCAACCAGGUGUUCUGGAGUUGUUUAAGCUGAAACUCAGGUAUACCUGACAUUGCAUGUGACGUGUAUAUUCACUUUGUGCAUGCUUUGUUCAUUUUAGGAUAUGGGUAAUUCACAAAUAUUCAGGGUUAUGUCCCAGGGGUCCACACACAUGUGCAAAAAUGCACAAAGCCAGGAACAUCUGGAGCUGGGCCCACUGCUUACCUGACUUUGGGAACGCAGUGUAAAGGCUCUGGCAGGGUCCUAGAGCCCUCCCACCUCCUCUCCAAAGUCCUGUAAGCAUAUGUUAAAUAAGCAUAAGAUGCGAGUUACCUGUAUCCAACACUCUUAACUACUACACCAUGCUCUCACUAUCCAGUGUUUGCCAUCAUGGGCUAUAAGUCUUGUAAAGAUAAGGGUGGAGUCUACUACUGAUGCAAUUCCAUUGUCUACAAUCAGAGUAGGGCUGUGUGCAGUGUGUCUUUGCUGAGUCAGCUGAUGCACUGUAUGGAACAAUGGAGAAGGAGGGAUGAGCUGCAGUUGUCCUUUUGAUGGCCAAAAUUGAGUUAAUUAUGCCUCUCUUACAGAUAAUAACAUGGAAUCAUAUCACACAACAAACAUACAGACCCCAGCCCCGCACCCAAAUAAAGGGAUAAAUUGGAAGUAGUAGAUGAAGAGAAAAUGUUUUUAAAAAUUAUAUUAAUUAAAAGGUGACCUUGAGGCUCUUCCUCCUUAAUUUUGUUGUGUUCAUUUUAUCUUUUUAAAAAACAUUUUAUUUUUGUUUGCUAAUUUUACAAAGGAAGGAGAAUUAAAAAGAACUGAAGACAAUAAAAUAAUAAAGUAAAAUAAGUAAUCUGUAAGGAAUACUAUUAAUAACACACACACAGUCACCAGUACAUAUACCUGAAGUUAAACAUGCAAGUUAAGCUUUCCAGAUGUCUAGAUAGGUAACCACACAAAACCUGAUAACUAUACGAAAUAUAUAUUUCAAAUGUAGCCAGGGCGGUGAGGUCCUCAGACCAUUGCAUAAUGGAUGGUAGUAUAAGUCUCUUAGCAACCAUAAGGACUUGCAAAACCCACUUUUGUUGUCUGGCUGAUAAUCCAUAUACUAUAGAAAUAUAAUUUAAAAGUACAUGAACAUCUGCAAAUAUCAACCACUUCAGCAAUACAGUGGUACCUCGGGUUACAUACGCUUCUGGUUACACACUCCGCUAACCCAGAAAUAGUGCUUCAGGUUAAGAACUUUGCUUCAGGAUAAGAACAGAAAUCGGGCUCCAGCAGUACGGCAGCAGCAGGAGGCCCCAUUAGCUAAAGUGGUGCUUCAGGUUAAGAACCGUUUCAGGAUAAGAACAGACCUCCAGAACGAAUUAAGUGCUUAACCCGAGGUACCACUGUACAAUACUGAUUUUAAACAAAACAAAACAAAAAAACGCUUCUUGUCUUUUGCAUACCCAAUUUGUAAUUGCUCAAGAAAUACUGAAUUCAAGACUUCACCUUCAUUUCUGAUGCUGAUAGCCCAUUUCACAAGUGGAAGGUGUAACUGUUGAUAACAAAGAUCAAACAAGGCUUUUGGUCUUGCAAUAACAAUUUGGAGCGGUGGUUAAAGUGAUUGGGAUUUUCUUUCCUAAACUAAUAUUUGGGAAGUGGUGUAAGUAACUGAGAUUAGGGGGGGAAAUGGUUUAAUGUCGGGUCAUUCCAUAUUGCAUAGAGGGCUACUUUGUUCCAGUUAAGUUCAUCGUAGACUAUUUCACAUAUGAUGACUACAUGGAGGGAGCGAACAGCAGUAUGUGGACAGUUGAUUGCUCUGGUGUCCCAUGCAUUCAGCUGAAUGUCUGAAUGCUGUAGCACACAGUGAUGGCAAGGGGAUGCCUUGGGCAGUGACCCAUAGCUUGAGAGGUUACAAGCAUGCCCUUAUUUUGAACUAUGAAAUGUUGGAAUUGGUACACAUGGUUUAAAAAGUGGCUGCUAGCUUGAACAUAUAUUUUGUAGCUGACAGUGCAGUUUUCCACAUGCCCAUUGAGUUCAAUUGGAUGUCUAGGUAUACAGUCAUACCUCGGGUUACAGAUGCUUCAGGUGGCGUUUUUUUCAGGUUAUGGACCGCCGAAACCCAGAAGUACCAGAACGGGUUACUUCCAGGUUUCGGUGGUCACGCAUGCGCAGAAAUGCCGAAUUGCAACCCGCGUGUGCGCAGAUGCAACGCUGCGGGUUGCGAACGUGCAUCCCGCACGGAUCCCGUUCGCAACCCGAGUGUCCACUGUACUUGUACAGUAUAGGACCGCAGCACAGCCUGCAAGUGUUGGGAGAUUUCAUUGCUGUUCAUUUUAUGCUGUUGCAGCCUCUAAUGGAUAAGAAAUACAUAUCCUGCUGGUGAGCAUGUUCUUCUGUUUUUCUUUAGGGGUAUUAAAAUAGAAUUUCCAUGUUGCACAACAUAUUUUCGUGGAAGAGAAAUCCAAAGAAGCAACACUCAGCUCCUGCAGCUAUAGGCAUUAACAAAGGAAACAUCAUUUUUAUGAUGCUCCUCAUUUUUUUCAAUUUUUUUUUAAUCACAAAUGACAUUUAGAUGUAUUUUUAAAUUCGUAAAGUGACUAGAACAUCUCUACUGCAGUUGGGGGGGUGGAAGAAUUGCAUCAUGGUUCAAAUUCAGCAAGGUUAGGGAAGGUUUUUAUCUCACCGUUUUGGUGAGAAUGUGGUGUGUUUUAGAGCUAGACAGACCCGUUUCAAUAAUGCAUAUUCCAAAAAGCUGUGCACAUUAUCUCAGUCUCCUGUGACUAAAAUCCAGAGGGUGGUCCUUAAAAAUUUAUCACGAUCUGUUUUAUGCCAGCCUGCUUGUCUCUGAUGCAAUUGUCAAAGUCCUCUGGGCGGUGUACUUCCUUUCUCCAGAUGAUCUGUUGUCUCUCGCCAAUUUCAAGCACAAUGGCCCAUGUGUCCACACACAUUAAGAUCUGGCCAGAGAGAAUGCAUUUCGUGGAGCCAGGGGGUGGUCUUCCUCAGGCCUCAUUAGACGAUCCAUGAGACCACAUAUUAGCUUGAAAUAAGAUUUUUCCUUAAAUCUUGCCUAAAGCUUUAGGCAAAUGUGUCCAACUAGAUCAGUCAGAACGGACGCACUGAGUUAAAGUGUUGUGAUAGAUGCAAUGUGCCCGUUGCAGUUUGUAUCUCUUAUCAAGUGGAAGUGAACUUGGUCUUUGGAAGAGCUUGUUCAUGCUUUGCUGCAGCGAUAGGAAUUAUGAGACAUUAAUGGAGCACAUUCGGAGGGCCAUGUGGUGUGCAGGUGGGGCACAAAUUUAACAAGUGAAUAUGUGCUUGUUCUCAAGCUCCUUAACAAGACUUUGGAAAAUAUUGAGGACUUCAAUGCUCUUAAAAUGUCAGGUUCUAGAUUCUGGAGGCAUCUAAACAUGAAAAGAAAGAAAAAAAUUGCAGAACCAAUGGCUCCUGAAAUGCAGAAAUCCAGACACUUGAGAGAAAUUUGCAUUGUUAUGUGUGAAUAUAAGGGAACUUGUAUACUUUAUUGCAAACUUCAGUGGCUACUAGCCAUGAUGGUUUUGUUCUACCUCCACUGUCAGAGGCAGUUUAUCUGUGGACAUGUAGGUGGGCAGAGUGCUGCUACAAUCACCGUCCUGCUUGUAGGCUUCCCAUAGGCAUUUGGUUGGUCACUGUGAGAGGAGGAUACUGGACUAAAAGGGACAUUAGCCUGAUCUAGCAGAACUCUUCUUAUGUCCUUGUACUGCAAUCCUAAACACAUUUACUAGGAAACAAGACCCACUGAAUUAGGUGGGACUUAAUUAUGAGUAAGCAUGCUUAAAAUUGUACUGAUAUUGAUGUCUAUGAGCUUUGCAUGACAAAAUACAAAGGAGAAGCUGAAAAAAUGUGCAGAAAUGUCAGAAUUACAAAGGCUAUCAAGCAAUAUCUAAUUCACAACAUUUUAAAUUUUUGUGUGCUUUCAAACUGUCUUCAUUUAUUGGUUUCAUUCCCCAGUUAUUCUGGAGAUGAGGACACGCAGUUCUUUCCUAAUGAUAUUUUUAUUUAUUUGAACCAUUUAAAGACCAACAUUCCUCCAAAACCAAGAACAGGGUUGCUUACAAUAAAAUGCUAUUAUCAUAUUGAAACAGUUCUUAAAACCAACAAAUAAAAUAAAAUAGAAUGCGCAGGAAUGAGAAAUAGUUACUUGAAAAUAAGACCCAUUCAUUUAGGUGGGACUUUCUUCCAAAUAAGCAUUAUUAGCCAUGCAGGUUUCAUCCAAGUCUGCUUUCCCUGAAAACAACCUGCUGCCUUUUUGUCUACAUGUCCAUAUCAGUAAAGAACAAUAGGCACCUGUCUCCUUUUUUGGGGGGGGGAGCCUUUUAAAUAGUUGGAGAUUGAUAUCAAAUUCCUUUUAAUCUUUCCUCAUAUUGCAUGCUUUAAAGCUUGGUUGGCCUCCAAUUUGCUAUACCCUUGUUAAAUUAAGGCUACUAAAGAGACCAAUUUCUCCAGCAGUGGCCAGCUCCCAUGCUAUUAUUACUUCCUAUGGGCCAAAGUAGACAUUAAAUUGGAGACGCUUGAAUGAUCUCUUGAUUUUUGUUUAAUAGAAAGCCGCCACUGGAGGCUGCCUGCUUAACCAGAGCUUAACCCUUCCCCAUCUUCAUUUUGUCCUUUCAAAAUUGUCUUUCUCAAGCUGCUUGGGCAGGCAGGCAGGCAGGCAAGAGGGUUAAACUGCCCCUAGCUGAUGCUCUUCUCUUCUCGAUUGCAAUCUCAGAGGCUGCUUCUCAGUGUGUGUGUGUACGCUAGAAAUAAUCAGGCAGUUGCUAUAUAAUACAUUGAUCCUUUGAUAGUGGAAAAAAGAGGUCUGGUAUGCAUGAAAAUUUAUGGACUUAUGUAAUGAUAGGCCACCUGCAUGGUUGAAUUUCUAGCAUCACAAAUUGGCUGCGUUUGGAUAUAAUGCUCAGCCAAACUGUGGUUUACCACAAGGGCACUGGUGGAUAUGGUAAGUGCUUUGUACUUUCCUGUUCCUUUUAGCUUCACGUGGCAAUUAAGACUUGGCUUAGCAUGUGUCAAAAACCCAGAUUUCAUGGUGCUCUCCUCCUGGCUACAAAUCGUGGUUAAAGAGGAAAGAGUUCAAGCACCACCACACAUUUGGAUGACACAUUUAGCUGCUACGGCAAGCUUAGCUAAAAGGAACUGUUGUGGCCGGGGGAAGGGGGUGUAGCCUGUUGACGGACUGAACCCAAAGAGUGCUCAUUCAUGAUACCUCAUCAUCCUGGGGAAAAAGUGACAAGUGGGGUGUCGCGGGGUUCUGUCCUGGGCCUGUUGUUGUUUAAUGUCUUUAUAAAUGACAUGGAUGAAGGAAUUGAGGGGAUGCUCAUCAAAGCUGCUGGUGGGUGGGUAGCUAAUGCUGCAGAAGACAGAAGUGGGCUUCGGGAUGAAUUGGGCCCAAACUAAACAACAUGAAUAUCCACAGGGAAAAAUAUAAGGUUCUGCACUUAGGCAGAAACAACCAGCUGCACAAAUAUAAGAUGGGGGACACCUGGCUUGCCAGAAGUACAUGUGGAAAAGAUCCAGGGCUCUUAGUAGACCACAAGCUUAACAUGAGUCAAUAGUGUGAUGCCGCAGAAAAAAGAGCUAAUGCUGUUCUGUGCUGCAUCCACAGAAGUAUAGUGUCCAGAUCAGGGGAAGUAAUAGUACUGCUCUGUCAGACCACACCUGGAGUAGUCUAGAUGUGUCCAGUUCCAGGUGCCUCAAUUUAAGGAGGAUAUUGACAAGCUGGAAUGUGCCCAGAGGGGUGCGGCCAAGAUGAUCAAGGGUCUGGAAACCAAGCCUUAUGAAGGAGUUGGGCAUGUUUAGCCUGGAAAAGAGGAGGCUAAAAGGGAUCAAGCUUGCUUAGUCCUGCUCUGGAGGGUAGGACUCAAACCAAUGGAUUCAACUUACAAGACGAUAGAAUCCAACUUAAGCACCAGGAAGAACUUUCUGAUGAUAAGAGCUGUUUAAUAGUAGAACGAACUCUCUUGGAAGGUGGUGGACACUCCUUCCUUGGAGGUUUUUAAGCAGAGGUUUUGUUGAGAUUCUUGCAUUACAGAUGGUUAGACUAGAUGACCCUUGGGAUCCCUUCAAACUCUACAGUUCUAUUAUUCUAUGAACAGGGAGGCUAAGCAGGUUCGUGCGGUCCUGGUAAGCCAUAGUUGGCUUACCGUGACAUGCAAACUAGGCCUUUGUAUGGAUACAGGGUUGUUGCUGCUUUAGUAUGAAGUAAAAUAAUGAAGACCUAGUUCUCAGUGGUAAUUCUGGGUUGUACCGCUUGAGAAUGAGUGGUACAAGUGGUUGUACUACUUAAUUCACUUGAGAAUUAAGUUCACAUGAGUUUAACUGCAUGCUCCUUCCUACAAAACAUUCAUUCCACACAAAGCAGUACCAUAUCAGGGAGAAUACUAUGGUGACAUGCUAAUUUUUGAACUAGAGGGAAUAUUUUCUAUGGUUGAUCCUGUAUUCUGAAGCUGUACAGCCCAGUCACAUAUUUACUGUACCAAUGAAAGCUGGACUGGUGUUAGCUUGCAUGAUUACUUCACUUAAUAGCUUUGGCUACUGGGUGCUAGAGUGUUCUUUAUCCUGUAGAUCCCUGAUCAGCAACUCAUUCUGCUGGUGGGAUAUUUUCAAUGAAAGAUGAGCCAGACCUGCACAGCCACCCACCAUGGACAGCUGAAAAGUUCCAAAGCCAGAGCCACCAUAACCUCCAUAGGUUCAUUUGCCUUCUGGCUUAGGAGUUACCAGUUGAUGUUUAAAAAGGACAAGUUAACACUGGAGCAAGUUGUCUACAAUCUUAUUCAGCAGCUCAAUAUGUGGCAUGGAAGAUUAAUGUUUAGUCUUAAUGUGGAGCAAGAAAUGGCAAUUUUUUAAAAACCUGGAUGACAAUAUAUUUACAGAAAAGUUUCAAUUAGAAAGUAUUUAUGACAAGAUUUUUAAUUAAAGUUUCAGAGGCUGAGCUGACUUUGCCACCCGCAGUUACCACUCCCCAAAUUUUACUCACUCAGAGCAUUUGGAUUUAAUUCUAGCUCUUUGGUAAUUGAAGUUGUCAGACUUGGCAUUAAUGGUGUGAUUUCUGACAAUGUGAUACUAGCUGGUGAAAAUUUCAAUAUUGCUUCUGCAAAGGGUUGCUAAAUUAGCAUUGCAACUUUUUGUAAAGGAGCCCAUCUCUGUUGAGAGUUGUAACACACAACCAUUAUUUUUUUUUCUUACAGUGCUGGACAACUUCACAUUUUACUUCUCCCCCCCCCCCCACACUUUAGCUCAGUUGGUAGAGCAUGAGACUCUUCAUCUCAGGGUCAAGGGUUCGAGCCCCACAUUGGGCAAAAAGAUUCAACACAUUCAGUUGAGAUUCCUGCAUUGCAGGGGGUUGGAUGAGAAGACCCUCAGAAUCCCUUCCAACUCUACCAUUCUAUUAUUUAUCUAUGAUUCUAUGAAAUAUUAAAACAUUAUUUUAGUAAGUGAUUGUGCAGGAACACUGCAUGGCAAUAUAUUUUGCAAUGUUACGGAGCAGUUUUCCUUUAUUUGAUGUGUGUGUUUCCCCCAGUCAUUUCUGCAGAUCCCUUGCAAUGUGUGAAAUGCUUUAGUGUCCUCAUAAGUCCAGCCUGAUGAAGCAGGCCAUUAAUGUUCUCAUGUUACAUUUUUGGAGAGGGAGAGACUGAGAGAACUUGAUUUGCCCAAGGCUGUCCUAGGAGUCUCUUGCUGAACUCAAAUUGAACUUUAGUCUCCCAGGCCCAAAUCCAGGCAGUACUGUCUAUUGGACCAUACUUGAUGAGAAAACUGACAAGCUCCUUGUAUGUUAGUCCAGGAGAAUAAAGAGCUCCUGUGUUGAAUUAUCAUACUGAUUGAUUGGUGCUGUUGCAAAGCAUGUCUUUGAUACUGACAGCAUGUGGCAUCAUUGUGUGGAAACAUAGCAGCUGAAUCAUAUAACGAUAGAAUUGUAGAGUUGGAAGGGACUGCAAGGUUCGUCUAAUCCAACCCCUUGCUAUGAAGGAAUCUCAACCAAAUGUGCUGAACGUUUUCUGUGGCCAUGCCAUACCAUAGAAAUAGGUGUUGGCUUAUUGUAGGGUUUAUCAUCUUGGGAUUCUCAACUUUCUUUUUACAGCAAAACCAAACCAUGUUUCUUGCCCGCAGGAGUGGUGCUCAGCAGAAUUUUGCUGUGGAUACUGGCUGGAGGCUUCAGUGCCUUAACUCUUGCCUUUUUCUGGGACUUGCAAUUGCAGAAUAAGCUAUACAAAUCUGUGUAAUGUGCAUCAUGUAGAAUUCCAGUUGCAGGAUACAGUGCAGCAUGUUUUUCAAGUAAGCACCAAACAUACAUAAACACGGAUGCAUUGUUGGUGCAGAAAACUACAAAAUUAACCUCUUUGUGGGCAGGAACGUAUUGUGCUUUCUCUUUUCAGAAGAACUGAAAGGAAGCAAAUAUCCAGUGUUGAUUCACCCAUAAGGAGCCAAGAUACACUGGUCUUCUCUGUAUAUGUCAAACAAAAAAAUUCCAAGAGUUCGGAAUUCUUAGAAAGACUUUAUCUCUGGGUCAACUAAAAAUGUCUGAUCUUACGCCAUGCCCUUUCAACACGAGUUUGCAAACAUAAACAGGGCUUAGUUAUUUGCAAUGGAGACCACCUUCUGAAGAGGAUGCUCACAUUUUCAAAGCAGCAGCAUUACUAAGUAACAUCAGAACCGAAUUGGUGACAGCUUGGAAGCUUUUCCUACUCCAGAGGCAGCUGUUUUGCUUAGAUUACAACGACCGAUUAACACCCAACCAAUGUCCUACAAAAGGAAGGAAUCCGAUUUCUUCCGCCUCUCCAAAGUUUGUGUUGGGAGGCAGUACGAAGUGAAUUUUUGUUGGAUGGCUUGGCGCUGUUGUAAAAUAUUUAAAGCUGGCCUAUUUAAGAUUGCACGGAAGGGGUACCCUGGAUUUUUACCUUCCACUGAUCUGUCACUUCACAUCAGCUCUCAAGCUGUGGAAGUAGAUUAGAUCAUAUGUUUCUGUAUUAAAGACUGUUGAUAUAUAGGGCCUUGUCAUUACAGUGGUUUUAUUAAAGGAGGUUAGUGUCCCCAAGGGGGGAGUUAACAUGUAGUGUUAUUUCUGCACAGAUGCCUCUGCCAUUUAAAGGGGUUGUUUAAAAUUGCGUUUUAAUAGCAGAAUGACAAAACAGUGAUUCGACCUGGGUUUUGAGGGGAGGGAGAGAGGGUUCGCUUCACAAGAUGGAGAGGAAAAAGCUGGUAUCUGUGUCUUCCAAACUGUGUUCAGAGUUACAUUUGGUCCACAAAUGGCCAUGCAUUUUAAAAAAAAAAAAGGGUGGUGAAGAGCGUUAACAUUAGAGGAAAGAAGUAGGAUGUGCAACAAAAUGUUGCAGUGCAUCCCCACACCCUAAAAGGAGUGCACCUGCUUGGGGCUCCAGAGAGCUUUGUCAUGCUCUCCUGGCCUCAUUUUUUUUGGGGGGGGGGGUGCAGUGUCAUCUUCUAUAAUGACUUCCCAUGUUGUGAGAUAUAGCAUUAGAGGGCUGGAUGCCCAAAUCUGAGCAUUUAUAGUUAUCAGGGAGGAUGGAGAUGGAGUUAUAGAGAGUGGGCAAAAGAAAACACCCCUUUUUCAUUCCGUCUUCAUCAAAACAGCCUGAUCUAGUGCAGGGGUGAACAUAAGAAGACCCUACUGGAUUAGGCCCAUGGUCCAUCUCAUCCAGCAUCCUGUUAUCAAAGUGGCCAAUUAGGUGCCUGUGGAUAAACUCUCAGGCAGGAUCCGAGCACAAGAGCACUCUUCCCCAUGCCCAGUGGUUUCAAGGCAGCUGGUGUUGAGAAGCAUUACUGCUUUCGUCCAUGCAGGCAGAGCGCAGCCAUCAUGGCUCGUUGCCAUUGAUAAUUCAGUCAUCUUUUAAAGCCUUCCAGUUUGGUGGCCAUCACUGCCUCCUGUGCAAGUGAUGUCCGUAGUUACCGUAUUUUUCGCUCUAUAGGAUGCACCCAACCAUAGGACGCACCUUGUUUUAGAGGGGGAGAACAAGAAAAAAAAAUUCUCCCCCUCUCUGCACAGCGCCCCUUCAGCAAAGCGGGAGGAGAAACGGAGCCCCUUCCAUUUCUCCUCCCGCUUCGCUGAAGGGGUGCUGCACAUCUCUCCCUCUCCCACAUUGCAUUCGCCUUCAGUGAAGGCAACCCAAAGCCUCCGGAGCGUAGCGGGAAUUCCUGCUGCACUCUGGAGGCUUCAGGCAGCUACCUUGGAAGCCUGGAGAGCAAGAGGGGUCGGUGUGCAGGCUUCAGUGAAGGCAAGCCCGGCUUUCCCCCACUAGCCCCAAAGAGCAGGUCGGCUCCCAGAGCUUGUCGGGGCUGGCAGGGGAAGCCUGGGUCCUCCCCCCCCCCCCAGCCCCAGGGACCACACAUUCGCUCCAUAAGACGCACAGACAUUUCCCCUUAGAUUUUAAGAGGAAAAAAGUGUGUCUUAUGGAGCGAAACAUACGGUAACUAUGUGCUAAAUGAAGAAAUACUUUUUUUAUCUGUCCUGAAUCUUCCAACAUUCAUUCCCAUUGGAUGCCCAUGAAUUCUAGCAUUAUGAGAGAUGGAGAAAAACUUUCCUCUAUCACAUUUUUCCACGCCAUGUGCAUCUUCCUACCCACUUAUUUAUUUGUUCAUCACAUGUAUAAUAUCUCUGUUCUUUCUGCCAUAGGGUGGUUAGCCAAAUAUCCCUACGUAGUGGCAAAAGCUAGCUCUCUUGAUCCACUUUGUAUUAUCCUUUUAGUUUCAUCUACUUUUGGGGGGGUUCGCCUACAGAGUGUAGACUUUAAAGCAUCUUUUGGCUGUCAUCUCUCUCUUAGGGACUAGGUUGUGAUGCCAUUUUACCACAGACUGGCCUAGAGCCACUUAGGUAAUUGAGCACACCUGACCUUUGCUAACUUUGAAUGGCUGAUGGAGAGAUAAAAGGAAAUCCCAGUGCCGUGAGCCAGCUAAAUAUUCUCUAACGUGAGCCUCUUGUCUUGAAAAUACAUUGGUGCAGGCUUUAGUCAAGUUAAAACUCAGCAUGCUGUAGCCUGCGGCUGCUCUCACUGGACACCUUGGUUCAGGGGCUUAAGGGCACACAGGUGUGGGACUGGCAUCCCCCCAAACAUGAAGGCAUCUCUUCAAUGGCAGGAGAAGGUUGAUGGCAACUUGACCUUGUGGCUACUAGAGAGAACUCUGCAUUAAGAGAGGCCUGUUCUGCUUCAGUCUUGCAUAACAAACCUUAUAAUUGCUGCAAAUAUGAUACAGAGCCAUUUUUGUCUGUUCCAAAAUGGCUUAGGAGAGCCCCACUCAAAUGCAAACAUGUCCACCCCUUUAGAAUCUUCCCAUAUCCUGUAAAAGCUCAAGUCUCUCUCUCCCUCCCUCCCCCACUCUGCCCAUUCUUUAAGAAAUUUUGCAUGCUAUUCUAACGAUAGAAACCAUUAUGGGGUGCAUAGAUUUGUGAAAAGCCUUUGAAGGACAAAUUGAAAUCUGAACUACAACUGCUUGUGAGAUAAAUUCCUGAGGGGGCGGCAUUCCCAAGUGGAAAGAGUGACAAUGGCAACCGGUCGGAAUUCUUACAGGGUGUUCCUGUUAAUGUUUGAUCACUUCCUACUAAGAGUACACAUUCCUUUUGUAAUGAAGUAUCGAAACAUAUGGAGCCCAUUUGCUCUGUUCACGAGUAUCAUAAAUUGUGCUACUUGCCCUUCACCAGCAGGUCCCAGGGAGGCUGCAACAAUUUAAAAUUUAAAAUGGUUGAAACAGGUUACAAUCACGGAAAUAGGGUGGGCCCUGAAAAAAAGACACCUCAGGUGUCAAAGGCAAGGGUAAAGAGAUGCAUCUUCAUCAUUCACAGAAGGCUUCAUGGUGAAGAAGCCAGAUGAACCUCUGUGGAGAAGGAAUUCUGCAACAUAGGGGCUGCCACAAAGAAUGCUCUCUCUUGUGAACUUGCAAGCAGAGCUUUUUUUCAGCUGGAAUUUACCGGAACUGAGUUCCGGCACCUCUCUGUGCACCAAAGGCUGAGGUCAGCACGGCAAGUUCUGGCACCUCUUUUUCUAGAAAAAAAAGUCCUGCUUGUGAGUGAGGUGGAACUAUUAAGAUCAGGAGUAAAGAUAAAGGGACCCCUGACCAUUAGGUCUAGUCGUGGACGACUCUGGGGUUGCGGCGCUCAUCUCGCUUUAUUGGCCAAGGGAGCCAGCGUACAGCUUCCGGGUCAUGUGGCCAGCAGGACUAAGCCACUUCUGGCGAAACCAGAGCAGUGCACAGAAACGCCGUUUACCUUCCCGCCAGAGCGGUACCUAUUUAUCUACUUGCACUUUGACGUGUUUUCGAACUGCUAGGUUGGCAGGAGCAGGGAUUGAGCAACGGGAGCUCACCCCAUCGCGGGGAUUCGAACCGCCGACCUUCUAAUCGGCAAGUCCUAGGCUCUGUGGUUUAACCCACAGCGCCACCCGCGUCCCAAGAUCAGGAGUAGGGGCCCUCUUAACACUUGGGAGAGUUAGGUGGGAAGUCAGCCAUCUUUCAGAUAUUUGGGGGGUAACUCGUUUUAAACACUAACUUGAGAAACUUGAAUUGGGUCCGGAAAAGCAUUUUUAAUCCAGUCCACACUGUCUUCCUACCUUCCCCAUUUCCUUGUACUUAACUUAUUUUUAAUUCAUCAUUAGAGAGAGAGAGAUACUAGUAUUUGGAGUGAUCUGUGGAUCAGACUGUGAGUAUUUUUAAAGCAGCCUACAAAACGAGGACUCUUCCCCCCCCCCCCGCCCCCCGUCUAAAGUUUAGCAGGUCUUAAUCAGUUGGAUAAACUUGACAAUACAUAGAAUCCCUGGCAAUUUCAUACCAGUUGGAUGGAAAACACAGAAGUGACAAGCAACAGAAGAGUCACCGUGGCUCCCAUUGGAAGCAAAAUGGAUGCUAAUAACUGAAACUAGUUCAAUAACAAUGAAAAUGGCUGAGAUGAUGAAUAAUUAAAUAAAGUGAAUGGAAUGGCUGGGUAAAGUAGGGAGAGGACUCAAGGACUUAUACUCCAAGAGGAGGCAGUAUCUCACUUAGGGUAUGGAUAAACACUCUACAGUGGUACCUCGGGUUAAGUAGUUAAUUUGUUCCAGAGGUCCGUUCUUAACCUGAAACUGUUCUUAACCUGAAGCACCACUUUAGUUAAUGGGUGGGGCCUGCUGCUGCUGCUGCUGCGCCACCAGAGCACGAUUUCUGUUUUCAUUUUGAAGCGAAGUUCUUAACCCGAGGUACUAUUUCUGGGUUAGUGGAGUCUGUAACCUGAAGCGUAUGUAACCCAAGGUGCCACUAUAUUGCAGUGAUUCCUGUAUUCCUUCCUCCCUGGGGAUGGGGUGCCUGGAAGCAUAAGACUCACCCUCCCUCUCCUUUCAGGUUGCUUGAACAAGACUUGUAUGCUCACUAUUCAUUGUGGUUGCCUUUGCUUGUGGACCCACCUUAUGCAUUUUCUCAUACAUGCUAAAAGUCAAUAAGGUUGUGUGCAGCUUGUUGCUGCAUCAGUGAUUUAAAAACCUAGGAAGCUGCCGUAUAUCAGGUCAGGCUGUUAGUCCCUCUAACCCAGUGUGUGUUUUCUGACUGGCUGAGCUCUCCAGAGUCUUGGGCACAGAUUUUCCCCAUCGCCAGCUACUUGAACCUUCCCCAAGUAAAAGUGGAUUGAAAGUGGUGCCUUCAGCAUGCAAAGCAUUACAGCUGAGUUUUGGCCCUUUCCCUGAUUGCAUUAGAAGAGGAUUAGAACAGAACAUCUCUUGAGUCUUUCCUUAAUCCACUCACAGAGCAAUGAUUAUCAGAACAAAGUGAUAGUUUUGAAGUUCCUUUGCCCCAAAUUGUUUUCUUUGCUGGUUCACUGUGAUACAGAAUUUGUUUUCAUCGUUGUUGUUUUUAAAAAAACCACUGAAAAUUGUUCGGCUUAAAAACAAACACACACACAAAAUGUAGCUAACAAUCUGCCGCAGAGGUAGCAUGAGAGCCAUACUGAGCAGUAGCAGAUUCCUUGAGCAGACCUAGGAUUCUAUAUAUAUACACAGUAUGAGGCAAUUAAGUCCUAAAACUGAAAGGUUAAAAAGAUCUUUUUAAAAAAGUUGAGGGAUUUAAUUCCAAAGCUACUUACACUACUGUGAAGAUGUAACCAGCAGGAGAUAUUUGGCACAGCCUUCUCCGCCCUCGCUGGUUAAAACAACUAUGCUCGUUUUAUCAUAAAGUGCCUUCUUUUGUCUUACGUGCAAUGAAACUUUCUGACAAAAGCAGAGCAAUGAGCUUUCAGCUCUCGAUCUCUUUUUGAUGACACGGUGGUGCUUUUUCUUUCCUCAGGUUCAAUGCAAGUGAUGAAUAAGACAAGGAGGAUCAUGGAACAGGGAGGUGCUCACUUCAUCAAUGCCUUCGUGACAACACCUAUGUGCUGCCCGUCCCGCUCCUCAAUACUCACAGGGAAGUACGUCCACAAUCACAACACCUACACCAACAAUGAAAACUGCUCCUCUCCAUCUUGGCAGGCCCAGCAUGAAAUUCGCACGUUUGCAGUGUACCUCAAUAACACAGGCUAUAGAACAGGUAAGACCAAAAUGGGUGAGCUACUUCCCUGAUAGGUUCUUCAGCCCUAUGGCUCACCCCUGAGGCUAUCAACUUUGGCACUUGAAGGAAUACAAUGCAUAACUUCUCCUAGUCUCUUGUCAUCUGCCCGACAAACCCAGAAUUCAUUUAUGCAGAGAUAGAUCUCCAUUAAACUCAUUGAAUAUCACUAGCGUUGGGAUGAAGAAUAUGACAGAAGAUAUUUUAUGUGUCUUACUAUGAAAUAAGGUGAAAUAGGUACUGGGCACACGAUCAAGGGAGCUGAGUGACAGGUGUGAUCCAUGGCAACAGUCCACCAGCCAGAUGGAUGGCAGAGAAAUUUGGUCUGGUUAGCAUUUUAAUGCCAACCUACCUAACAGACACUUCCUGAAACUAUGUGUGAACCAAAACAUAGCUUUCCUUUGAAAUUCGCACUUCUCUGAAUUUUCUUGUGCAUUCCCCAGGUGUGUACAAAAUGCAUAUAUUAGGGAAGCAUGUGCAAAAAUUAGUGAAAGUAACAUACGAAAGGGGAAAUUGCUUGUAAAAAAUGUGUCUAUUUGGAGAAAUGAGUACUUACGUAAAUGCUGUCAAAAUUUGUAAACCGAUGUGGAAAUGUAUUUAGCUGAAAAUAAGAUGGGGGGGGUGAGAGGAACUGAAAGAAACCAAAAUGGACAGAUUCAUCCAUCAUUACUACCAGAAAGUGCUUCUGCUCAAGUCCUGUUUGAAAGGAGUGAGAAUUGCACAAGAUCAAACGAAUGUUGUUACGCAACUCCUGUUCCUUUCAACGCCCCUUGGGCAGAAUGCUUGUAGAUGGGCAUUUUAGUUUGUUUGUGUGUGGAAAGGGACAGCAUUUGGACUUCUGUCUUGGGAUUCAAACUAUCUUGGGCCGGUCUUGAUUACGUUAAAACAGAGGUGCUAACUCAGAUGGGCUAGAGAUUCAUAUUGUUUGCCCAGCACCUGUCUCUCAUCCAUUCUUUAUUCACUCAUUUUGAUGGUGGAGGAACACAUGGGUUACCUUUAUAAAUAUAAAUAAAUAAAUAAAAUGAAUAGUUAGUAAUAAUCCAGUUCCAUGCUGCCUUUCUUCCUAAUCUUGCCUGCCCAAACAGCACAUCUCUAAUCACCUGUUUCCCCUCCCCUGGGCCUAAACACUACCCUUGCAGAUCCAAAAUCCCUAUCAUUUAAGCCCCUUUCCUCCAUACUGUUGCUUUCUCUCCAAAAUUGUCUUGAAUUUGGUCUACCAAAAUAGCUGCCAACAUCCAUCAUCUCCCUCUAGAGCUCUCUUGUUUUAUUUCCUUUAUGGCAGAGGAAGCUGCAACUGCCACCUGCAUUUUGAACUAUUCCAUUGACGUAGCUUGUCACCAGCAGUACUCUGAAUCCAGGGUUGGUCUACACACAAGAAGAAAACACUAUAAAUAAGUCAGAAAUUAAAUCAUUAUAGCAAAAGAAAAGAAAAACACUAUGGAAAAUCACAUAGAAUUUUUUUUUGCUCUCCAGUGCCAUCUGGUGUUGCAUGUUUGUAGCACCAUUCAGAACACUGUUUUUUAACUAAUGUAGCUGAGCCUCCAGUCUAGUGGUCUCGGAGCCAUUGUUGCACUUCUGCAGCAUUGAGAAUUACAACAUUCAAGGCUUGAGCUAAUGCCCACCACUACUUUGGAGCAAACUCUGGAUCCACAUUUCUGUCUUGCAGGCUGGCAGGAGACCUUGUGAUUAAUGUAGUGUAAUCAUUGCCAUCUUAUGGCAAGUCAAGCGGGUGUGUUUUCAUACCAUUCUUGUGUCUGAAUGCUAUUUUGGGAGGUGAAGAGCAAUAAUUAAUACUUAUGCUCUGUGGAACAAUAGAGUUGCCUGUCUAGACGGAAGCCUUGAGGUGUUACUGCAAUUUAAAAGUUGACUAGUAAACAUAGUAACAUUACUUUCUAGCUUCUCGUGUUGCUUCUACUCAGCAGCCAGACUAGGAACAUGUCUUUGAACAAAUUAGAUAAUUUCCUUGCUUUGUUCUGUUCAGUUAAAGACCCUGAAUUAGUCUGCGAUUGAAUAAAUUGAGGGAAGUGUAGACACCCUAUUACUCUGUAGCUGUUUCCUUUUGUUUUAUUAAUAAGGGCAUUAAUGUUUUGGGGCCUACAAAAUGUGCCACAGACAAAAGUUAACACCUGCUUUUGUCCUUCCUGUGCGUACUGGAUUUGUUGUUGUUUGAUCAUGCCAAUCCCAGCUGUCUGAGCGUUCUGGAGCCAAAUUGUGAAAAACCGUGUCAUGCUCAUGCACAGCUCUGAAUUCCUAGCAUUGAUUCCAGGUGAAUAAGUUCAGGUACAAGUUACGUUGAAUAUGCAGUGAAAACUCCCUGGAUAUUGAGCUGCACCUAGUGAGUGCACCUUGCAGACCAUCGUUUUAAUUUGAAUAUGCUUUUAUCCCUUUGAUUAUGUCAGAGGUGCAAAUGAACUGCACAAAGUGGCUUUUUGCAAACCUUCCUGUGCUGCUUUUGGAGGUUGAGAGAGAGAGGAUCAGCACUGAUUGGGUGAGGGAAGCAGUUUCCAUUGAAUGAAAACUGCUUCCUGCUCCUUGAGCAAGGUGUGUUCCUACCAUCCAUCAGCUGGUGGGGCGUUUGAAACACACCUUGCUCCGGCAAAGAAACAAUUGGGAGACCACCCUCAGCUCCUGAUUGUACCUUUGAAACCCCACCUUUACCCACCCCAUACCUGCUGCCAUGUAUUAUUAUUAUUAUUAUUAUUAUUAUUAUUAUUAUUAUUAAUUUUAAGUUGUUUUAAGCUGUUUUUAAUAUUGUGUAAUAUUUUAAUAUUAAUGUUGUGUUUCACUUGUUGUAACUCGCCCUGGGUAAAGAGUGGGUUGAUGAUGAUGAUGAUGCAGACUAUAUCAAACUUGGCAUGGUGGGCCAAGUUAGGUCUGCAAACUGGUGGUUCCACACCUAGAUUUUGGAACAUAUAAACAAAAUCUAUUACAGUGCUACCUCAGGUUACAUACGCUUCAAGUUACAUACGCUUCAGGUUACAGACUCCGCUAACCCAGACGUAUUACCUCUGGUUAAGUACUUUGCUUCAGGCUGAGAACAGAAAUCGUGCUCCGGCGGCGCGGCAGCAGCAGGAGGCCCCAUUAGCUAAAGUGGUGCUUCAGGUUAAGAACAGUUUCAGGUUAAGUACGGGCCUCUGGAACUUAAGUACUUAACCUGAGGUACCACUGUACAAACCUCAGGCUAAUAAAAAGCAAAACUCAGAAGUACCAAACACCUGAUUAAAAGCACAAUAUCUAUCAUGCAUAGCAUACUACACAAACUGAGCAUCCAAUAGUACAAUAAUGCAAAAAAACCCCUUAUAUCUUAUCGGUUAAAGCAGAAUAAUAACAUGUUUGUACCAUGUCGAAAUGCUCCAAAUAGAGGAUAUUUUGUUAUUGUUGUUUAAAAGGUUAUGAGCUAUCUGUUUCAUUUCUUCUUUCUCCUUCGAUCACUGUAGAGUAAAUAAAGUUCACUGUAAGCUUUUCUGAUUUCUUUUUCUCUGUGGUCCCUGUAGAGCACAGAGUGCAUUUAGGAUUUCAUCAGGGAAUUCUCACGCAGGCAGAAUCAUUCUCAGCAAUGGGCAAUCAUUCUGUCACCACCAGCUUAAAAAACAUCUGCACAGCCACCAAAAAUCAAUGGAUGAUGUCAUUGGACUGCUGUGUUGCACUUAGCUGGAGGAUCAGAAAGCACUCUCUGAAGGCAUGUUUUGCAUUCUUUCAGAGUGGGCCUUCACCACUUCUUUUACUCAUCUCCAGCGUUUGAAACUCCCAUUGUUCUAGGCACGUUUUGCAACAAGGAAUAUCAUUAGCGCAAGCAGUUUCUGAGCUCUGGGUGCAUUGCUGCGCCUAACAUUUCAGAUUAAAACUGCAGAGUGGAAGGAAAGGAGGACCUUUUUCUGCCUUCCCACUUCCAGCCACUCUCUGAAGACUGGAGAAGAGACCCUCUUAAGAAUAUUGGGGGGGGGCAGGCAGGGGAUGCAUGGCUUUGUUUUUUGCAGUCUCCAGAUGAGGAAUAGGCCAUGUGAAAAAUGAACAUAAGAUUCUAGCUGCAGUUUAUUCAUUUUCAGCUUUGAAUUCUUCUUAUAAAAAAAGUGCACAUAGACAUUCUGUUAUUGCGCCCAUAGCCUAGGUCAGGCUUCCUCAACCUCAGCCCUCCAGAUGUUUUGAGACUACAAUUCCCAUCACCCCGACCACUGGUCCUGCUAGCUAGGGAUCAUGGGAGUUGUAAGCCAAAGACAUAUGGAGGGCUGAGGUUGAGGAAGCCUGACCUAGGUUUAAGGUGCCAUUUAGCUCCUAGCUUUCAUAUCUCAGUUUCUAACACUGCUCAUCUCACUUGGGUUUCCACUGCAGCAAGUUUUGUAGUCACUUGGAAAUGGGGAGAGUUGUGGGGAAAGACAUUGUGACUGUUUCUUGCCCCCUGACUCAGACUCCAUUGCCGUCACUUCCUGCUCCACUACUAUCACCAGCUGGUUGAGGUCCAUCUCCCUCCACGGUGGCUCUGCAGGAAGGGUAGUGGAAAGAGCUGCCAGACUACCUUCUCCCUCUCUCACACUCAGGGAUUGAAAGGUGGGGAGCUCUGUCCUCCAUCCCUGAGUGCUAGCCUUCAACCACCCCCUCUGCUUCAUCUCCUUCAUCAACCUCCACUCAAGAAUACUAAACCAUGCCAGAUCCAUGCCAAAUCCUUGCCAGAUCCUGACUAAACCAUGCCAGAUCCUGUUGAAGCUGAGGGGCACACGACAUCUUUUGCAUCUGGCUCUUUCAUCCCACAGCCACCAUUUUGCAUUUAGUUCCAGUCGGUGGGCCUUGAGUUUCUAGUAAACAAACUGUUCUGUAGCUCUCCUCCUUGGUACAGCCCUGGUUAGAGAUCCUGGAAUCCGAUAUUCUGUUCCCUGCCCCACACUGCCUUGUCAUAGUCCUUCUGUGCUGAAUUGUUUUUCAAAAAUUCAGUUCAACCCUCAACUUAGAUUCAUAAUGCUUAAAAAAACUUUGAAUGAACUCCUGCAUGGACUAUUGUCUUUAGCCACUUCUCCUAGCUUUGAACAUUGUAUUUAUUUUUACUUUUCUGUGGUCAGCAUCGCAGCCAGAUCCUAACAAGGAAGCGCUUCUUCCAUCAUAAGUUGUCUUGCAGGUUUUCCAAUUCUGCUUUCCAUUUGCUAUCCCUGGCUCCACCCGAGUGGAUGACUGCAGAUGAAUUUUGUCCACAGUGAUCAUCUUUUAACCUGUUCCUUUAUUUACACUGUGGGGUUUCUUUUCCCGGUAGCAAUAGCAGCAGAGGUUUCGAAAGAGGAAUAAAAUCCAGGCAGAUGCAGAUGUAGCCAGGUUUAAUAUUGCUACUGCUACCAGCAGUGGAGAAAUGCUACUUUGUGUGGUCAGGUGAAUCAGCAUAAAUUGGGUUUUGCCCACACUUUGGAGAAUGGGAGUAAGCAAGCAUAGCAUGUGGACAGCAUUUCAUGUUCUAGACCUGUGGGUGGAUGGGUGUUUGAGAGAGCAAAGCUAUGUGUGUGAUUACAUUUAUAUUCUACCUUUCCUCCAAGGAGCUCAAAAUGGUGCAUGUGGUUCCCCACCUCCCCAUGUUAUCCUCACAGCAACCCUCUGAGGUAGGUUAGGCUGAGAGACAAUGACUGUCCCAAGGUCACCCAGUGAGGUUCAUGGCUGAUUAAGAUGUUGGCCCCUGACGCUGGUCCAACACUCUAACCACUACACCAAAUUGGUAUACAAAUAUGUACCCAUUUGUUACAUUCAUAAAAAUGAAAAAAUAAAAAAUUUGCAACUGGCAAUGUGCUGGACAUGACUGGGAAAAACAGGUUUUGUUGAAGACUAUAGAAUACAGUGGUGCCUCGCAAGACGAAAUUAAUUCGUUCCGCGAGUUUUUCGUCUUGCGGUUUUUUUCGUCUUGCGAAGCACGGUGUCGGAAAAGUUUUGGAAAAGCUUCAAAAAUCACCAAAGUCUUCAAAAACCUCAAAAAAGGCUACCACACUGCGUGCUAUGAGUUGCUCCUCGAAGUCAAGUCACAACUGUAUUAAUGAUUUUAAGAAAAAGGAAACAAACUCGCAAGACAUUUUCAUCUUGCGAAGCAAGCCCAUAGGGAAAAUCGUCUUGUGAAGCAACUCAAAAAACCAAAAACCCUUUCGUUUUGCGAGUUUUCCGUCUUGCGAGGUACCACUGUACUUUGCCAGGACCCCUUCUGCAUUAAUGUUGACUGCUGUCUUUAAAAAAAUGCCUGUGUGAUAAGAGGCAGCCAAAUAUUAAGGCUGUGAGGUCAUAUCUCCAUACAGUGGUACCUCGGGUUAAGUACUUAAUUCGUUCCGGAGGUCCGUUCUUAACCUGAAACUGUUCUUAACCUGAAGCACCACUUUAGCUAAUGGGGCCUCCUGCCGCCGCCACGCUGCUGGAGCACGAUUUCUGUUCUCCUCCUGAAGCAAAGUUCUUAACCUGAGGCAUUAUUUCUGGGUUAGCGGAGUCUGUAACCUGAAACGUAUGUAACCUGAGGUACCGCUGCAUUUGAUAUAUACAAACAGUGAGGAGUUGUUCUUGUGUGCCAAAGGACCCUACCCAUAUAGAGAGGUCCCUGUAUUUUCUUGUGUGCUGCUGGAAGUUGAGCAGGAAAGCAACUUAAGUAAACAUGUCAAGUUAAAAGUUGAAGGUUUAGUCUAUGGAAGAUCUACCACUUGCAGGCUGAGUCAUCAGUGCAUUAAAGCGUGGCCACUCUUGAAUGGGGCGUGGCAAAAGAAGACUGAAGGAGGAAACAAAGGACUCAUUGCAGUGAGGAUUUAUUGGUGUCAAAAAACUGUUUCUGCUAAAGUCUCCUUAUGUAAACAUUUACAAAAGGAAUGAUCUGCUUGGGUUUUUCUUUCUUUCUUGUUGGUUGUAUCUCCUUCCAGGAGAUAGCAUUUAAAAGAAAGUAUGUGACUUGGGAAGAGAGGUCUGUUCCUUGUUCCUGGAGUCAAGAGUAACAUGGUGUUCAAGUGGGAGCAAGGGCAUAGCUGAUAAGGAAGCAGGAUCUUGGCAUGAAGGGAAAGAGGUCAGGGGUCAGUAGGUCAUUAGGGGGCUGGCAAGAUGCUCAUGGGACAGGUUAACUCAGCAGCUUCUUCAGAAUUUCCAACUGGCUUAUUUUAUUUUAUUACUUUAUUUAUUCAUAAAAUUUGUACAUCUCUUGAUUGUAAAGAACCACAAAGUAGUUUAGGUGCAUUAUAUAUCCAUUCCCACAGCAAAAAGCCUUAACAGCCAACAAAAAGAAUCAGUAAUAAAAAUUACAUUGGCAUGUUAACACACUUAGAAUUCAACAACAUAAAUCAUUGGUGUUCUCCAAAUGCAUGGGGAAACAAAAACAGCUUCCGCAUCAUGAAAAACUUGAGAAAGUUGAAAGAUGGUGCCAGGUGGGCCACCCUGGGAAGAGCAUUUCCAUAGUUUGGGAGCUAUUACAAAAAAAAGGCUAGUUCUCUUGUCCCCAGCUCCUGGACCUCCCUCGGGGGUGGCACACCAAGAAGGGCCUCAAAUGGUGAGCUCAGCAUCCUUGUUCAUAUGGGGAAAGACAUCCCUGUAAGUACUGGGUCCCAAGGCUUUGAAGGUCAAAAACAGCACUUUGAACUGGGCCUGAGAACUUUGUUGAGCUUUACUGCAAGGAUUCCUGUUUCCUCCUUGGAUAAGGUCUGGUUAGACUGAUAAUAUGAAGGAUAAUAUGAAAAGGUUAUUUUUAACCUUUUUAGGAAAAGUUGUUAUCUGUACAGUGGUACCUCGGGUUAAGUACUUAAUUUGUUCUGGAGGUCCGUUCUUAACCUGAAACUGUUCUUAACCUGAAGCACCACGUUAGCUAAUGGGGCUUCCUGCUGCCGCCGCGCCACCGGACCACGAGUUGUGUUUUCAUCCUGAAGCAAAGUUCUUAACCUGAGGUACUAUUUCUGGGUUAGCAGAGUGUGUAACCUGAAGCGUAUGUAACCUGAGGUACCACUGUAUUCAUUUUUGUCAGGGCAUGACUGAACCCCCCACCCCAUCCUGGCUUCAGCACAAUGGGGGGCAUUUUAGGAAGAGGGAUGCAAAUAGUUUUUGCCCCACAUACUAGCUGUAGGUUUUAUUUUCCUUACUGCUAUAUGUCACAGAUGCAAGCAUGCAUAAGUUUACUAUAAAAUCAAUUAAGCACAAAAUGCAAUCAAUUAAACACAACGUGUUGUUCCUGUGAAAUACUUUCUAUAGGAUCACAGGUUUUUUUAAGUUCACCAGCCACUGCUAAUGUACCUAGCAGCAGAUAAUAUUGCUAGAAUAAUAUCUGAAUUGUAACCUUUUGCAAAUAAGUGGUUGAUUGUAAAGGGAAGAAAAUUGCUCAGAGUCAAAGAGACAAAAGGGCAAAUAACGGAAGUAUAUUAUCAAAGGUUGCAGAAUAAGUCAGAGCCAGGAAUAGGGACUCUGGUUUCUGAGUCACAGUUCUCUGUGCUGACUCCUAACCACUGAAACCAGAUCUAAUCCCACUGGGACGUCUCUGUUUAUGCUGUAUGCAUUACAGCCGAGGUAAAAAAGAAGGCCUGAAUUCAACAUUGAACCAAGAAAGGGGUGUUUUAUUCUGCAGCAAAUCAUAGAAUCAUAGAAUCAUAGAGUUGGAAUAGACCACAAGGGCCAUCGAGUCCAACCCCCUGCCAAGCAGGAAACACCAUCAGAGCACUCCUGACAUAUGGUUGUCAAGCCUCUGCUUAAAGACCUCCAAAGAAGGAGACUCCACCACACUCCUUGGCAGCAAAUUCCACUGUCGAACAGCUCUUACUGUCAGGAAGUUCUUCCUAAUGUUUAGGUGGAAUCUUCUUUCUUGUAGUUUGGAUCCAUUGCUCCAUGUCCACUUCUCUGGAGCAGCAGAAAACAACCUUUCUCCCUCCUCUAUAUGACAUCCUUUUAUAUAUUUGAACAUGGCUAUCAUAUCACCCCUUAACCUCCUCUUCUCCAGGCUAAACAUGCCCAGCUCCCUUAGCCGUUCCUCAUAAGGCAUCGUUUCCAGGCCUUUGACCAUUUUGGUUGCCCUCCUCUGGACACGUUCCAAAUAGUUCUAGAAUGAUUAUAAAUGAUACCUGGAAGGUAGCUUCUGAAGCAGGCAACAUCAGAAUUGUGCUGAGGGGGUCCUAAUGGCAAGAAUCUAACCUGUACAGCUCAUUUCAUGUGUACACUUGCAAAAAGUGGAACCUACAGGGUGGAAUUCAACAUAGUGCUAUGGGAAAUGUUCCGUCAGCAGAUGGAUUUGUAUUUGCAGAAUAGGAUUUCCCCACCUGUCCUUCAUGCCCCCUAAAUCUGAUCUAGGGGAUCCUACAACCCUCUGGAGAUUUUGGGAGAAUGUGAGGUGCACAUGGGGGAGGGGAAUGGGAAAGUCUGUUGCAGAAAUCCUUGCACUGACGGGAAGCCAUAGCAGAAUGCUAGCCAUUAAUCCAGACUUGCUAUGCAUCCAGACCAAAAAUCUUGUCAUUCUUGUUCAUUGCCUCAUACCUAAUAUUGACAUAUUUUCCAUGCAUGUGUUUCUUCCUUUACAUUCUCUUCCCCCACACCCCAUGCUAAUUUCUAUUUUUCCAGCAUUUUAUAGUAACUAACAAAACAUGCUAGAGAUACCCUCUCUGCAUGGGGGGCGGGGAGUCCCAUCAAAUAAAUUGUUCAGAAAGCAGGUCUCCAAAAUCCAUGGAAAAGAAAUCAAUAACAAUAUCCGAUGGGAAACCCAUUCAAGAAAAGGGGGAUAUGCGGAAUAUAUUAUCAUUCCUUACCCAACAGCAGUAAAUUGCUUCAUUAAAGCCUGACCCUUACCCAGUGAGUGUUAAGAUAAAUGGUUUGACCUUUUGUAGAAAACAAUUGAUCAGAAUGGGAAUUCUCAACUAAUAGCCUAUAUCUUCCUACCGAAAAGUAGCAACAAUAGAUUUAAGUAUCCUCCACUGACUCAGAAUCCUUGGAGAGAGAUCCACUAAAAGCUAUACAGCUGAUUGAUUUGUUGCUAAACUUGAUUUUUACCAAUGAUGUGUAUUGAAACACUUUCGUUAACAUCAUAUAACUGCAUGAAAACUUAAUCUAAAAGCCUUUUUAGAUCUAGUUUGGUUUCUGUCUUUCAUAACCGUAAAUAUGUCAACCAUUCUUCACUGUAAGAAACCAGCUGCUAGCCCUCCACACCUUCAGGUACCCCAUUAACGAUCAGAUUCUUGUGAGGAAUUAACAUGGUUGGUCCCUCAUGUGCCUCAAUAUAUUUGAUGAUGUAUAAUGAAAAAAAGGGAGACAGCCUGGAUGUAUCCAUAUCUAUAAAAAUGAAGCUAAAGAAUCAAUACAAACAUUUAAUGCUCCCUUGCCACACUGCAAACCAUUAUAAGUCUAUUUUAUUUCUCUUCCCCCCUUCUCCCUUUAUUUUUACCUGAAUAUAUCUUUGCUCAGUGUAUUUUUAAAUUGUCUUAAGAGGCUUCUCCUUUCAUUUUUCCUCCAUUGCUAAUGUAUUGUUCUGAAGGGAUGCCAGCACCUGCCUUUAAAGAAUAAUGCUUUCUCAUAUUGAUUUAUCAUUUCAGCCAAGAAGUAAUAUUUAGUUUGGUAUUUGCAAAGAAAUAGGAUUCUUAUCUUGAAGCCAUCAGAACAGUAAAAACCUAAGCAGGGUAUUUGCCCGUUUGUCAAAGGCUUUCUGCAAUCCAUGUUAGAUUUAGAUCUUAUGGAGACUGCAUUACUAAAAUAAAGAAACAGAAAAGGCUUUGUUGCAUUAUUGAACCCAUGACUUUUUCGGAAAGAUGAUAUAAUUCCCUUGAGAAUACGAGCAAUUUAUAGAAGCCUAAGAAUAUACUCUGGCCCUGGUGUAUAUGCCACAUUCCCAGCUUUGAUCUUGUUCUGACAUUAACAUGCGGAACUGCUGUUGAAAAUUUGGAAGGUGGAGCUACACGUUCCAUGUCAUUCUGUGGUGCGUGUUUUUGCCGGAGUUUCUUCUUGCGGCUGUUGCGAAAUGCAGCUGUUGAAGAUACAGUUUGAAGAGGGAAGCUGUCAUAGGAUGAGAGCUGUCAUUUCCCCCACAAAAUAAUCACUGCCAUCCUUCUGAUUUUACCUCUAGUCAGGGGAAAGCUGCAGUUCCUCGUGGUUCCUUUUCUCCACCCCACAGUUUGAGAGCUAUUUUGAGUGGGGGAAAGCCAUUGGGAAAAUAGGAAACCCCUCUCCUCUAGAAUUCAUCUUCCCCUUCAAAUUACUGUUUCAGUGCCAAAUUUGAAUUUUGUAACACAGAAUUAAGAAUCAUGGGGACUGCAUUGGACACACCAUUGUUCUGCACUCACAGUGACCCACUUUGCGUGUAAUGCUAAGCUAAACCAUGGCUUAGCAUGAACCUGUGAGCUCCUGGAAUGGAGAUCAUGGCUGUUGUGCUCCUUCCCCAGUCCUCUUGUUAUGCUACCCAAGACUAAGGCAUGGUUUGGUGUAGCAUGUCAUUUGAACCUGAGCUCUUGGUUUGUCUUGCUCAAGACACAUCAGGAGCUGUAACCAAGGAUUACUCUUGAAUUUACUGCUCACAGUUUGUCUGGAUCAGACAAACCAGGAGCCCCAGGUUCAGACAAGCCAAACCACGGCUUAGCUGCAGGCAGCUUGGCAGCAGGGUGACCAAGGAAGGAGUGCAACUGCUGCCGAGAUCUCCUUUCCAGGAACCUCCACACUAAUGCAUCCACACUAAGCCAAGGGUUAGCUUGGUAUUAUGUAUGAACUGAGCCAGGAGUAACUCAGUGAACUCAGCAAGACCUAGUGGGACAGCAAGGAGAAGGGCCUUUUUGGUUGUGCCCUUUGCUUAUUGGUUGUGCCCUUGGCUGAUUGUGAUUCAUUAGUUGUAUUUGAAAAUUUAUUGUUUGCUGAUGAUGUAUUCAUAAGCGUGGUGCUGUGUUAGCAUGACCUUGGUUGUGUCAGGUUUGGAGGCAAAGCUGGCAAGUUUCAGGGCUUCCUUAUAGAAAGUGUAGAUGUAUAGCAGCUUACUCUGUUUUUUUUUAAAGAAGAGCAGGGUAUUUUAAUGCUAUCAUCAUCACCACAGAGGUGUCUGUGGAGGGGAUAUAUUGAUUGAAAAUGUUUAGCCAACCAGAUUGGUUGUUGGAUUCCUAUUGAGUAUAUUUGGUGACCCAACAUGACAGUGAUGUGGAAUUGAGGACUGGAGUGAUCAUCCUGUCAUACUAUGGCUGUGGACAAAGCUGUAUUGAAUAAAUGUUUUUUUAUUUAAAAAUAAAUGCAAGAACUUAAACAAAACCCUGGUUAAGCAUACUCACCAUUCUCAAUGAACCAUGCCUAUUGCUGUUCCCAAUCUGGAGACAAGAGCGUUCUGGGAACUAACAUGGAACUGGCUCUACAUAUCCUGUUUGGCUUCUCCAAACCUCUUAAUUUCUUUGCAGGAACAACUUUCCUUGAGUAAUAUACCCCCAGGCACUCCCUAGUUACAUUUUGCUCUGUUUUAGUCCUCAAAUUUUGUUUCAUCCCUGUUGCCCUUGCUUCAGCUGCUACUCUAAGCUCCAGGGUUUGAAACGGGAAUGAAAUUUCAACUAAAUCCUGUUCUUCGUGAAUCCCGUGAUCAGUAAAUACCCUUUAGCAUACAUUUAUGGAAAGGAAAGGGAAACUUGGAGCAGUGUUAGGUUUUCAUACCUUAACUCACAGAGAAACAUCAACCAACAUUUAUAAAAACAUAGACGUCUGUGCUUCUUGCCAAAGUUUCUCCAGAAAGAAGCUACUUUAAAAUGUCACGGUAUCUUACAGUUCCUUGUGUCUGAAAGCGACUUCUGGGAGGGUGGAAUGUUUGUGGUCAGAAGAACCAGUCAGACUCUUAAUGGGUGGGAGGCUUCUCUUAAUUGAGUUCAUUAAGACUAUACUGUCUCCUUUGUCUAUUUAUUUAUAAACCCAUGUUUUUCCUAGUGCGUCUUCCAAGUUUAUUGCUAAAUGGAACAAAACCAAUUCUGUUUAUAAAGGUACUUUUUACAUAACGUAAGCUGGGACCUUUCCAAAGUUAAGCAAUCUUGUAAAAUAAAUAAAUAUUGUGGGCAAAAUUAUACAUACAUACAUUUAUUAUUAUUAUUAUUUUAUUUUAAAAAAUAGCCCUGAUGUCUGAAUGUGGCACUGUAAGUUUGUGAAAAAUCUUAUCAGCAGAUACAGAACAUAAUGUAAAGGUUUCUCUGCUCACUGUAGGUAAGAGUCCGCGUAAAUGGAUUACAUUUCCAGGACUCAGAUAAAUUAUAAAUUGUGGAUUUUUAUCCCACUGUUACAUUGGACAGAGCUAACAAAUUUAGAAUGGCAAUAUCAAGCAUAUUAAAUGAAUGAAACAUGCAGCCCAAGGCAUAGCACUCUGCAGAAAUAAUUCACAGCACUGGGGAUCCACAAAGCUUGAACUGGCCUUGGUAGCCAACGACAAUUUGUACUUGCCAACAUUCCUUCUCUGCUGCUGGGGGAAGUGUUAAGGUCUGUGCCAUCUUGCUGAGCCUUGUGGGCAAUGUGAGCCUACAACCUCCAUCCUGAGCACUAAGCUGGGGUUAGCAGGCUUGUCCCUGUCCUGCUGAGCCCUGGAGCCAUUUGGAAACCAGUGAGACAUUUAUAUUGCAUUGUGCUGAGAGCCUCUUCCCUUCUGCAGGCUCUAGAGAUAGGGAGGGUGUUUUGCCAGAUUUAAAAAGGCAUCUGCCAGUAGUCAGCUGAAAAGCAUGUUAGUGGACCUCCAUGCAGAGCCAAAUGUAAUUUUACAUGACUAGCCUAUCAAGAGGUGAAAAGUGUAAGGAUGUUUUGGAUAGUAUCAUGGCACCAGGUGCAAAAUCUGCUUAGCAUUUUGAAACUUAAAAAACAAAAACAAAAACCCACUGUGUACAAGCAGUGGCAGUAUACGGGACAUCAUGCUAACUUGGGCUAAAAUGCUGCUGAAAAGAAUUGCUUUGUUUUGCCAUUUGGAGAUGUUCUGUUCUCCUGUGCCCAACAGCUGCUCCGGCCAGAAGCUUAGAGUUGCGACUCAGUCAUUUAUGGAAUAUUAAUUCUCCAUCUGUAAAAAAUGGUUUUAUUGGGUUUUGGUUUUUGGUAGGAAAGGUUUUAAUUAGUUUUAGAAUGGUUACUUUAGUUUUGUAUUUUAUCUCUUUUUUUUAUCUUGUUGAGUGCUGCUUUGAUGGCUUCAGGCUGUGAAGUGGUUUAUACAUUUGUUAAAUAAAUAAAUGAAUGGCAAGGAGAGGAGCAGGAAUAGUGCCAAAUGCAGCUGUGUUUAGUUGUGAUAUAAUGGCGAGGCACGAAAACCUUCAGAUGGCUGUGUUCCAACCUUUCACUGUGGACAAGGAUCAAUAUCCCAAUCCAUCAUCCCUAGAUACUGAGGCAAGGAGAAGAAAUCUACUCCACUAUUCAAUUACCCACACAUUACUGUGGAUUGCACUUAACUCUCUAAAUAUUGGAAGUGCCUCAGGAAGCAGAGUAACCCGAGAAAGUGCUUGAUUCCACAGUCCUUUCUUGGGAGAGCAUGGCUGUCCAUUUAUUGUUUUACUCCAGUAUUCACCCACCUGAUGCCCUCCAGAUGUUUUAGGCUGCAAUUUCCAUCAGCCAUGGCUGAGACUGAUGAGUGUUGUCAUCUUAAACAUCUGUAGGGCACCAGGUAGGUGAACGCUGCUUGACAUCAUAACACUUCGCAUGCAUUUACUUUGCAUGUUGCUGUUGUUUUAGUCUGGUUGUUGCAGAUGACCUAAUUAAAGGCAAAGGCAGUGUGACUUUAACAGUCACAGUGAUGAACUGGAAUUUGUUAGCACUCUUCUGGCUUUGCAUGAACUUGGAUACAAACUAGCUGUUAGGUACCUGUGCAAAAUUCCUAUGCCUGCCUGUGCAAGGUGAUUGGAAUUCUUGCAUGGUAUUUUAAUGUAUAUUAUCUCUUUGCUGGCUGGCUGGUUUCCUUCUUCCUCUUUGCUGCUGGAAAAAGAAGUUGAGCAUUGUCAUGGAGUGGAUGAGGAGAUCUGCAGCAGCACCAGGAGUGCCAACUUGGCCCCACAACCAUGGGUGCCUGGGGCCGUGGGUGCCAUGAAGCAUGCAUGGCCCUGGCAUCAAAAUUUGAUGGGUGCUCGGGCACCCAGGGCCCCAGGGAGUUGGCACCUAUGAGCAGCACUGAGAGGGCUAGAAGGAAGCUCUCUGCAGUAGCAGCUGUCAGAGCUGAUAGCUGCUGCAGUCACUCUGGGACACUGAACACAUACAAUUACAAAACCAAAGUAUUUUAUUAGGGAGAUUUAAUCAUACAUUGAAAACAAUGUGCAUAAACAGCACAUUGUUGUGUAUAUCUACUAUCUCUUUAGAACUGAGGUGGAAGGAAACCAGUUUUGCUGCUUUGAAGCACCAAGAACGGUGCAGAGUACUGUUUGGUGAUGCACUUGUGACAUCACAAAGCACACACACCCUUCUCUUUGGGGAAAAAUGGUGCUUGGAUAUCUGGAGGCAAGAAUAUGUGGCAUGAAGAUGAAGGGAAGCUAGGCUUGGCAAGCUAUCUGUCUAGCAGGCCCUUGUUUUUAGCUACACCUGUAUGAAUCUUUAUAGACACUACAGCAAUAAAAUAGUAACAUAAAACAUAGUGGAGCAAAGGCUAGUGCAUUCCUUGCUCACUCUUGGCUAAGAUGGGUUUAUUAAGCAGCUCAUAAAAAACCAGGUUUCAAAUGUCUCUUCAACAAUUUCUGAUUUGUUGGUGUUGAUUUCAUGACCUCUUGCCCAUAAUUUUCUGGAGCAGCCCAUUUCUCUCUAAGAAUAAACAAAGAGGACCAAGAGUGGUUUUCUGAUCCCACCUCUUUUGUACAGUUGUAGUAACCAGACCAGAUCUGCAUCUGGCCAAACAGAGUUGGGCAAGUCAUGAAUGAGAUAACUGCCAGGAGUCCAUUCACAUUUAAGGGAGCAGCCCUAACCCAGCUUCUCUGGCAGUAUCAGUAGGUUGGGAGGCAGGAUGAUCAGGCCAGAUGCUGUUGCUUAGGGUUUCAGCCCUAAGUGUCCGGUGGAAAUGGCUGAAAUGUCUGGGCUUGGGCUGACUCAGCCCCUCUCCCUCCCCACUUCUGGAGCACCUUUCUUCAGGGUCUACAUCCUGUAGCUGGAAGGGAGAGUGCCACACCAACAGGAGCUGCCUUAUCUGGGCUCAGAGACCCCCUCCACCUAAUCCAGCUCCCCCACUGACUCAAGUCUGGAGUCAGUGGGUGUUGAAUUACUCUGUAAACACCAGGAAGGACAGGCAGACUAGACAGAAUAUGCCUCCUAAGAGGCUCUGGUCAUUGAAAAGGUGUCACGAGUCAUUUGCUGUGUGGCAGACAGGAUUGUACAGAAUGAAUGCAAUUUACAUGCCCAUCAUCACCUGAAAGGCGAAAAAUGUAACUUUUUUUGGGUAAAGUAUUCCUUCCCAGUUGUUAGGAAGGGAUCCUUAAUCACUUGUUAUAGGUGAGCAAGCCAAUGGCCAUUUGCAGCCCUUGCUGUAAAUUUUCUGGGCAAGCUCGUGAGUCCCUUCCCUAUUCUGUUUUAUGCUUAAUGUACUGUUAGUGCUAAGUAAGUGUUAAAGCAUCUGAUUUAAAAUAAAAUAUUAAAAUAAAAUAUGACUGGAUAGGGAAAAUAUUAUCACUUUGUCUGCAAGAGCUGAAAACUAAAGAGCUCUAUACUAUAGCAUGAUUAUCUCCUAUACAUUUAUAUGUAUUGCUUUCUCCUCACAAUGUCUCCUCUCCCCCUUUUGCUUCCAGCUUUCUUUGGGAAAUACCUGAAUGAAUAUAAUGGUUCCUAUGUGCCUCCUGGCUGGAAGGAAUGGGUUGGAUUGCUCAAGAAUUCUCGUUUUUACAACUACACACUCUGUAGAAAUGGAGUGAAGGAAAAGCACGGAUUUGACUACUCUAGGGUAGGUCUUACUGAUUUAUUUUCAUUUCCCUCCCCUGGCCACAACUGGGGGAACAAUUCGGAUGCUUUAUGAUUUCAGUCUAAUUAAAGUAUUUGUUUCAUAUUUGAAAGCUACUGCUGGUAAUAUAAACUGCAAUCCAUAAACCUGCUCCCUUAGACUGCACAUUAUCGUUUUACUUCUGGAGGGAUGUAUAAUUUAAAAUUUAUUUAGUGACAGCAAGCAGUUCUUAAGCCGGUAAGCACUUCAGUAUGUCCUACCAGCUGGGAAAUGGAUUUGAUCGUAGUUUGACUCAUGUUCUAUUGACUGGUGUUCCCUGCUUUAAUUAACACAGAGAGACAUACUCUUGAUCUGCUGCAUGCAUGUGAUUAAUUCUCUUUAUUGCAAAAUUGCUGUUUCCAUGGUGGUGGUAUGCAGAUUUUGAGGGAGUCCUAAAUCUGUCAGUAGUCCACAAACUCAGUUAGUGUUUGUCUGCAGUGUUAUGAAACGGAGAUCAGAGGUUCAGGUUCUGUUAUUCUAAUUAGAAAUAUGUUGGGUGGGUGGGUUGGGGGAAGCGAACGAGUAACUUUAAAAACACCUGAUUUUUUAAAAUAUUCCUAUAGGGUUAGCUUCCAUUAUUUACAGAAAAGGAUACAGUGGAAUAAAGAUAUUUGACACCUGCUUUUUAUCCAACUAGUCAGAACUAAAGCAGUUAAUAAACUUGAAUUUAAAUCAGGGUUGUUAAAAGGUAUGCUUCUGAAUCUAAAAUAUCUGAUUAAGGGCAAGGCAACUGCCUUUUAAUGCAUAAUUCAUUUCAAAGAUUUUUCAGUCACAUCGCAGCAGAGUGUGACAAAGAGACAGAAUUCGGGAUCUAGCAUUUCUUCUUCCCACGUUCCUUCUCACAAAGGCACAGUAUAUGUUUUAAAUGAAUUACUCACAACUAUCUCUGAGCCUUGUGUUGUCCAUCUGUGAAAUGGAAAUCUUUCCAAAAAUUGUUUUCACUGCAGGUAAAUAAAUAUGAUGAUGUCUGAGUUUGAGAUUAGGUGGUAAGAUAGGAAUGAGGCACAUACUCAGACCAAGAUGUUUUGUGCAUCUAAUUGGGCUUUCAGCAGCUGCGUGGUUAAAUUGCUGUGCAUAAUAACAAGAAGUAUCUGUAUCAGCACCAUGCUUGAUGUGACUAAGUGUCCAAAAGUGGAACCCCUUGCUAUCUUCUCCAAAUACGUCUUUUCAUUAAGUGUAUUUCCUACUACCAGUGCAAUAACAUGACUUUUGAGAGAUUAGUUUAAUGAACCUUCAUUUUGGUAGCAGCAAGUAUAUUUCUGUUUCCAAAAAUAUCUUCCCCGCUGGCAGUAGAAUUAGCAACCCAUUGGUUGCCCUUUUUGUAAUCUCAGGUGUCUGAGUGCCAAGUGACGUGUAAUCAAAAUAUAACGCAACAUUCGUGUUCACUGACCGUCUCUGUCAAGCAAGUCUCUCCAGCAUUUUAUCACCAUUACAUUUAAGAAUACUUGUUCCAUAUAAUACACACACACACACACAGGAAUGUCUCAGAUUAGUUUGAUUCAAUUCAGGGCUCAACAAAUAACAGUAAGACUGGCCCUCCCAUUAGGCAGAGUGAGGUGGCCACCUCAGCCGGGUGCUGGGCAAGGCCAAAUUUAGUUUGAUGAGGCCCUAAGCUACUAAAGGUAAUAGGGCCCUUUAUAUGUCCAGCUGUCAUUUGUCAACAACAAAUUGUUGCUGUUUUUUGUGUUGAAUAUAUGCUAUAUCAUAAUUUAUAGACCUAAUGGGUAUCUAAAGUCAUUUGCACAUAACAAAAUAUGUAUUUUAUCAAAGUAAUUGUUGAACUGAAAUACAAUUAAGAAGUAUAUUAAUAGUGAAAUAAUUAUUAAGCUCUAACUUAAAAUGAUUUUUUAUUCAUAACAAACUUAAUAAUGCAAACACAUUGGCAUUUGGCAAUAACAAAAGUUCAUUUAGAAACACAAUUUACAAAGACUCAUAAUUUUUUGGGGGGGGGACCAAGAGAGUGGGGCCCUAAGCUAUAGCUUGUUUAGCUUAUACGUAAAUCCAGCACUGGUGCUGGAAGUUGGGGAGCAGCAAAGUUCUGGAAGGACAGAGCUGUCUGAUUCUUUUUUAGGGGGAAGUCUUGAUUCUUAUGGGAUUUGGUUGGCACUGUGGGUUAAACCACAGAGCCUAGGGCUUGCCGAUCAGAAGGUCGGCGGUUCGAAUCCCCACAACGGGGUGAGCCCCUGUUGUUCGGUCCCUGCUCCUGCCAACCUAGCAGUUCAAAAGCAUGUCAAAGUGCAAGUAGAUAAAUAGGUACCACUCCAGCGGGAAGGUAAAUGGCGUUUCCGUGCACUGCUCUGGUUUCGCCAGAAGCAGCUUAGUCAUGCUGGCCACAUGACCUGGAAGCUGUACGCCGGCUCCCUCGGCCAGUAUAGCGAGAUGAGCGCCGCAACCCCAGAGUUGUCCACGACUGGACCUAAUGGUCAGGGGUCCCUUUACCUUUACCUUUACUUGACUCUUAUAGUGGAAUUGAAAUGCUUUAAAUGGAGGUGUGGAUGUGAGCUUGGUAACACUAUAGGGAAUUGUAAAAAACAAAUUAAAAAAGCAUGUUUAAAAACAUACCAGCCCUUUACAUUUCCAAUUAUUAAAAAAGUGAAUAAAUCAGGAUUUCUCUUCCCACCUCUAAAAUGAUUGCAGUGUCCCCUCUAGGCUCAUUGAUUACUUUUGAUGUCAUUUUGCUGAUUUUUCUUCUCUUCCUCACUCUUUUCAGGAUUAUCUGACUGACUUGAUCACCAAUGACAGUAUUAGCUUCUUCCGAAUCUCAAAGAAGAUGUAUCCUCACAGGCCAGUUUUGAUGGUUCUCAGCCAUGCAGCUCCUCACGGUCCUGAAGACUCAGCCCCUCAGUAUUCUCAUCUCUUUCCCAAUGCUUCUCAGCACAUGUAAGGAAAAGGCAACAAAGCACCAAACCAAUUAUCUGCAUUUCCAAGCAAAGGCAUAGCAUUCCUGGGAAAUCAUUUCUGGAUCAUUUGUGCUUUGGCAUAAGUUUAUCGCAGGUAGCAGAAAUGGAACAGCUUGGCGCUUUUCAAUUUAUAACUUGUAGAAAUCUACACAAUAAAAUGAACAAUCCCGUCAUUUUCCAUUUGCAAAUUUAUACAAAUUUAUUCCUUUUUGGGAAAGGCUUUGUAAAGAGAGUAAGGGGAGAAGAGAGAAUGGAACUUGGGUAAAUAAAUAUGAUGAGGUCUGAGUUUGAGAUCAGGUGGUAGGAUAAGAAUGAGGCACAUACUCAGACCCUAUGCACAAUUACCUGGGUUCAUGUGAACUCAGUGGGACUUAUUUUUGAGCAGACACACAUAAGAUUUGUCCAUCAGGUGCUUUACCUUCACAUGUUUGAGCUUUUCUCCAGAACCUUGAAAACUAGGGACAUGUGGUUGCACAAUAUUACACCCUUUUAGUCUAGGUUUCUUGAUCCAAUCCCACAUCUCUUCUCCUCUGUACCCUGCUAACACAGAAAAACCAAAAUGAGUGGUGUGAAAUCAUAUCACCCCUUUCCUUCACUUGACUUCAUUGGAUGCCCCUUACUGAAGGUGUGUAAGAGGGUGUGGUCAAGUUAUGACCUCCUCUGAACAUUUCAUUUCUCUACAUGUUGUACCAGGGAGAAGAGGAAGAGUAGACAUGGAGUUGUCCCUUGUAGUGGCAACCACAUGUCUCUCUUAUUAUCUAAUCUUGCCCUCCACAAGGUCUUUCUGCUCCUUUAAACUUAGUUGUAUGUUGAUGAUAUGCAACACAAACUUAGCUUAUAUGUUAAGAGCUUCUUUUAUGCACUGCUCUGUGUGCCUCUGCUGUGUGAAGAAAUCAAGGGAGCGGGGAUGUGGGACAGAGCCUUCUUUGCAGUGGCACCCAAACUGUGGAAUCCCCUCCCUGGCUUGUCUCUCUCUGUGUGUGUUGAGGAUUUUAAAUCAAAAGGCAGGUAAUAAAUGCUCUGUAAAUGCAGAAUAGAAAUGCCAAUAUAGACCCAAUAGCAGUCACUGAAAAAAUUGACUUUGGUAGGAGAGAGGAAAUAGUUUUCAGUAAGUAAUCCUGAGUCUUCUCCAGCAUAUGCAAAACAAUCACUUUUGGAUAUAUAAAAAAUAGGCUUGCAUUUUAUUUUAUACCUGCAGGUUCAUAUCACCAACAUGUAUCAUUCUUUGCUUCAGCUGCUUAAUAGGCAUUUAUCCAUGAUUGUUGCAUAGUGGGUUUUUUUUUCCAGAGACAACCACUACUGUUGUUUCUGUAAGCAUUUUAUUCUCUCUCUCUCUCUCUCUCUCUCUCUCUCUCUCCAAGGUCAAAUACAAUCAGGAUUUGUAGUGCAGCCCCCACCUCCAACUUCUGAAUGAAUUUGAAGUGGUUAUUUUUGUUCAGUUUCCAGAAUUGUUGUGCUUUGUGUAUUUGGCCGUAAGACGGACAAAUCUGUUAAGUAUAAGAGGGUUACGUUUGUAGUAAUCAAAGAAGAUUGUGGACGUUGAGUGGAUUAAGCAGCAGGAGGUGUCAGAUGAGCCAGGAAAUCACAAAGCAUACUGGAAAAGGAAUUUGCCAAGCAUUUUAGAUUCGUUCAGGGCAUUACAUAGCAACAGUUUCCAUAACCAUCAGCAUUUUCAAAGCAGCAAUGUCAUUAUCCUGCCACAAUAACAUUCUGAAAUCAGAGAGAACAUUAACAAUGUGGAGAGAAUAAUAAGCAACCUCUCCUCCCUGGAAGAAAAAUACUCUCUUCCCCAUCACAAAGCACUUUUUGGACUGCAGCCUUGAUAUCAAAGCUUCCCACUUGUUAAAACACAAUGCAAUUCACUUUAGCAUGUCUUUCACACACACACACUCAGCACAUGGGGCAACCCUGAAUAUGAAUAAUGUUACGGUAAGAGCGCAGUCUUACAAUAGGAGUUGUGCUCCCCUCUCGCAGCAUGUUCACAACAGCCUCACCUGCCAGCUUCAUUCUGCACAGACCCACAAGUACACGCUAAAUAUGUGUUCGUAAUUAUGGAUAAUACUGCUCAAGCUAACUUCCCAAGGCCAUAAAUACAGCACCACUGCAAAACUCUGCUGAUUAAUUUUAAAAAACCACAAAGAAACUGGAGCCUGAAAUACAGAAGCCCUUGCUCUGUUGACUAGGCAAGGGCAGAAGGCCAGGUAUUUACACUAUACCCUGCCAAUCCAGAGGCUGAAGUCUGGUUGCCAGUGACUGGUGCCAAUGAUGCACAUGCCUAUUCCCUCUUUGCACCUAAAGAAGGCUUUGAGGUCUGAGUUACAGUAGGAGUUGUGUAGCUCACUAAGAUGUAGGACCCAUUCUCUGGUCAAGGGACCCCCAGUUUGAAGCCCAAAGCCCUUGCCUAUCUGACCAGACCAAUCUCCAAGAUUGUUCAGAACCAGACUCUGGAGCUAGUUUGCUGUUUCAGAUACCCUAGCUUUUUGCUGUUGUCAAGUGGGAUGGGAAUUCCCUUUUACAGCUCCCGGGGUAGGAAGAUCCCUACCUCAAGGCUACUUGUUCAAGCAAAGGAAAUUGUAAUAGCACCAUCCAGCUUUUUUUCUUUUUAAAGACUAGUAUAGAGUAGAACAUCAUUUUAAAAGCUGGCUAUUGGACUGAAGUUAUAAUAAGCAUUUUAAUGCCCAUAGUUUCCUGCUAAAUGCUCAGGUAGUCAAGCUUAAAUUCACCACAGAUGCUAAAUAACAUAGUAGAGACUCUCCAGCAAUCUGGAUAGUUAUUGUUAAGGAACCUGCGUGAGCCACAAUCAUCCGUGCAGAAUGAAAUUGGAAUAGCUAUGUCAUUCUCAUGCUCCCCAGUUAGAAUGUUAGCUGCCUAAUGCUAAGCUGCUACAGUUGAAAUAUAUUCUCAUUUACUCUGAAUGAUACUUGCUAUUUCAAUAGGCUUCAGUUUGAGCAGAGCAAUUUUCCCGUUCCCGGCUUUUAGAUAAAUCAUAAAAGAGAUUUAUAAUGUUUCGCUGUCUACCACGGAGAAUGUAAUCCUACCAUGGAGGGUUAUUCCCAACAGGGAAAAUUGCCACCCCUGUGUGCCUCAAACAUGCUUAAAGAUAGUAGAAGCUGCAGUGGUAAGGUUCAUUUGCACAUCCAUUUUCAGGGAAUUAACUGUAUUUGCAUUAACUUGGGUGUGGCAAGAUAGCAGCUGGGCUCUUUAGCUUGGACCCUGACUUCUUCCAUUCAGAAUUCCAUUCACAAAACGAGGCCUUAUUGCCUUCACUCUGCAGUCACUUGGGCUCCUUAAAGGUUGGGGGCACCCUUAGGAACAGUAUGGCAUACGGUGUAAAAAGCUGUGGAUGGAGAGGGACCAUCUUUUAAGAUUUGCCUCCUGGCUUCUAAAACUUUCCUGUACUCAACGCUAAGUAAACAGAAGCCCCCAAACCUACUUUUGAAAGUGGAAGCUGCUGUUCUCAGGAUGCUGAAAUUGUCAGGACAGAACGCUCAAUGCAAUGGAUAGAAUUCAACAUCAUGUUCUUCCAGUCCCAUCUGUGCAAGCAUUCCAGUUUACCAGAUGGCACGAUACCCUUCUCCUCUCCCUCAUGCGCCAUUCUGGGGCUUCUCCCAACCCCCAGAGCCAAUUUUUGGGGGUGCAAGGGGGGGAGACAGGGGGAAUCCUAUUGCACAAAUGGAAGUCUUUGUAUGGGUCUUCUGCUAGUGGGACUGGUUAGAUGAAUCCUGCCCUAUGUUUGUGUGGAACUUGUGUAGAAACCCAGAAUACACAUUUUAGGGUGGGUGGCAUGCCAUGUUUAUUUUACUGGCAGUUAAUUGUUUCUCUCUCUUUCUCUCUCUCUCUAGCACACCCAGUUAUAAUUAUGCUCCAAACCCAGACAAGCACUGGAUAAUGAGGUAUACUGGCCCCAUGAAACCUAUUCACAUGGAAUUCACCAAUAUGCUACAGCAGAAGCGCCUUCAGACUCUCAUGUCUGUGGAUGACUCUAUGGAGGCGGUAAGAUUUAUUGCAGGCUUCCUCAACAUCGGCCCUCCAAGUUCCCCAAGUCCUGCAUAUGCGCCCUACUUUUCUAUCCUAUCCAAAACACGAGUUUAAGUGUUGCCAAUAUAAGCACAGAUGCACUUCAUCACAGGGCCUCAACUUCCCCAUUUGGUUUAUAAGGUUUGAAUUGCUCUGGGCAGAAUGGUAGCACCAAGUCUCCAUCCCAACUUCUCUUCUUGGAUGUUAAGAGGGAGCCCAUUUGGUAGGUAGUUUCGUCUCCCUUGAAAGUUCAGGAGUGGAAACUCAGGAGAGGGCAUACUCUGACAUUGCCUUAGCUGUGGAAUUCCCUCCCCGCAGAGGUGUGUCCAGCGGCGUAGCGUGGGUUGUCAGCACCCGGGGCAAGGCAAGUAAUUUGCGCCCCCUAACCUGGGGCAAGGCAAUUAAUUUGCGCCCCUUAACCCCUAACCUGCCGCCGCUGCCAGCUUCUUCUUGCUGCUGCCUGGUCUGGUCUGGUGUGGUUCUCUCCCGCGCUCAGCGCUGCGCUGGGCGGCCGCUGCACUGUCCCUCCCCCAGAUAGUCCCUCGCUCUCUCUCCGCACCGCACGCCUGGCACCCACCCCCUCCACAGUGGGCGGCGACCCAGCGGCUCGGAUCGGAUUCGCACAGCCAGCACUGCAGUGAGAGAGAGUGAGUGAGCCAGGUAGGGGCAGAGAGCUGCGAGUGCGAGCGCGCCCCCCCCAGAUGUUGCGCCCGGUGCGGCCGGCCCCCCCUACACCCCCCACGCUACGCCACUGGGUGUGUCUGCCAUUUUCAUUGUAUAGCUUUCAUCGUGUUGAAGAUGCAUCUCUUUAGCUGCUUUUUUGCACCUUAGGACUCACCCUAUUCUUCUGACUGUGAAUUGUACUAAGUUAUUUUAACGUUAUUUAUCUAGGUGUUGUUUUUUAAUGUGUUUAUAUGCUGCUUUCUUGGCACCGGUUUAGAACAAAUUAGAAUCACAAGUAGAGUGGGUCCCAAUGUAUCCCAGAUUUCAAAGGUGCAUCUUCAGCUGUGCAGUGAAGGUGCUGGGUGCACCUCUGUGUGGAAGGAAUUCCAUAAUUAGGGGGCUGCCUCUGAGAAUACUGUCUCCUGGGUCAUGUCCCCCACCAAGCCACUGAGGGUAGCAGAACUACCAAGAGGGGGCCCCCAGCUGACCCCCAAGAGGGUCUGCAGAGAAAGAGGUGGUCUUGUGGUUCAGGGCAGGUAAGAAACCCAUUUUAUAAUAAUGAUAUGCUAUAAAAUAUUCCAAAUAGCAAAACAUCCUAAGUUGCCUGCUAUAGUUGCAAACAGUGCAUAAAGGGAAAAUUGUACCAAAAGCUUGGGCUUUCUGUCUUCAAUAGUUCUCUGUUAAGUAAUAUGUACUUAACAUACCACCGUUUUUCCUGGUCAGUGUGAUGUGCCGGAAAUGUGCAGACAAUGCUUAGGCCAGAUGCCCAUGUCAGCCAUAAGUUUCUUGAGUAGGAAAUGAAUGUAAAAUAAAUGGACUCAAAUCCCCCUUUUUGUGGGUGAUGGUCCUACCAUGACAACUGAGCCAAGCAAUAUCCAUAGUCUGCAAGAAUAUGUGGCAAACUUGGCACACUUUUUAUGGGGCAAACUUUUGUAAAUAGCUCUGUGAUAGACCACAUGUGGUCUCAGGUUCAGUCACUGGUAUGUGCAGUUAAAAAGAGCAUGGGUUGGAUGUCUAGGGAGGACUCUGCCUGCUGCAGAUUUGGAGGAGGAUCCGAAGCUUUGUGUGAGAAAGGUCCCAGAUUUAUUCCCUGUCAUUGCCACAGAGAAGACCCCUGUUUGGAAACACUAGAGGGUUCCUGUACACAGCACUAUUUUCAGAAGAUAGUAUUGUAGAUAGUACUGAGCUCGGUUGACCAAUGGUCUGGCUUGUCAUAACAAAGCCUGCUAUGAUCCACCAUCAGGUUGCUUCAUAGGUCCAGUUAUCUUCUAUAACACACCUCUUAUUGGCAUCUUGUUUGCCCUUAAGCCUGUGAUAUGAGAACAAAGUAAAAUGAACUGUUCCAUCAAGGCCGGAUCAAGACAUUUUGGCACCUCAGGCAGACCCCAAAAUGGCGCCCUUCACCACACCAGGGAAUAAGGAGUGAGGGAAGAUCUACAUCAGGAACAAAGGAGGGAAUAAAAACCAACAUUGGGAUCUGCUGCCCCUGUGGAUCCUGCCGCCUGAGGUGAUCGUCUCACUUUGCCUCAAGGGUGGGCCGGCUAGUUGUGCUUCUGUGCUCUGGCAAUAUUCAUCCUGACUGGCACCUUCUGUGAAAAUUGAUGGGCUUGUUUUCAAGCCUGCAAAGCUGCCAGUCUAACAUGGAGGCAAAACAGUUUAUUGCUGCUUAUCUCCCAGCAUUCCUGCAUUUUGUUUGUGAUUUAAGUAUAAUGCAGGCACCCUGAGAAGACAAGGUUAAGAUUAUAGGUAGGCCCUGCAUCAGCCUGUUUGUGAUUAUGGUGAUUACUAUUACUGCUGAUUGGUGGUUUGCUCUGGGAAGAUAUAAUCUCUCUCAAGUGCUACUACAUACGCUUGGGGAGGCUUGCCAUCAGUGUUGCAGCUUGCUCAAAUUGAUGGCUUGCUUUAUUUUUAACUUCAAGUCAGCAAGCUGGGAUUGAAAUUGUAAUUAUAAAGAGGCUCAAUGAAUUUUAAAAUGCAUUCAGCUAGUCAAGCCUAACCUUAUGCUUUGUCACAAGUGCAUUCCAAAAAUAGUUGUGGCUUGACCUGCUUUUCUAAAACAAACAAGGAGGUAUCUGGGUCAUCAUAAUACGUCUCGGUUUCCCCUCUCUAUUUCCCAUAGACAGACUGUGCUUGAAGGAAAGCAACUUUGGAGGAAGAUGUGUUAACACAGGGUACACAAAACUCCAUAAAAUUCGGGACCGUAGAUGGGGUGGCUUUAACCCUUUACUUCCCCUGCAGUACUUCUACUGUGGUUAUUGCCUUAACUGCUCAUGGUUUGCUGAGAGCAAAACAAAUCAUGGUGCCUAGUUUUGAUGUAAAGCUAAGCCCAGCUAUUGUGGUUUAUUUUCUCCCAAUUCAAGCCAGGAGGAGUGGGGAGGAACCAAGCAGCUGCUCAUGCCCAGUAAACAAUGGUUUGUGACAAUGUAACUUGCAAAUAUGGCCAAACUAUAUGUCAUGAUUUCUGACUCAUUGCAGUUCCAAAAUUUGAUUUCAGAUCAUUCAUGUUGCCUUUUCAAAAAACAAAUGCAGUCGCUAUCUCAGUAGGGCCACAGUAGUUUCAUGUUUGUUUUUAUUUAUUUUUAUUCCGCCCCCCCUUCUCUUCAGCUGAAAGGGAGCAGCUUGCACAAAAAGCCAAUAUAUACAUUCACCAAGCUUUUCAUUGCCCUUGUGUCUAUAUACAAGAUUAUUGUGUAAUACCAUACUGUUUUGUUCAAUCCAAAAUGUUCUGCUUCUCUUUCAUUUCAGAUUUACAAUGCAUUGGUUGAAACAGGUGAACUGGAUAACACAUAUGUAAUAUAUACGGCAGACCACGGCUAUCAUAUAGGGCAAUUUGGGCUGGUGAAAGGAAAAUCCAUGCCCUAUGAAUUUGACAUCAGAGUCCCCUUCUAUAUCCGCGGUCCAAAUGUGGAGGCUGGAUCCUUGUAAGUUCAUGGGGCUUUGUGGCAUUGGAGUAAUUAAGAGAAUCCUGCUCUGGUUGGUUCUGUAUGGCCUUUUGUAAGAUGCUCUGAGGUUGGCUUAGUUUCAGCAGUAAAUCUCAUCAAUCUUUUUUCUCCUCACCACCCUCUGCACAUCUGUUUACAGAUAAUUUUAAAUGCAAACUCUUAAAUGUCUUUUUUUUUAAUGAUAAGGAAAAAAGCAAAAAAUAAAAAGAGGGAAGAGACAGGGAUCAUCUUUCUCCAAAACAUUCAUGGAGCAAAGUAUGUUUCUCUAAGGUUUUGCUCAUCUCUUUGGGGGAAAGGACUUGAUUUCUCAUAACCAGUUGUGUUCCUCUCUCCAUCAAACUCUUUCUUUUAGUGCAGGAUGAAGAGCAAAUUUACAGUGUCAAUUUUUAUUCCUGCAUACAAUUAUGUGCUGUUAAGGUGUGAUGUCUAACAUUGCCCAAGCAGUCUUCAAUCAUGCAGUGAGGCCUUCCCUUCCUCUGCAGCCCCCCUGCUCCAAAUUCAGAGCAGCUUUUGGGUGGAGGAGACAGGAGAGAGGAAAGGAAGGGGAAGUCCUGUUGUAGGAGUGGAAGUCUGUUCCGCUCAUGGAUGCAUAUCACCCAAAGUAUUUGCAUUUCAGUGGAAUUAUCUGUAUCAAGGCUAAAGGUGCAGCCAAAACACCCCCAAUCCCAGAUCCAUUCCCAAUGUCUUCCUAGCACUAGGCAGCUCACAUACAUGCUACCUCUUGCACUGAGAAAGGGGGAAUUUAGACUCAUGUGAAAUUCUGUAUGAUCUUCUGAAGAAAUGCAAAGUCAUUUCCUUUUGUUUAACUUUGACGGUGCAGUCUGUGAGGCUUCCAAAUAAUAACAUUGCGUAAUGUUCACAGCCUAAGUGCAUAGCUGUCAUUAGAGGUUAAUUAAAUAAUAACAAUGGAAUCACUGUUAAGAAAAUGAAUGCAAUAUUUUCUAUAUGUUCCUCUUCCCUUGCAAAAAAAGAAAAGAAAAGAAAAUAUGACUCAUCUCCUUGGUUUACCCUUUGUCAGUGACAGACAAGAGUACAGAGUGUGACUGUUAAUUAAAAUUGUAACUUUGAUCAGCUAAGAAAUUAUGUAAAUAUACCUUCUAAGUAAUUAUUUUAAUAGCAAAUAUUUGCACCAAAGCAAUUAUUUUGGACACAGUGCCACAAUAUGCGUUCUUUAAUGUAUACCACUAUGUAUAUAUUAGCAUAAUUAGUUCUUGUACUUUUCCACCCAUAAUACUUUCCUCCUUUUAAUAUAGAAAAAGUAAUGCAAGCCAACAACAAUAUUGCGAACAUAGCAAAGCAGCAACAAUCCCAUUUUAAAAUAAUAAAAAAGAAUAUUCACUGGGUUUUGAAUUUAAAUGAAUUUCAACCAUCGAAGCAGAAAAAGGGAAGAAUUCUUUCGUUCUGAAAAAAAACCCCACUGGUAUUUCCAGUGCUGCAGGACAGCUAAAAGAGAACCCUACAAAACAAACAUGGGCAACCUGAAGAAUCAGGUGAUGUUAUAAACUCUGUGCUAUAAGGAGAUUAUCAGAAGUGGUCUGCAAUGACGUAUUUCAACAAUUAUAUGAUUAAUGCAGUGAGAGCUGAGAUAUUCCUACCUAUAUCAGGAACAGACUUUGCUCUUUCAAAUUUCAACAACACCCUCUGCAAGGCAAAAAUUCGGCACCCUGCACCUCUCGCCUUGCAUUUUGCUCAAUUCACUGUGCCAUAAUUGCGACACCCUGCAGCGCCCCCUGGGCUUGGCACCCAGUGUGGCAGAACCAGUUGCACUGCCAUAAAUCAGCCACUGCCUGUAGGCUUCCCAGGACAAUUUUGUCAUCUUUUGCAAAGCACACAGUAGGUUUGAAGGAUGUGCAUAUAUAUCCAAGCAGCUCUUGUCUCCCACAACUCAUCCUUCCCUGUGGUUUCACACCCUUCCCUGUCUACAAUGAGCUAUGCAUAGGAACAUAGGAAACUGCCUUAUAUCAAGUCAGAUCAUUGGUUUACCUGUCUCUGUAUGGUUGACACCAAGUGGCAGUAGCUGUCUAGGGUUUCGGGCAAAAGUCUUUCCCAGCCCUACCUAGAGACAUUGGGGAUGGAUAACUGAUCCUUUUGUACACAAAGCAAGCGCUCUUCCACUGAGCCCCUCCUGGCUAGAGUUGCACCCACUUUUUGUAGUCGCUCAGUUUCUUGUAACUCUUCCAUUUCUGUUUAGUGCACAAGCACCAGGCAAAAACGCAGGGAGUUGCUAUCUUGGCAUGCCCGUAGCCAGUGCUUUUUUUCUAAAAAAAUAUAUGUUUAGGGGUACUCUCAUUUUCCUACCCAUAUUGAAAUACUGCCCCUCAAUGAGGCCAAACUUAGAUUCACAAAAUGUUUAGGGGUAUGCCUACCCCUGCAUCCCCCCCCCCAGAAAAAAAACACUGCCCCUAGCCCUGAAAGCAAGCUGUUCUUCAUAGCUUCUUUUUAGAUCCUGAAACACCCCAUCAUUUUAAAUCGCCAGCCAAUUAUGUUGUGCGGGAGCCUCCUCGUUCAGGGCCUUCUGAGUGUCAAAACCGAUUUCUAAAGACUCAGUAAGUCAGAGCUUAUCCCCAUAGAGAAACUGGUUCACGCACACUCCAAAAGGUGAUGUAUGAACUGUAAAAUUGGUACAAACAUGGCAUUUCUGUUUCCAUAAGGAGGGAAACGCCCACUUCAGUAUCAGCUUUGCUAAUGUGAGCUGCACCUUCUAUUUUUCAUAUAAACUAAUCAUUGGCUGUCCCCGCUUAUCAACCCUGAUUUAAUAGCAGUUGCUGUAGUGAGGUCUCAUUACCAUAGGUUCAUUACUUUUACCCUGAUGCGCUACACUGCAUUAACUAGUAAUUAAAAUUAAGCUGCACUUGUCAAGCAGAUGAACAAAUGUAUUAUCUUCAGUUCUUGUCAUUGUUUGUUUGCUUUCAAAUCCAGUAAUUCACAAGCGGUCUCAUUCAUUGCUGCAAAUUAGAAUGCUGCUGCCUUGCUGUGCUGUGUUUCUGAGCUGGAAAUCUGCGCAGAAGCAGAAAACUAUCCAUAUGGCUCCGUCUUUGAACUGUAAUUUCUCCUUGUAAAUUAUGGCAAGUGUGUUCUUGUCCUCAAAGAUCCAUAUAAUUUUUGUUUGUUUGUUUUUAAUGCUUAGUUUCUUUAUUUGUUCUUCUGCUUGUAUUGUUUUUGUAAGUACCUUAAUUGGAGCUAGUAUUAGUUAUUGAUUUAAGGACUGAGCUAUGAAUCAGGCCCUGGUUUUGAACUUUGAUUCUGCUGUGAACUCAGCUAGGUGGCAUGAAACAAGGCACCCAUGUUCUUUCAACCCCAAGCCCUUUGCCUCCCCCAAUUUGCAGUAUGGAUAUGAUAACACUGAGCUACCCUACAGGAUGGAUUUGAGGAAUAUAGGAUAAUGUAUGUAAAGUGUAGCACUCUCAGAUGAAAAAAAUAAAUGCCAUAAUGUAUUAUUUUUGUGAUGACCAACCAGUGGUUUUUGACAAAUAAGUCUGCUGGCUAAAAAUGCAAACAAACAAACAACCCCCAAAACAAACAAGGGCCAGAAGAGGGCAAUUUAUACUGCCUUGAGUUCCUUGGAAGAAAGGCGGUACAUAUAUCUAAUAAUAAAAAAUGUAGAAGUAAAUAGUAUUCCUAAAUAAUUUCCCAAAGUGGUAAAGGCAUGGAUCCUGAGGAAAGCCACCCUCUUUGUGAGUAUUAGAUUCACUCAUUGGUCAGCAGUUUGAAUCCCCAUGACGGGGUGAGCUCCCAUUGCUCGUUCCCUGCUCCUGCCCACCUAGCAGUUCGAAAGCAAGUCAAGUGCAAGUAGAUAAAUAGGUACCGCUCCGGCAAGAAGGUAAACUUCUGCUGCUGUGGUUCGCCAGAAGUGGCUUAGUCAUGCUGGCCACAUGACCCGGAAGCUGUCUGCAGACAAACGCCAGCUCCCUCGGCCUAUAGAGCAAGAUGAGUGCACAACCCCAGAGUCGUCCGUAACUGGACCUAAUGGUCAGGGGUACCUUUACCUUUUACCAUUGCUUAGAAGGUAUUGUUAAGGAGAGUUUAUAAGUGCAUGUGCAGAAUGCCAUGACGAAGUAAGCAUACCAUUGGAAUAUCCACUUAAAUCCCCACCCUUAAUGACAAGGAGAUAAAGUGUGAAUCUCACAGGUUUGGAGAAACUGGUGAGGAAGCUAUGGCCUUAUAUGAGCGUUAAGGAAUGCUCAAACUUAGUGAUUUGUUAAGAACUGAAUAAGCACAACCACCAAUCCCACCUUGCAGAUGUUUGGUGCUAGAAGGGAAAUUUUCCAGGGUGUGACUCUUCUAUUCAUUUGCACCCUAGGGGGAUUUCCUUUUAAAAUUUAUGCAAAUCUGAUUUCCUGGAUACUGAGUAUUAAGCAUUAUUGCAAAAUGAGCUUCCUUUACUAUUAGUUCUGUUUUUGUUUUUUCACCUUUGCUUGCCUGGUGUCUGUUACCAUCCCCCUGCUGCCAUCUACCCUUCAACUGUCUUCUAAAUCUAUCCCCAGUGGGUAGUGGGAUGGGCCAUUUGAACCUUUGACCCUCCAGAUGUUGGACUACAACUCCCAUAAUCCCUCACCAUUGGUCAUGCUGGUUGUAUGUGAUGGGAGCUGGCCUCCCAGCCACAUCUGGACAGCCAAAGAUUCCCUGUUCCAAGUGAUGGUACCAUAGCUCAGUGGUGGGAUACAUGUUUUGUUUGCAUGCAUAACUCUUGGGUUCAAUCUUUGGCAUCUCCAGUUGAAAGGAUCAGGUGGCAGAUGAUGGGAAUGGCCUCUCUCUCUGCCUCUGCCUGAGACCCUGGAGAGCCACAAGCAGUGGGAACAGACAAUAUUGCACUAACGUAGAAGGACCAAUAGUCCAGUGUAGUACAGUAUCUGCUGUUGCUUACACAACCCCACUUCGGUGAGUGCCAAUAUUAUCUUUUACACUGGGUUAUCCAGUGCUAGUCCGACUCAGAGGAGACCUGUUGGAAAUUAAUAAAGCCAAGUUAUUAAUGUCCAUUAACUUAGAACAACCCACUGUUUCCUAAAACUGCCAGAGCAAGAUUCCCUCUUCAGUAAAACCUGAACUACAAGACAAGGAUUGAUUCUCAAAAUGGUGAAGAAGUUUAGGUCACAAGCUUUUUCACUUCCUUCUUUUUCAUAGAAUUGUAGAGUUGGAAGGGACCCCAAGGGUCAUCCAGUCUAACCCCCUGCAGUGCAGGGAUCACAGCUAAGGAAUCCUUGACUGAUGGCCAUCCAAGCUCUGCUUAAAAAUCUCCAGUGAGGGAGAGUCCACCACUUUCCGAGGUAGUCUCCCCUGACCUUUCUUUAGCUUGUAAAUGGCUUCUCAUACUCAGCUUCAAUGUGUAAUUGUGCUUUCUUUCCAACUAUUUGAUGUUAACCCAUGGGUGCAUUUCAGGUAUUCUGUGUCUUCUGUGGUCUUACGUUGGGGUUACCGUGCAGAUGUUUGAUAAACGUUUUGUGAAUAUGCUUCUUUUCAGGAAUCCUCACAUUGUGUUGAACAUCGAUCUUGCUCCUACAAUUCUAGACAUUGCUGGCCUGGACAUUCCACCUGACAUGGAUGGGAAAUCCAUUCUAAAGCUGCUGGAUUCUGAAAGACCGGUCAAUAGGUAAGGAUGGGAAAUGCAUUAAACAGAGCCCAACAUUUCCUGCAGAUCGCCAAGUACUUUAAGCAAUUGUGAUUAAACAAUCUGUCUGCAAUAGGUCUGUGAGUCAGUGGUACUUUUCUAUCCCAUUCUGUGGAACUUACACAGGCCUUGCCGUAGUGAACAAAAAAAGUUGCCGUAUCAUCUCAUAGCUGAGGCUGAAAAUGCAUGUUUGCCAUUUGCUUUCUAAUCACACAUCUUCAAGGGAGAAGCCAAAUCCUGUCCCCAGAUCUAGUUCGACUUUCAAAUUAAGUUUGUUUUUUUCCAGAUUCCAUUUGAAAAAGAAGAUGAAGGUCUGGAGGGACUCCUUCUUGGUGGAAAGAGGGUAAGUGAUAGGUGGUGAUUGUGUUUUAUUCUGGAGAGUUCUGACCUCCUAAAGCAGGCUUCCUCAACUUCGGCCCUCCAGAUGUUUUGAGACUACAAUUCCCAUCAUCCCUGACCACUGGUCCUGCUAGCUAGGGAUCAUGGGAGUUGUAGGCCAAAAACAUCUGGAGGGCCAAGGUUGAGGAAGCCUGUCUUAAAGGAAUCAUUGCAGCAAAAGAAGAGUUAUACCUGUACAACUUUCCUUGGCAAGAUCAUUAAUUAGUCUUUUGCAUUUGGCAUUUGUGAAAUUACUUAAUUCAUCAAAAAGGCAAAGUCGUAUUAGUAGUUUCAAUGUUUUGUUGUUGGCAUUUUUCAUUUUCAUUGGAACUGCUGUAAAAUCUAUGAGAGACACAUGAAAUAGGCAGUCUACUUUCCUACUUAAUGAAAAUGCAUUUUUUAAUUAUUUCUUGCCUAUAUAUCCUGCCUUUUUUCCAAGGAGCUUAAAGCAGAGAACAUGAUGUCCCAGCUAUCCAUUUUAAUCUUGCAAAUACCCUGUGUGAUUGGUAAAGCUUCAGAGAGUGUGACUGGUCACCCAGUAAGCUUCUUUGGAUCAUAUCCUAUACUGUCCUGUGCACGGGCAUACUGUGGGGGGAACGGGGGGCCAUGGUCCCAGGAACACAAUUUUGAGGGGGUGUGAACUAGGCACCCCCAAACAGGCGCCAGCUUCCAUGGAGAUCCCCGUCCUGCCCAGACGUAUCCUGGUGGGCCCAACUCCUGGCUCCCCAUCCUUCGCUGCCUGGGGUCUCUGGGCCCUGGAAACCUACCUGGCCUUGCUACCAUGUCCUUGGCCCUCCUCACUGAAUGGCCAUGUGGCUAGCGCUCAAUCGCUCCUCACUCGUUACUCCAUGAAAUAUGGUAGAGAUGGCACUCACUCUUCAUGAACAAAGAUUAUGUGAACAACUUCUUGGAUGAGGAUGCAGCCUUUACAGAGCUGUGCAUGUUCUUCCCUUUUCAGGAAACUGUUACACAAGAGAGAGAAUGAGAAAAUGGAUGCUCAAGAAGAAAAUUUCCUGCCCAAGUACCAACGGGUGAAAGACCUCUGCCAGCGAGCUGAGUAUCAAAGUGCUUGUGAACAGCUUGGGCAGGUGAGCAUCUGCACCACAAGUCUAAGGCAUAGCAAGGAUUUAGGAGGUUCCUUUACUUUGUUAUCCAUCUUACAACAGAUGGACUGAAUAUUUUAGAGCUAGCUUUCCUUUCUGUUACUCUUCCAGCAGUAGAAGAAAAUGUAUCUGCAGGGCAAGAGGCCAAGAUUUUCCCUGGAAUCUUAGUCAAACAAGGAGAAACUUUUCAGAGCUGAAUUACGUCUCUAUUUCAGUUCCUUCUCAAAUUCAGCUUAGUGGACCUUCAUGUUCUCUUCCUUUUUCAUAUUAAUAUUCAUUUCCUUUUUUAAAAGUCCAGAUGUACAGAAAAGGGUCAGUAAAUGAAGUUAUUGCUGUAUGGCUUUGGUACAAGCUCUUUGGUACAAGGCUAUUCAAGAUUACUUACGGUAAACAGCCUUCCAUCCAAGCAUUGCACAUGUCACCUUGCCUGUUCCCUUUCUUUUUCUUUUAAGGAUAAUACAAUUUUUAUCUGAUGUCUGUGGAUAGUGAGUAAAAAUAACCCUACUGCUGGCAAAGAGGGAAAUGAUAAAAAAUGCUGUCAUCUAUGUAUUAGUCGUCAAGGAAUAGAAGGAUUGUUUUAAGGCUUUUCAGUGUGAAUUGAUUUGGGCAGUUCAGCACGAGAUGGAAUUGAGCAACAAAGACAUCAACAGAACCUGCAGCAAUCAAGUUGAUUAGAGUCAGAGCUGAUUUUCAAAUAGUCACCCUCCCCAUCAUAUAUCAAGCCCCUCUUCUACACCUGUUGCUCUAUCUAGGCAAAAAAACAAGUCUCUUUGUGGGGUGUGGAGAAUGUGUCUGAAAGAUAAAACUGCUCUUACAUCUCUGUAUUGCUAACCUUUUAUGGUGGGGUUUUUAUAUACUGUAGCUCACCCAAAAAAUCAUUAUUAUUUUUUCACAUUGCUUAGUUUCACAAAGAUAUGCAUAUCUAUAUGAUCUGUGUAGCUAUGCAUCAGAAUGUAGGGAGCUUCCUUUAUACGGAAUAAGAUAUUUGGUCUUGACUAACCCUAUCUGCCCGUUCAGUAAGCCCAUAUAGAUCAGGCGUAGCAGCACUCCCAAUUCAUGGGCAUCAGACAUCUGUAAAGGGCACCCAUGCAUAAAGCUGUUUCUUGAUUGUGUGGUUCCCAGUUGUACAUGCAACACCUACAGACAGUUCCCAAACACGUGCAUAGAGCCAUCCAUGCAAGGACUCUUUAUAGACAUCUGGAUGAAUGCAUAUCAGCUGGAGGUAGAACUUGCCAUGCCAGAUCCACCUGCAUUCCAUACCCAUGGAUACUGUACAUCUGGGUAGCUGUUGCCUAUGAACUUUCCUCCAGGGAUUCCCACCACUACUUAAAUCCAAAUGCAGCUACAGGAGGCUAUAAUCUAGAGGGGCAGGCCAGUGCUAGGUGGAAAGGCUCUUAAAUCCUUUUCUCCUCCAGCAGUUAUUCUAAUCAUAACCACCACGACCCCACAGCUUUCCCAUGUUAAGGGGUAGGUUGGAGGAGGGAAGAAACACAGUUACCUGAAAAACAGCUGGUGCUGAGCAGAAAAAUCAGUAGAGGGGGGGAAAAGAGCAGUUCUCUCUCACUUCACCAUGCAGGUGUUUUGCUCAGAAUUGCAGUCUCCUGUGACUGCUUUUGAUUUAAAAUAACAACAACACCCACCCACCCCUAGACAAGCAAACCUUGAGGUGUAAUGUACAUGCAAUUGUCUUGUCUAGCUUUAUCCUGACUGGCAACAGCGCUCUAAAGCCUUAGGAACAAGAUCUUUCUCAGCCCUGCAUCCUGAAACAGACACUUCUGUCUGCUUAGUAAGCUCUUUUAAGAGCCAGUUACGGUAACAUCUCUCAUCCGUACAGCAUUCCCAGAAGCGGUAGUGUAGCAUCAUCAUAACAGUUGAGUGAAAACUCUGUUCCAAUAAUUUUGCAAAGUUUGUACAGAUUUUGUUCCUGUGGUUUCAUCCACUUGACUGGAAGGCUUUCAGGGUGAAUUCAUUCUUGUAUUGAAUUUGGAUGAUGGUCAGUUUAUUGGCCACUUGACGCUUAAGGGGUCUCUAAGCAACCUACACAAUUUUAAGAGCAUAAAGCAUAGAAUAGAUUUUUAAAAACACAUUACCAUGCAAUAAGCCCAUAAAACUUAUAAAAGAGCAGCAAAAGCAUAUAACCAAUAAACAGCAAAGUAAUCAUAAGCUAUCAAAUGCCUGGGAGAUAAUAUAGGUUUCUACUUGGUGCCAAAAGGAUGUUAAUGAUGGCACCAGGCAGACCUCACAGUCUGAGAACACCCUCUCCCUCAUUUCCACCCUCCAGCUUUUUCCCUCAGAAGGGGCACCUGGGGGCAGGGCCUCUGGUGAAGACCAAAGGGUCUGAGUAAGCUCAUAUUGGGGUCAUGGGACUUUCUGGGUCAAAACCAGCACGUUGAACUGAGCUUUAUACUUAUUGUCAUUUUAAUAAAUCAGGCAGGCACUGCAUAGGAAGGAUGAAAUGACUUGAAAAUGUGUAACUCCUGUAUAAGAUCUCAAGAACAGUUUCACUGUGUCAGAUGAACAGUUGUUUUACGUCCAUACUCCAGUCUUUGACACCUCUCUGUCUUUGGCAUUCUGCAAACUUUGUGAAAGCUUCCAUAACCGUUUUUGAACACCUCUACCUCACUGCUGGUCUACAAAUGCUUCUUUGUACGACAGAAACUUCUACAUCUUCCAUUGUCUGUCAAGCACUAAAGAACACUUUCCAAUGAGAUAGGUACCUGCUGGUGAUAAGUGGCAGAUAACCAACAGAGUUCCAUCCUUGAAAACGUGUGAACUCCACCUAUAAGACUCUUCAUUUUAAACAACUAAUUAACGAUCUGAUUUUAAAGUCUGGUAUGAGACUGGGGAUCACAUUUCUAGAGUAUACUUUCGUAACUGUUCCUGAUUGUUCCUGUGACUGAUUGAAGCUAAUAUUUGAAGCUGCCCCUUGAUAUACCAUUGAAGAAUCCCUGAAGCUCACCUUAUGCUUCCCUGAAACUUGCUUGCAGCUGUGGAUAGAUUCAGGCAGCAACUCACUUCCUCCACCACAAAGUGUUUUUUUACAAGGUGCUAAGCAUAUUCCGAGUAGUAUAAAGAGAGCAGCGUCUCUCCCCCCACUCUCCCCGGAGGGAGAGAGUAGGAUCAAAAUUGCCCUUGAGGAUGAGUGGCUUACACGAAACACUCUGGUUAUUUCUUAAGUGAUUCCCCACCGCCCCUGUUCCUCAAAUAAAUUAUUCACUGCACUUUGGAGGUUUGUCUUUUGGGUUAGUUUUUCAAAACACUUUUGAAAAGGGAAAAAAAGAAUAGUGGCAACUUAAAGCCAACAAGUUCAUUGUGGCAGAAGCUUAUCAGUACUAGAGUCCAUUUUGUGAAACACAUUAAGUGCUGUCUUCAGCUGCAAGGCUUACAUACGUGAUAAAGGACACGUUCGUACUCAUAAGUGCAUUCAAGCACAGAGAAGGAGAAUUGUAAAUCUGAGGUGCAAGAGGUUAAAUAUGUGACAUUUUUAUGCUGAAUAGCGUACAACUCCAGGCCUUUGCUGUGUUAAGAACAUAAGAAGGGGUACUGGAUCAGACCAAUGACCCAUCUGGACCAGCGGCCUGUUGCAUGCCAAAGUGGCAUGAAACUGCCCCUCCACCUGAGAUCAAAGGACCACACAUGACAACAUUCUUUUGCACUGAAUUUGACCCCAACUUUAUUGAUUACAGAUGUAAAGGGAUGAGGAUUAGGCAUUGGGCAUAUCCUAUAUCAACCAGCCCGCUUGCUAGAUGUUUUCUAGGGGUCAAUCCAGAGUUGGGGAAGCCCUAUAACAUACAUCAAGUUAGGUGUCUUCUUGCCUGCAUUGAGUGCUAUAGCUUUAGUCUCUGCCUGGGCAUCUGGACAGAAGCACUUCUUCCUUGAUCCCUUUAAUGGGAUACCCCGUUUCCCCAGAGGGGCAGGCAGAAACUUGCAACCUCUCCUCCUACCAUGACUAAAGGCUUUACCCAAUGCCUAACCCACCAAAGUUGUGACGAUUGCUAUGAGGAAGACAAAACCUUCAGAUGAAGCCAAUUAGGCUGAUUGGAAAAUUCUCCCAGGGCCCUGAAUAUGGUGGCCAAGAUCAUCCAUACCAAGCGACUACCCCCAGAACGGGUAGGCACAAGCUGAACCCACGGUGGGGGGCGGGAGGGAGAGAAUGGGAGAAACGGAAAAUAACUGUGGUGCCAGUAAAUGGGCAAGCUGUACUUUUUAUUUCUGGGGAGGGGACCAGAGCAAAGUCCUCCUUUGGACCCAGUCCAUGUGGUGUUCCAUGUGUUUAAAUUUAGGCUGGCUAUGCUGAUUAACAAAGCAAUGACAAACCUAGAUAGCAUCUUAAAAAGGAGAGAGAUCACCUUGCCAACAAAGGUCUGUAUAGUUAAAGCUAUGGUUUUCCCAGUAGUGAUGUAUGGAAGUGAGAGCUGGACCAUAAAGAAGGCUGAUUGCAGAAGAAUUGAUGCUUUUGAAUUAUGGUGCUGGAGGAGACUCUUGAGAGUCCCAUGGACUGCAAGAAGAUCAAACGCAUCCAUUCUUAAGGAAAUCAGCCCUGAGUGCUCACUGGAAGGACAGAUCCUGAAGCUGAGGCUACAAUACUUUGGCCACCUCAUGAGAAGAGAAGACUCCCUGGAAAAGACUGUGAUGUUGGGAAAGAUUGAGGUCACAAGGAGAAGGGAACGACAGAGGACAAGAUGGUCGGAUAGUGUUCUUGAAGCUACCAGCAUGAGUUUGACCAAACUGCGGAAGGCAGUGGAAGACAGGAGUGCCUGGCGUGCUCUGGUCCAUGGGGUCACGAAGAGUCGGACACGACUAAAUGACUAAGCAAAAGCAUACUGAUUAACAGCACAAUCCCGUGCAUGUAUGCUCACGAAAAAGCCCUACUGAGUUCAGUGGGACUUACUUCUGGAUAAAUGUGUUUAGGAUUGUAUUCUUUGUUUCUGUGCCUUUUCAUUGAUGUAACAGUGUUCUAAGAUUAAGACUGUGUGUCGAGUUACCGAAACAAGCAAACUGCAUCCAGUAAUAGAAAAAUCCUUCCAGGAAGGUCACAGCUAUUUAUCCCUGAUUGGAGCCCCGAGUAAUGAGUUUGAGUUAACAUCUGUAAUUGCUGCAGUUGCAGGAAAGCUGUGAAGGGCAGCAAUGCAAAGCCACUUGGCGUGGAGGCAGGGGAUUUGGAAGGAGGUCAAGGCUUUUCAACAGAAAUACAAAAUCUGGUGUGUGUCUGGCAAUGGGGGCUAUGCAAAUAUUAAAGGAGCAGGACUCACUAAGGAAAUUAGGUGACGUAAUGGCAUGUGAGCUUAUGGGAAAAGGAGGAUUUCUUCCUACGAUACUCUGACAUUGGUAGUUUAUGCAAACUUUAACUAAACAUGGGCAUCCACACUUAAAUGGAAGGUAUGAAUUGCAAUAUUAAAUCACAAAACUAGUAUCUUCCUACGCAAGACAGUUUUCAGAUAUUUGUAGAAAUGUUUUGGCAAAAUACACAUAAUAUUCUUCAGACAUGUAAACCAGGAUCACUUAAGUCAAGCCUAACUGUUCAUAUUGUCAAAAUCGAAUUUUGGUCCUCUUUAAGUUCUCUUGACCUUUUGUCAUAAUAUUAUGGCCAGUGCCACAUUCUUUCCAGAAAGAAAACAAAAUUAAUACCAUAUGCCAUUGAAGUCUGAAACAGUAUUGGUUUUUAAAAGAAGAGUUAAAAUAGCAUGCAAACUCUGGCUAAAUAUGUUUGCCUAGUAGCCAGCUGUUGCUUCCUCCCAUUUUGGGGCAAAUUCUGGCUGCCGUUACUAGAAUAAAGACUGAGUGCUAUUUGGGAUUUUAGACCACAAACUUCCAUAUACUCAUCUGUAUAAGUCAGUGAUGUGAGGGAUGACAUUAAUAACACUUUCUUAGAAAUAGUUUUAUUGGGGGGUGUUAGCAACAGCUGCAAUUUCCUGCAGUUCGCUGGACUCUCUUCAGCUAUUAAUAUUAUCAUGCUGCAUCUGUCGAGUUGCUUUAAUGAAUGUGUUAUUGGAAUGAAGUGGAGGUGUUAGAAGCUUACAUGCACUUACAGAGGAACAUAGUUGCUUACAGCUAAUAACAGUGAGGCAUUCCUACAAAAGGCCAAAUUCCCUUUUAAUUGCAUUUAAAUAAACCUUACUUGCAUUAAGAAUUUAGCAGAGCUGAGCAAAGGAAUUGGUUUAAUCAGUGGAAGAAACUGACUGACAUAUCCCAGUGUAUUAUCUGCAGCCUCCAGGCCUAUCCCUUUACCCUUGCCAAGAACUGAUUGACUGCUUCCUUCUUAAGUUAUGCCCUCCUGACUGCUGAAGGUGUCAGAGUGUGAAUAUAGGGCCUGUUUGAUGUCACCAGAUGACCAAAGUAAUAUACCAGUUUUGUGAUUUUCCUCUACUAUAUAGGAAUUCUUCAUGCAUGACACAGCAAAAAUGACUGAGACCUUUGACUUGCAUACUUUAUAGGGUAAUAUAGUAGGAAUUUACUGGGGCUCUCACGCAGGUGACAAAACUGACACAGUGUGUAAAAUACUUCAAGAAGGGCCAUAGCUAUUUUGCAUGUAUUAAUUGGCACUUUGGGGAGAGGCAUGUGGCACAAGAUCAGUACUGCACUGUUCCUAUUCAGAAAUUGAUACCAUCACACUAGGGGCCGUUUGAAAAAUCUCUAUGAUUGCAGAAACGAUUUAGACUUUCUUCCUUGAUUCUGAUCGAUUUUUCUGGGUUGGUUCAUAUGGGGGUUCAUAAGCUGUUUAAAAGGCUUUAUAGGUCAAAACCAGCAAUUUGAAUUGGUGGCAUAUUGAUUAUAAUGGGGCAUAGACAGGCAAACUAAGGCCCGGGGGCCGGAUCCAGCCCAAUCGCCUUCUAAAUCCGGCCCGCGAAUCAGCGUGUUUUUACAUGCGUAGAAUGUGUGCUUUUAUUUAAAAUGCAUCUCUGGGUUAUUUGUGGGGCAUAGGAAUUCAUUCUUUUUUCUUUCAAAAUAUAGUCUGCCCCCCCCCCAAGGUCUGAGGGACAGUGGACCGGCCCCCUGCUGAAAAAGUUUGCUGACCCCUGUAAUAGGGAGUGCCAGCCUAAUACAUUUUGCUGUCUGAGGCAACAGCAAAGAUGAUGUCCCCCGUUUUGUGUACAGAAGCUGACCGGACAGGCUGCUUAAUUUUGCCUCAGCACUAGUGAUGAGACAACAUCCUCACUGCAGCUGAGGCAGAUGGCUAGUGAAGGGAGUGUAGGACAGGCCAUGUAGGAGGAACAGCUCUGCCUUUCAGUGGAGGGGAAUGGCCAGGGAGGUAAUGCUACCACCCAACUGUGUCUGCUGCCUGAGGCGUUUGCCUCACUCUGCCUAAUGGUAGGGCUGGCUCUGCUCAAAGGGCCUAUUCUCCAUACCCUUGACUGUCUUUUCCUGUUCUCCUUUGAAUCCAUUCCAAAUGACAAUGGCUUCACUUGUCUCCUUCAAGUAUGGUUUGCCCAGACCCAAGGACACAGUGUUCCAUAUGUGGCUGAACUAGUGCAGAACAAAGUGAAACUUAACUCUUCUUGUGAACUGGAAACUGUGGUUCAGUUAAUGCUGCCUAAAGAUUGCAUUAGUUGCACGAACUCUCAGACAUUGCUGCAGAAAAGCACUCCAGAAGAUCUUUUUUUUAAAAGAGAGUGGGGAAAAGAAAAGCAGAACAAGUUAGUUUUAAAUAACUCAGAUUUAAAAUGCUUACAUUAGUGUAAGUGUAGAGCAUUAGGAAGGAUAUGCCCUCAGUGGUAUAACAAGAACUACCCAAGCAGGUGUUUGCACCAGUAACACAACCAUUUUGCAGCCAGUAGUGACUGGAGGUAACCGGUUUCAGCAAGAACUGGUAGCAGAAAAUACAUAUUUAUUCUUUGCAACUAAAAGGUAGCAGGGAAAAGCUGUUGCCAAAAAAUAAAAUAAAAAAUGUUUUGCUUUAAUUAAAGAAAUCGUAUGCAGUCUCACUUUAGCUCAAAGCCAUGACCAGCUGUAAACAGUUGCUUCAAGUAAGAGCUGUGUCCCUGUCUUCGGAAAACAAGAACAAGAAGUUUGGAAAAUCCUUCCCAAUGGUACAGAGUCAUAAAUCCAGAAAUUUAUAACAGAAUAAUUGGGAUCCAGAGGGUAAUAUUUUUAGACUACAGCAUAACUUGGAACACCAGCAGAGACAGCCUUUAAUAUUUAAAACUGAAAUAUGUCUGUUUUAUUGCAUAUUUAGUUUAUUGAAUCCAAUCACAAGAUAUUUGCGCCUCCCCCCCCCCAACAAAUCAUCUUCAGAGGUUAAAUAGCAACAGACUUGGAUGAAAGAAAAAAGCACAGACAUGGUCAUUAUUGCCCUUCCCAUCAAGAUUUUCCCCUGAUUCUACUCAGUAGUUGUACAUUUGAUGUGUAUCACCUACAGACAAUCUUUUCUUCAGGAAGCAAGAUGGAUCUGCAACAAAAAGUUGCAGUUAAGAGAGUGCCUGUGUUUCAGUCAGUUGUUUUUGCCCUCCUUCAUCCACCAUGAUAUUCCAUUCCCCACACCCACCCAAUUUUCUCCCUGCCCCGCCUCCAACACAUACACACGAACCAAUCAGCAUUCUGCAUCCACUGAUACUUAUGUGAAUUCUGUUUGUGUAUCUGUGCCUUCAGUGCUAGGUCCAUGUUGCCUUUGUGAGUGUAAGACUUUACUUCUGUUACUUCUUUGCCCUUGAAGACAGUUCACAGACUGCUACUGAUGCAGAAUGAAGACACUAGCUUGUUUUAAAGAGAUGGACCAUCAGGCGCCAGUUAUAUAGGGGUUUAGAGUGCGAGUUCAUAGUGGUUCAUUGUAGCUUCUUGGCCACAAACUAAGGAGCUGGUCUUGUCUAUAAAAACCUAGAUUAUAUGGAAGCUAGGUACUUUAGAAACAACCUCCAUCUCCUUGUCUUAUAUUUGAAAACAAUAUUGGCCUUAUUUAUCUUGUUCGUCUUGUUUAAUGUUCAGUAGCAGCAUUAUCUUAAAAGCUUUUAAUAUUACAAAUAGAAUUUGUUGCUCUACUUAAAAACAACACUACCACCACAAUCCAGUCUGUUUCCAUACUUGUUGAACCUGGCUUCAUUUCACAUCAUGCUUUAAAUUUAUUUCCACUCUGUAUUGCCUCCGUCACAAUUAGCUGGAAUAGUUGUUAACAAUCCUUUUGAACUUGUACUGAUAAUAAUCAAUUUCAGGCAGAGAUGCUCAUUAAAGUUUGUGAUUUCACUGUUCAUGUAACUUCUCAGUUGAAAAUAUUGGAUGUUGCAAAUUCUGACCAUUGAAGUCCCUCUUAAAUUCAUUAAAUCUCAUAGAGCGUCAAUGUUUUAAAGCACCUUAGCAGUCUUAACCACUUCAUACCGAAAAUUUCAGAUUACUUUGCUAUGUUUAAUAUUUCAUUUUAACUAAAAAACCCAUUGCAGAUAUUGAUGGAUUUAAGUAUCUUUUAAGCAUAUCCCAAGUUUUCAUAGCAGCUGAAAUGGGGAGAUUUUCACUUCUCCUUCAUAUCACCAAGGCAUAGGAAUAUGAGCUAUCAACAACUGUCUUGAUUGAGGAAGGGGGACUUCAACAAAAUAAUAAUGUCUACUGAAAAGUAUUUCCUACCGAGUUCAGUAGACUUUACUCUCAGAAAAGUAGAUACAGAGUUUCACACUAAGGCAUCAAACCAGAACACACUUACUAGGAAGUCAGGCCCGUAAAUACAGUGGAUGUUGCUUUUGAGUAAACAUGCAUAAUAUUGCACAAGACAAUAUUCAGUGUUGCAUUUUGAUGAGUUGGUUAAACCUGGACAUGCAACAUUAUUUUUAGUCUUUGGAAAAUUGAUAAAAUGUCCUUUUAUUUAUGUAUAAAAGUCUGGAAAUGUAUACUUCAGGCAUAGGCAACCUUCAGCCCUCCAGAUGUUUUGGACUACAAUGCCCAUCAUCCCUGACCACUGGUCCUGUUAGCUAGGGAUCAUGGGAGUUGUAGGCCAAAACAUCUGGAGGGCCGAGGGUUGCCUAUGCCUGGUAUACUUGAUUCUAACCCAACUAAGCCUCUGGUAAAUGAGCCACCAUAGUCACUGGAGGGCCGUGAAAAUUUGUGUCCCUGGCUUUUUAGACUCAUCUAUCCAUGUACUAUCUGAAAGCCAAGGGGGCGCAUUGGUUGCCAAAUGUGACACACACACCCCGUAGCUCUUCUACACCACUAUCAUGUUUCUGUCGAAUUAACAACAUCUGCUAUGGGACAGAUAAUUGUGAUUUGAUCUUCUGAGAAUACUACCAACCAACUUUGAAUGUCCAAAGUACGUAGAAGAACAUUUGCCUCUAUCAUGCCAUUUUGGGAACAUUUCCCUUCCGUUUCAGAAAUGGCAGUGCAUGGAAGAUGCCAGCGGGAGGCUCAAGCUGCACAAAUGCAAAGGGAUGGCCAGCCUUACCGCUCCAGGAAGCAGCAAAGGUGUCUCCAACCUCAUGCCCAAGUACUACAGCAGGAACAAUGAGGACUGCUACUGCGAGGAGAACGAAUACAAGCUGAGCCCCAUCGGGCGGCGAAAGAAGCUCUUCUCCAAGAAGAGUAAGUAAACGGUCAUGUUUCUUGUCUCUUUGCAUGGUGGAGAAAAACCUGACCCGAAUAAUUAAACUACACACACACACGCAGUCGUAGCUUGGUUUUUGAACAGCUUAGUUCUCGAACGUUUUGGCUCUUAAAUGCCGCAAACCCAGAAGUGACUGUUCCAGUUUGCAAACUAUUUUUGGAAGCCAAAUGUCCAAUGGGGCUUCUGCAGGUUCCGAUUGGCUGCAGGAGCUUCCUGAAGCCAAUCAGAAGCCACACUUUGUUUUCCGAAUGUUUUGGAAGUCAAAUGGACUUCCGGAACGGAUUACGUUCAACUUCCAAGGUACAACUGGGGUGGGGGGUGUAUUCAUUCAAAUCCCAUAUUUUUAAAUAAAGUGCUUAAGGUAGCUUAUGACAUAUUGAAAAAUCAGAAAUGACAUCUCAACAAUAAGAAAUAUUAGAAGUUAAAAUGGAAGAAUACAAGUGCAAAGGAGCUUAAACUUGACUGGCCAAGACCCUGCCCAGAAAGGGAAGGUCUUUGCAAAAUUGCCAAAGGCCAUCAGAACUGGAAGGGGUGGCGAGAUGAGCCUCAUUGAACAGGGAGUUGCACAAUGAAGUGCAGCCACUGAGAAGGCUUCAAUGUCUUUACCAGCUGCACCUGUGCUGCCAAGGAGAACCUACCGUAUUUUUUGCUCUAUAGGACGUACUUUUUCACCUCCAAAAAUUAAGGGGAAAUGUGUGUGCAUCCUAUGGAGCGAAUGCAGGCUCCUUCGCUUCAGCGAUAGCAAUGCGAAGCCUCCGAAGCACAGAGAGAGCACUCCCUCCGCGCUCCGGAGGCUUCGCGUUGCUUUUGCUGCAGCCUGGAGAGCGAGAGGGGUCGGUGCGCCCCGACCCCUCUCACUCUCCAGGCUUCAGGGAUAGCCUCCUGAAGCCUCUGGAACACAGCAGGCUGUCCCGCUGCGCUCUGGAGGCUUUGGGUUCCUUUUGCUGAAGCCGGGAGAGCAAGACACUCCUGGCUUCAGCGAAAGGAACCUGAAGCCUCCGGAGCGCAGUGGGAACUCGCGCUGCACUCCGAAGGCUUCAGGGAUAGCCGCCUGAAGCCUCCGGAACACAGUGGGAGGUCCCGCUGUGCUCCAGAGGCUGAAGCCGGGAGAGCAGGACUGUCCUGGCUUCAGCAGAGAGGGAGAGCUGCGCAGCGCCCCUUCAGCGAAGCGGGAGGAGAAAUGGAAGGGGCUCCGUUCCAGGGAGGGGGAGAUUUUUUUUUUCUUGUUCUCUCCCUCUAAAAGACAGUGCAUCCUAUGGUCGGGUACAUCCUAUAGAGCGAAAAAUACGGUAUUUGGUAGGCAGGCUUGCAUGGAAGGAGAAAGUCCUUUAGGUAUCCUGGCCCAGAAUUGUUCAUGCACUUCAAAUACCUAUGUGAACCUUGCUCAACUUUUAAAACCACAUUUCAAAUUUACAUGUCUGUUAUGUAUAUACUGUGUGUUUAUUUGAAAGUCUUUAGCCCAAACUUCCCAUCAAAUUCAAGACACCUUACAGUAACCAAAACACAGUAUGACAUUCAGAACAAACUAAAGUUAAAAUCCAAUAGGAAAGAAAAGUAUGAUCAGAUAAGUAUGAAAGAGCGUGGGAUAAUUUCCAAGCAUUUGCCAAGCUUUAAAUAAAAUUAAAGAAAACCCCGGAGUUAAUUAGAAGCCCAACGUUACUUCUGGGCUAUGACGAGCACAACUGAGGUCACACCCAAAUGCUUGUUGUGCCUGCUUCAAAAGUAGCAGUACAGCAGCUGGCAGGCUGCACAAAAGCUGACUUGGGGAUCUACUUUGCAGGCUGCACAGGUCAUUCUAGUCCUGUGAGGUCAAGUUCCUUUUGAGCAACAGAAUAAUAGCCUUCCAAGUGCAGCUGCGUAUCAAAGAGGUAAGAAGUGACGGCACCCAAAGCGACAUGUGUAGAAAUGGUUUAUUCCUCUGGUCCUGCUUCCACCAACAUGGAGAUCAUCCUAGCUGUGCCUGGCAGGGCCCAGCUCUCAUUCAGGAAGGUCUGUAGCACAGAGCCUGUUCUUUGUGAAUGGGCUCACUGCACUAUUUAGAAUCGUGCAUGAUCAAGAGCCUUAGAGCAGUUCUCUCUUUCAGAUCUCUUCAACUAAUGGGCAGAAGGCAGGGCUGGCAAGGGACGUGAUGCCAGGGAACUUGUCCCUACUUUCCCCUCUGUGUGCUGAUGGGAGAACAAGCAAGCAGAGAAUGGGUGUUACAGCAUCAUUAAUUACGUUGGGUGGACUUGCUUGUUCUCAAAGCUGCUUGCUUGUAAUAUUCUCUUCUCGGGUUGAGCGACAGGUGCCGCUGUUGACAUUGAACCAGAGUUGCCUCCCAAACAGAAUGACUUUCCUUGUCAAAGCCCAGGUGCUUUUUUGACAUAGCCUAUUCCACAGGCUCUCCUUUUAAACUUGAGUCAGGUUAAUAUCUAUAUUUGAAGUGCAUAGUCUAAUUAUAGAUUAAAAGAGCCAAAACAGCAGCUCAGAAUUAUUAUUCGUCUGUAAAGUUUCCUUCGCCUCGCUCCACAAAUGCAGAGCCUUAAUUAUUCAGCAGAUUAGGCUUUCUCGGUAAUGACCUGGCACAAGCUUCAAACAGGGAGUUUAAAUUGAUUUUCUUCCUUUAUAUUUGCCUUGCAAGCUGAUUAGUAACUGCUAAGCUAAUUUUUAGGUGAAUAAAAUCAUUGGUUCUCAGGUGAAAUCGCCAGCUACUCUUGCUGCUUGGAAUUUGUGGUACUACAGAUAAUCUUUAAAUAAUGCUUGAGCUGUAGUUCAAUUAACUUGUUCUUGAACGAAGACGCCCUGGAACAGUGAGCACAGUUGCAUGGACUCACUAGCGACUUCUGGAGAAUCAUAGAAUCAUAGAGUUGGAAGAGACCACAAGGGCCAUCAAGUCCAACCCCCUGCCAAGCAGGAAAUCAGGAGGCACUUAAUUUGAUCAGGAGGCACUUAAUUUGACAAAGUUAAAUUUAAUCAGGAGGCACUUAAUUUGACAAAGUUAUGCUUAAAGUGGGAGGCAGAGUAUACCUAAAAAGUUACACUUAAGUGGGGCAGAAUAUCAUCACUUAUGGUACUUUACGCAGAUCAAGCAUAGGCAAAUAAUUUAUUGGAACCUUUCCAAAUCCUCACAACACUCUAGUUAACCAUGUGGUUAUCUCAGUUUACAGGUGUCAGAAACCCAAGUGCCUUUCCAAACAAUAUUUCGUUCAUGCAGUAAAUGCACAGUAGUUCAUUGGUUUGUCGUACAACAAGGAGGGUUGAUAUUUUCAGCCCUGAAAGCCUCAUUCGAGAUUGGCCAACUCUUGGAGGGCGACAUGUUAACGGACUGUUGCUGCUCCUUUAGCACACACACAUUUGUCAGAUAUGCACACCACAUAGUCAUACCUGCAGAAACACAGCAGCAGGACAGCAGAGCACCAUGGGACAUGUUUUCAUCUUAUUUUUAAUUGGAUUGUUUUUGCUACCUGGUUGUGGCUGCUUAAGGAGGGCAGGAUAGAAAUUUAAUAACAAGAAUAAUAGUGGCCAGAUUUUAUUUUUAUUUAUUUUUUUAAAAAGCAAACUACUGCCAACAGCAAAUUGUUGUUGUUGUUGUUGUGUUUUUUGGGGGGGGCAGAGGUUUUGUGGGCCACAAACUUUUUGUAGUUCCAGGAAUGUUGGGAUUUUCAUCAGCACCAGGAGAAAGCUUAAACUAGCUUCCGGAGAACAGUCAACACUGCUGACUAUUUGAUUGGGUGGGUGGUUAAUUAAUUAUUGACUAGUGCUUAGUCAAAUUAAUGUGAUUUGGAAUAACAACAUAUGGAAGUAAUUUUUCUUCUUUGGAGGGAACUAUGAUGUUUCAAUAUUUACUGAGAAUAAGUUAUGUUGAAGGCAUGAGGUAUGGCUGACUUGUGCUAAUAUGUUAAUUUUUGCGGUGUGUAGAAGAGCUGUUUUUUAAUUUAGUUUUUUUAAAAUGAAUAAAUAAAUUAUAAUAGUUAUGAAGUGUCCACUGCUUAGUCCAACCUAGUCAUUCAGUGGUAAGAAAUGGGACGGCUCUUCCAUUGUUCAUCAGAUAUUCAAACCUUUCUGCUUUAUGCAGAAAGAAUGUUGUGGGGGAAAUCCUAGGAUAAGGAAACUGUGGGAUUCAUUUCAGUCCCUCUGCUUUUUCCUGAGAGAACCAUCAUUUACCCAUGCUCUGAGAUACAAGCAAUUGGCUUGGCAGGUGCAUUCUAGUAAUCAGGUGUGAAUGAUGAGUACUUAAAGAACAGUUAAUAGCAACCUGAAUGCUGAUCAUGCUUGUGCAAGAUGCAAAGUUUAUCUUUUCCUUAUAAAGCAUUGCCUCCUUUUCCACUGCAAUUAUUGUAAUUAUUCCAGGUGUUGUUCCUGGAAUCUCAUCACACAACACAGAAACAACAGUUCAUCUCCCUGUUUUGCUACUACACUAUUGGCUUGUGAGGGAGUCAGCCUAAUGCAGGUGUGGGGAACCUUUGGCCCUCCAGGUGUUCCUGGAACAUCAGUGCCCAUCAUCCCAUGCCACUUGCCAUGCUUUCUAGAGCUGAUGGAUGUCACAGUUCAGCAACAUCUGGAGAACCAGAGGUUCCCCACAGAUGACCAAAUAACAGUAAAAGACAGAGAAAGAAAGAAAUACAUUGGCUCCUGGAUCUAAAAAGGGACCCAAAAGCCAGUUGGAUUUACCAACUAACCAGUGUGCUGUAGUGGGUAAGAGCAGUAGUCUCAUAAUCUGGGGAACCGGGUUCGCAUCGCUGCUCCUCCACAUGCAGCUGCUGGGUGACCUUGGGCUAGUCACACUUCUCUGAAGUCUCUCAGCCCCACUCACCUCACAGAGUGUUUGUUGUGGGGGAGGAAGGGAAAGGAGAAUGUUAGCCACUUUGAGACUCCUUAGGGUAGUGAUAAAGCAGGAUAUCAAAUCCAAACUACUGCUACUACUACUACUACUACUCUUCUUCUUCUUCUUCUUCUAGCUUAGAUAUAGGCAUUCAUAGCUGUUUGAAGCUGAAAAUGAAGCCAUCAUUUAAAUAUAUAUAUAUUCAAAUACCCUCUCCUCCAUUCAACUUGUACAAAUAUUUACACAUGUAUCUCCCAUUGGUUGUUGGAUGUUUUUUUUUAAAAAAGAACAUUUUGUUCAGUAUUGACAUAUUUGGAAGAAAAGAAAAAUUGGCAGCUCAUGCAUACAGAGAAGAAGGUCAACAACAAAAGGAAGUUGGUUCUUGCUAAGAAAGCCUCCCUUUGUUUCUUAUAACUAUUUGGGUGUAGCUCCUUGGGACUUCCUCUAUGUAUUGAAAAGGAAGGGAGUUCCCACAUUUUAGUCAAAUGUUCCAUAAAUUAGAACCUAUUUCUCCCCCUUGAGCUAUGAUUCACCUGGCUGAACCUCAGGUGGAAAGCCUGAGUCCCAGGUGGUGAAAAAGCUCAAGUGAACUCAUCAGCUCAGUGUGCUGAAAACAGUGCGAAAUGAUGAUUCAGUGUGAGGAGUAAUUAGGACAGGGGUUGAAAUAAUUGCGAUAAUAAGUACUUCAGAUAUAAAUUUGUAUUUAUGUAGCAUUUCUCAUAUACUCCCUUCAGUAGGCCUUGGCAUAAUCCUUAAAGGUAGGUCAGUAUUAUUAUUAUUAUUAGUAGUAGUAGUAGUAGUAGUAGUAGUAGUAAUAUUAUCUCAGUGCUGCUGAUAAAGGGAGGGUGAUGGAGACUGGGAAAGAGUAGCUUGUGCAAAGCCAUCUGGUGAGAGUCAAACAUUACUAAAAAUGAGAGGGGCCAACACUGAAAAGGUAUGUCAAACUUUCCCCUCCACCUUCGUAAUGUCCAAUAUACUGGGUUACUCCAGCCACUCUGAUGUCAUUUUGCUUUGCCUUUCCCCCUAAAACAGGGGUAGGCAACUUAAGGCCUGGGGGCCAGAUGCAGCCCAAUCGCCUUCUCAAUCUGGUCUGUGGACAGUCCAGGAAUCAGUGUGUUUUUACAUGAGGAGAAUGUGUCCUUUUAUUUAAAAUGCAUCUCUGGGUUAUUUGUGGGGCAUAGGAAUUUGAUCAUUUCGCCCCCCAAAAAAUAUAGCGCAGCCCAGCACAUGGUCUGAGGAAUGGUGGACCGGCCCCCUGCUGAAAAAGGUUGCUGAUCCCUGCCCUAAAACAAUGCCAGCAACAGCUAUUGAUCAGGAGUGUGACCACAGCAAACUUCAUGAUACUGACACAGCCCACUGGUUCAUCUUUAUACUGAUUGGCAGCAGGUCUCCAGAAUUUCAAACUGGUUUCUCCCAGCCCUGCCUGGAAAUGCCAGGGAUUGAACCUGGUAUCUUCUGCACGCAAAGCAGAUGGCUCUGCUAUUAAACCACACAACUCUUUUGUUAAGAGAGGUGUAAGCUGACACAGCCGACAGUGAGCUUGCAAGGGUAGCCCAGCAGUAUUCAACCCUGCUGAGGUUUUUUUUUUUUUUUAAUAUUUUAUUAAGGAUUUUCUUGUUUUACAGAAGUGUAGUGCCUCGUAUUUUUUUUUCAUGUAACAUUUUUACAAUUCCGUUUCAUUUGUUGAGGCAUUAGGGGGAGAAGAAAAAAGAAAGAAAAAAGAAAGGGGGGGUGGAGAGAGGGAAGAUGGAUGGGGGUGGGGGCGGUGUUUCUAUUAUGUUUAAUGUAUGUAGAGUUUGGUGUCAGCGUUGCUUGUGUUGUUCACUUGUGUUCCUUUGGUGGUGAGAGAGGUUGGGGUUGGCCUAGGGUGUGAUUGUUUGCUUGUGAUUGGCUGUGGUGAUCUUUGUUUUCGUGUGUGAGUGAGGUGGGUGGGUGUUUUGGAUCAGGUUAGCCAUAUUGAUUUGUAUGCUGUUGGUGGAUUAUUGUCAUUGUCCUGUUGGGCUGUGUAUGUGAUAAAGGGGAGCCAUACACGGGUGAAGGCGUCUUCUUCUGUUUGUCCCUGUGUCAGUUUCAGUUUAUUAGUUAAUUUUUCUAGUAGGGCUGUUUCCCAUACUAUUUGGUACCAUUGGUCCAUGCUUACUCCUGACAGGUCUCUCCAGUGUCUGGUUAUGGUGUUUCUGGCUGCUGAGAGCAGGUGGGUUAUGAGUUCUUUGUGGUGUAAAUGGGCAUUGUUGUCUUGGAAGAUGUUUAGUAGGGCCAAUUCUGGGGUGAUGUCUAUUACUUGCUUAGUUAUUUUACAUAUUUCUUGUAUGGCUGUUGUCCAGAAUAGUUGGAUUUUGGGACACUCCCACCACAUGUGGAGGUAUGUGCCUGUGGAGGUGCACCUGCUGAGUUGAUUGGGCUUUCUGUGCCCAGAGGAAAGAGCUUUUGCAGCCCAGACUAUGCAGAGCUUCACUUAGGAAGUUUGCUUGUCUGAAUGGGAGAGAAAAUACAAGCAGCAGAGGAAUAUUGAAUGAUGGUCCUGGACCUAGAGCUUAAAGAUAGGAAGUUUAAAACCUGCUUGAUUUUUUAGAAUGGAGUUGAAAUCAAGAGAGACCAGGUAGAGAGGAUAAAUGAGAAAACCAUGUUCUUUAACUCAGGUGUGUCUCUGAUUUGUCUCCAUGGGGAAAGUUAAGGAUUCUGUAUCUGAGGAAAUUUUAAGGAAAGGCCACCAGCAACUCCCUAAAGGGUUCUUAAAGAGACAGUUGUUAUUUGGCAUAAGUUGUUGGCAACGGACAUAAUUCUCAUAUCUUCCUUUCAGUAUUCUGGGUGUCUACUGCCACCUCGUGGCUGUAAGUAAAUUAUUAGACAGAAAUUCUUUACAGCAUUAUUUCAUGCAGAGAAACGAAGGCAUGUUUGGCAAAUCCUCACCAUGAUCAACAUAUACGAUACGAUAUCUUUAUUGUCAUUGUCCCAUGCAGAACAAUGAAAUUGAAAAACUACAUAAAACAUUCAAAAACCCCUAAAAACUCUGAAACCCCAUUUUAAAAUACACUAUACUAUAGAGACCCCUUAUGCUGCAUUUAGAACCAGAAUUCCAUUUGCGUAGAAACUGUUUCUCAGUUCUUAUGUCCCCACUGUGGAAGGACAUGUGGAUCCAGAACUGGCCUCCACAGUCACUUACGGGCACACCGUUAAGACCGUGUUCAUGCAAGACAAUCUUAUUCGGCCAUGAUGGAUUGCCAAAGAAGAAGACGCAUAGAAACAUUCUGUUUUUAAAAAUCCACACACACCCAAUAUACUACUGCUUAUGCUGCUGCUGCUGUUCUUCCUGCUGCUGAUACUCAUGUAUAUAACACAAUUUUACAAAGCUCUUGCCCAUCUUUAUUUUUGCUUUCUCAUGGGAACCUACUUAGGGUUUAUUAUUCUCAAAUUGCAGGUGGGAAAUUUGGCGGGCAAGAGGUUUGCUCCUCAGGAUGAUUCCAUAGCAAAGGUGGGACUUAACUGAUUCCAAUACUUUAACUAAUGGACUGAUACUGGUUGUGUAUAAAAAUGCAACCUAGAGGUUUGUCUAAUCCCACACCAGCAGAAAGAUAAUCUCAGCCUGGGAGGUCCAACAGACAUCUUGUGGGCAUCUAGCCCAGGGUUUCCUAAAUUUGGGUCUCCAGCUGUUUUUGGACUAAAAUUCCCAUCAUCCUCGAUCACUGGUUCUGCUAGCUAGGGAUGAUGAGAGUUGUAGUCCAAAAACAGCUGGAGACCCAAGUUUGAGAAACCCUGCUCUUGCCCACUAAAGCAAUUGUCUGGCUUCUGUCAACCCUGUCAAAUGUUAUUGUGGUAGGAGAUAGAUGAGUUUUACUUGUAAGGAAGACAACGUUGUUUGCUGGAGUUGUAAGAUAAGAGAGAUGUUUCCAUAUUUCCAUGUUGAUUUUCAUGUGAUGUCCUGAGCAUACUGAAUGGCAUGUGCCCCAUAAUCUCUAAGACUUCCACAGCAGUGCUGAUUUUAUGAUAAAACCUGACCACAUCUGCAAGGGCUGGUCUCUUACCUCUGGAACCAGACUGCAAUCUGAAGAAUUAGUGUGUUCCCCAGGAUCAGAGAACUUGGCCAUUUCUGACUUAACCUCUGAGUCAGUUUUCCAAACACUUUCCUGCAUGUCAAACCCGCAUAUGCUGUAUUAAGACAGAGAAAGGCAAGCUCUGUUUUGUCCUCCUUUCCACAGAAUACAAGGCAAGCUAUAUUCGGAGUCGCUCAAUUCGUUCGGUGGCUGUUGAGCUUGAUGGAGAGGUGUACAACUUGGAUUUGGAGGAUGGCUACCAGCCUGUCUUACCCAGAAAUAUCACAGCUAAGAACAAAUAUGAUAAAGAUGCUGAAGGAGAAGACGAUGAUAAGGAUGUGGAGGAAUACAGUGGAACAGGCAGCAUUUUGGAGAAUGCAGCCCCUAACUUAAUAAAAGUGACACAUAGGUAAGUCCUACUGAAGCAUAGUUGAAAUUACCAUUACAGCAGUAUAUGUGCCACUUUGUAGAGUGGCAAGGCCCCAUCUGCACUGUGCAUUUAAAGCACUAUUAAACCUGUUUAAACAGUCAUGGCUUCUCCUAAAGCAUCCUGUGAAGUGUAGUUUGUUAAGAGUGUAGAGAUUUGUUUUUAAUUAUUUUGGGGAUUUCACCUAUUUUCUUUUUAUUAGUACGCUGCUUGGAGAACAUUUUGAUCAAGUUGUUUAUACAUUUUAUUUUAUUUUUAAAAGUGAAAUGCAAAAUACAAGACAGUGGGCAGAAUUCACCUAACCAGGCCCUGAACAAGGUCUUCUGCUUGCACAAUGGGGCUUCCCCCACCCCCCAAAAAAUAGCUAUGGGAGAGUCCCCAGAACAGAAAGCAGGAGGAGAAGGGGGGAUAGUUCCAUCUGGCAAGCUGCAAUGUUUCUGCUGAUGGAACAAAUGAAAGAGCAGGGUGUUAAAUUUUAACCGCUGCUCUAAUCCAAGAGAGUUUAUGGGCAUGUUGAGGACCACAUCUGUCCAAUUUAACUCUCAAAUCAGUUUUCAAGAUGAUUGGGAAAUAUAAGCUACUAUGUAGUGGAAGCUCUAUCACGGACACUGAAAUACUACAAUGUAUGCCCAUUAAGGACAACAUUGUGAAUUCCAAGGGCUAAAAGAAUGGCUUGAUCGCAGCUUCUGUUUCCAAAGUGGGGGAAGGGAUUAUAAAAUAGAUUGCGAUGCUUCUUAACACAUACACAUCUUAACAAUGGUCAAAUGCUGUAUGUCACCUUUGGGGGGCCAUUUUGCACCCCUGUUCAUGCGCUUGAUGCUUUCUUCUAGAGUAAGUAUGUUGCAUAGCUGUCAACCUUCCCUUUUUUUGCGGGAAAUUCCCUUAUUACAUCGCCGCUUCCCGCUGCUAUCCUGGAUUGUUAGAUAUCCCGUAGACUGUCCCCGGGACAGGUGAGGCUGCUGAUCCCUUAUUUUCAAAUCUGAAAGUUGACAGCUAUGGUAUGUUGCCUUUUCCAGUCGUUGCUCUGCUGGCCAGUCCAGUGACCUUUUUUCCCUCUUCCCAGAUGUUACAUCUUAGAGAAUGACACUGUUCAGUGUGACACAGAUCUGUACAAAUCACUGCAAGCUUGGAAGGACCAUAAGCUUCAUAUAGACCAUGAGGUGAGUGGUUUUGACAGCUGCAUAUAUACUGGCACACACGGGAAACGCCACUUGAAUUUGCAUUCCUAGACACUAGCAAAUCUUGAUGCCUUAACAAAACUGGGAGGCUGCAGACCCUUAGCCAGACUUUGCAUAAUAUCUCAGGCAGACUUGCCUGACAAGGUUGUAGGUUCCAGCCCCCGAGAAUCUACCUCUUCUAAAUUGUGUGCUGUCCGCAUUCUUUUUAACAGAGGGUGGCAGCAUGAUCAAAGGUAUCAAGGGGAAGCAGUAACUGGACAGCUGUCAGCUUUUGAGUGAGUGCCGCUUGGUCAGCUGUAAAAUGUUUAGAUGCUGCUGGUCUCUUGAAAUGUUUCGUAGAAUGAGACCAGGUGCUAAGCCUCUUCACUGUGUUAAUUGAUCUGUUUUCUUUUUAAGCAAAUGCAGCAAAUGAAGAUGGAUAGUCUUGACAGUAUAUCCCCCCCCCACACACACUUUCCCAUCAUCUCCAGGUCAGAGUCUGCAGACAGUUUCGCCUUUGAUGGCAGAGACUGGUAGCUCCUUCCUGCCAAAAGAAAUUGUUGCUGCUAUACAGAAAUUCCUUUGAAAUACAGUGGUGCCUCGCAAGACGAAAUUAAUUCGUUCCGCGAGUUUUUUCGUCUUGCGAUUUUUUUCGUCUUGCGAAGCACAGUUUUAAUGGUAUUAACGGUUUUAAGAAAAAGGAAACAAACUCACAAGACGUUUUCAUCUUGCGAAGCAAGCCCAUAGGGAAAUUCGUCUUGCGAAGCAACUCAAAAAACGAAAAACUCUUUCGUCUUGCGCGUUUUUCGUCUUGCGAGGCAUUCGUCUUGCGAGGUACCACUGUAGUGCUACAUUAUAGCUUUUCUCACUGUUUUGUGCAUGGUGGUUUACCAUUUUGUUGAGUGUAUUUUUGUAAAAGGGAUGCACCUAAGGGUUUCCCUUGGUCCAUGGAAGGGCUUUUGAUCUGAAUCGUUGUCGUAGUGAUUUCUGAACAGUAUUGACCGAUAUGCCCAGUGUUAGAAAAUCAAUGACAGCCAUUUUGAAAAUAGAAGUAAUCAACCAUGGAAAAUGAAAAGGAAGGUUGUAUCGUGCUUAGAAAUAGCAGAGACACAUUCAAUAUUAUCAUGCAAAAAUGAGGAAACCCACCUUGUGUUUCUGUUAAAAAUGUUUAGAGAGUAACAUCCCUAUAAUAUAAUCAGCAUAAAUGCCACCCCAAGAGGGUGCAGAAAAAUGGAUGAAUACAUCCUCUUCUUUCUGAUCUCUCCCCUCCUGCAACCUUUGCAUUCAGACUAAAGAUUUAUUCUAAACCAGUGCUGUGUAUUCUGCCUAGCAGUAGCUUUCUAAAAUAUUUCCUAUCCCUGCAGUUUGAUGUGAUUUAAUUGGAGAUCCCACAGUUCAAACAGGGACCUUACGCCCCAAAAUGUGUGCUCUGCCAUGUCUAGAUCCAGUGUGGUGUAGUGGUUAGAGUGUCAGACUAGGACUGGGAGACCAGGGUUCUGGUCCUCACUAAACCAUGAAGCACACUUGAUGACCUUGGGCCAGUCACAGUCUCUCAGCCUAACAUCUGCCUUACAGGGUUGUUGGGAGAAUAAAAUGGAGGGGAAGGCAGAACUAUGUAUGCCACCUUGAGCUCCUUGGAGGAAAGGUGAGAUAUAAAUGUAAUAAAUAACUAAUAAGAACUUGUGUAGCCCCAUCACUCUGUAAUGAGAGACAAGAUACUUUUCUCAUUACAACUUCAGACAUAGGCAUAGCCUCGUGCCUGUUCUUAUCUUUUUAAAACAAGGCAAAGAAAAAACAUGACCAUCAGCCCUUGUCUUUAAAGAGACUCCCAAUCUAUUCCAACAUUUUCAACAAAUUACUGUACGAGCUAGUGUUAGUUUGCCUACUUAGUUCCUGACAUAUUGCAUCUUUUGAGGAUUAGGAAGGUUUCUUGCAAAUAGUAGAAAUGCAGCUCUCCCCUCCGCAGUGCAAUGAUGCAAGUACGAUGAUCUUCCUGAGGGAAAGCAAGUGCCAAUUCAAGCUAAUAGCUAGCUAGAAAUUGCUCUUAUUUCUUCUGCAGUUCCAAAUGUCCGUCACUUAACAGACUGAAGGAUGCAGCUGUCAAGCUUGGCUUCUGGCUAGAGAGGAAAAUUUGGUACAGCAGCUUAAAUCUCUUGGUUUUUCAAAGAGGGGUGAAAGUGCAACAAGAGACUGAGAACCCAUCUGCACUAUACACUUAAAGCAGUAUUGUACUACUUUAAACCAGGCAUGUCCAAAGUCCGUUUCGGGGGCGUAACCCGGUCAGUGUCAGUUAAAAAAAGGUCAACAACGUCAGUCCUAAAAAAAGGUCAACAACUUUGGUCGGCCACCCCUGGCUUUAAACAGUCGUGCCAUCCUGGGAACUGUAGUUUAUUAAGGAUGCGGAGAGCUGUUAGGACUCCUCUGCUCUGCUCACAGAGCUACGAUCCCCAGUGUUUUCUGGGAAGACAGGUUGAGUGUUAAAACUCUCCAAGAACUAUAGCUGUGUGAGAAUAGGGGUCUUCUAACAGGUCUCAGACACCCAUAACAAACCAAAGCUCCCAGGAUUCAUUGGGGAAAGCCAUGUUUGUUUAAAGUGGUACAAUACUGCUUUAAAUGUGUAGCUCUUAUGGGGCCUUAUUGGGGUUGUGUUUAUGAAGAUGUUAAAAGGGUGCGUGUGUGUGUUAUUGACACCAAUUGGGUGAGAGGAUAGUAGAACUCUAACCAAUGCAUCUUACAGCUUUCCCUUGUGUCCUUACUUUCUGCUGUUGCUAGAUUGAAACUCUACAAAAUAAAAUUAAAAACCUAAGGGAGGUGAGAGGUCAUUUGAAGAAGAAGCGACCAGAGGAAUGUGACUGUAACAAGAUAAGGUACUCCUCCACCUAUACUGGAUUCGCAAACCUUAAGAAGUAGUUUCUGGGGUGGGGUGGGGGUGGGGUUAUUAUUAUUAUUAGCUUGGGCAAGUUGGCCAUACAAACUAUGAGGCUGUUGGAAAUUCUUAGCAGUGCAAAGAGAUGCUUUCUCUUGCCUACCACAUUCUUUGGGAUUCCCACAGUAAUGUUUUCCCAACCCAUAUCUUGAGCACCAAUAAUUCUCUAAGGGAAUUAUUACUUGUUUCAUUAUUGCCCUGCUUUGGAAUAUUUAAAGAUGUGGGCCUCGUCGUCAAAACCAGCUGAUGGUAGAGUGGACUUGUGCCUGGACUGUACCACUUCAGCCUACAGCUGGGCAGAAUAUUCCUGUUCCAUAACUAACAGCAGCAAAACCCAUAAAUAAAUAAAUCCCUACAUUUAGAAAACGGGCGUGCCAUUGGCACAGCUAGGAUGGAGCCCUUCUCCGUUACAUUCUCGCUUUUUGUUCAUGGGAAUUGCUAGGAAUGCUUGCCCUGCAGUCCGAAGUAGUAAAACCAAGAAGCAGGUUUCCUUCCUCGUCUGCUGCUUCCGAAAACUAGACCUGAAGUAGCUACAUGGGUUGUGGGUGGGGAGGACCUCUGCUGCUCUAGUGCUUAUGUUAUAUUUCAUUUUUGUUACUGUGUGGAAACAAAAAGUGAGAAACUCUAGAGAGCAAAAAACAUGUUGAAAGGGGCCAGAAACUUUUUAGUACUUCACAUUAUACCCAUCUUGUUCUUAACCAAGAACAAACGUAUGUAGAAAGUACAAAGCCCUCCCUUUCCAUAUUGGCUUUUGGUGGGAAUAGUGUGCCUUGCUGGUUAGCUUAGUUGGUUAGAGAGUGGUGCUGAUGACGCCAUGGUCACAGGUUUGAACCCUGUAUGGGUCCAUAUUCCUGCAUUGCAGGAAGUUGGACUAUUAGAUGAUCCAUGGGGUUCCUUUCAAUUAUUGUGUAUUGUGGGGGGGGGUAGGUUCUCUCUCCUCCUCUGUCUCUUGCCUCUACUUCAAUUCUGCUGUCCUUUUAGUGAACCUUAAUGCCUUUGUUUUAUAUUUUAAUAUUGUUUUUGUCAAGCUUCAUAAGCUGCCUAUAGCUUAUGGGGAAGUGAAAGUAUAAAAGACAUAAACGGAGGAGAGGUCGUCUCUUAGCUAAUUGUACAUCUGGGUUUUUUGUCUUGCAGCUUCCAUACUAAGCACAAAGGCAAACUGAGGCACAAAGGUUCUGGUGUCCACCCUUUCAAGUAAGUGCAAGCAGGCAUCACUAGACGAGUAGCAAAUGUGAAAUGCUCCGAAAUUCAGUUCUGCUGCAGUAGUUCCAAACAAAAAAAUCUAACCAGAAGCAUAAGGAAAUGAUAGGGAUUCAACUCCUGCCUCUAGGACUCACAUGCACAUCUUGGUCACAGUUAACAAUUGGUAAGGGUUGGAGGGCAAGGAUUGUGGGAAGUGGGUGUGCUUCACAUGCAAUGUGGAGACAUUUGGGAUUGCAGCUAUUGGUUGUGCUGUUCCAGCAAAAACAAUCCACUACCUGGAUUUCUGGACUGUGCCAUUUCAGAGUAUAGAGAAAGGUGCACUCUCUUUGAAGGUGCCUUCAUCUGCCUUCCUCUUGACUGUGCCAGACACAGGAAAUGAAUGAAGAGCAUAGCCAUCGUGAUCGGUAGUGACUGAUAGCCUCAUUUCCCAUGAAUUUACUGGUAUAAGUUAUGCAACAAGCUAUCAGUUCACCCUGCACCCUUGUCUCUGUGCUGUAGGAAAGCCCUGCAAGAGAAGGACAAGCUGUGGCUCCUCCGAGAGCAGAGGCGGAAGAAGAAGCUGAGAAAGCUGCUCAAGAGGAUUAAAAACAACGACACGUGCAGUAUGCCCGGCCUGACUUGCUUCACCCAUGACAACCAGCACUGGCAGACUGCCCCCUUGUGGACACGUAAGAUAUUCCCCCGAUACUAACUCAAGGCUGCAUGCACUUCACCAUGACUGUUGAGUUGCCUGCCAAGGCACAAGAGUGCAUUAGCUUAUGCACUCUUCUUCCAAAACAAGCAAGCAUGCAAUUGCGUCCCCCAAAUAGAACUAAAUUUCCUCUGAGAAGUGCUGUCUCCUAUAUCCCUGAGAGACCCAUCAUCACCCUGUGUCUUUAGUGCAGAUUGGAGAGAACGAAACAAACCUGAGGCUGGUUUCCAUGAUGAGAGGCAUUCGUGCUAAUAACUUUCUGAACCCCACCCUUUUUGGAGCUGGGAGGCCUGCCCCUUUUAUCUCAGAGGUGGUGGUGGGGAACUGGCUGCAGAGACUCAGUUGUGAGGGAGAGGCAUCCACAGGGAAGCUCCUUGACAUUACAAUGCCAUCUGCAGUGCUGAUGUUUCAGAGAUAAUACGAGACUGCUAAGCAUGGGAUCCAGAGUGCUAUGCACAGUGUCUCGCAUUCCUUUCAACAGAACAAGAGUGGGAAACCACAGGUUAGGGAUCUGAAUGAACCAUUCAGGUCUAUUGAUGCAGCACUCAGAAUUCUUUCCAGGCCAUGCCCCUGCCAACUGGUUCAUGCCCACCUUGAGUUCUCUGACCAAGCUGGAAUGUGUCAGUAAAUCAUAUUUCCUCUUGCUUGCCUAGAUGGGGAAUGAGGUGUGUGUGUGUGUGUGUGUGUGUGUGUGUGUGUAUGUACGUACAGUGGUACCUCGGGUUAAGUACUUAAUUCGUUCUGGAGGUCAGUUCUUAACCUGAAACUGUUCUUAACCUGAAGCACCACUUUAGCUAAUGGGGCCUCCUGCUGCCGCCGCGCCACCAGAGCAUGAUUUCUGUUCUCAUCCUGAAGCAAAGUUCUUAACCCGAGGUACUAUUUCUGGGUUAGCGGAGUCUGUAACCUGAAGCAUAUGUAACCUGAAGUGUAUGUAACCCGAGGUACCACUGUAUGUAUGUAUGUAGACAGCUGUGAUUUCUGUGUGGGUGAAAUGUAACCCACUGUUCAAAAAGAAGAGUUGCUUCUGCACAGGCUUGUAACCAUCAAAAGGUCACUUACAAGGAAAUGUGGCCUGGAAAAGAUCCCCCAUUUCUGCAAUAUUGGAAGCACCAUUGCAUGUAAAGGGAAUAUACAGAUAGGGCUGCUGUCUUGCUUGAAAUGGGCAGGAGAGCCCAGUGUGGUCAUGCAUUUGUAGGAACUACCUUGAUUUAUGGGUUAUCUCACAACAUACUUUAUUAUAAACUUUCAGCUUUAACUAUUGUUACUGUUGUAUUUGCAGUGGGUCCAUUCUGUGCCUGUACCAGUGCAAACAACAACACAUACUGGUGUAUGAGGACAAUCAAUGAGACUCACAACUUCCUGUUCUGUGAAUUUGCUACCGGCUUCCUUGAAUAUUUUGAUCUCAACACAGAUCCGUACCAGGUAUCCUUUUAUUUUUUUGUAAAGCUAGUAACCAGAGUGGCAGGAUUUGCAGCGGGGAAAACAUUUCUGCAAAUUCAGGCUUGUGCAGAGCUCAGAAUAGAAGCUGAAACUCAUAUUUAACUUAGUUUUCUUGACAAUUGCCUUAAAAGGAACAGCCAUGUUUGUUAUGCAGUAGGCUAGGUAAACGCUUGAGGCCGUGCAUUGGAAAAUAUAUCCACUUUCUAUUUGGAGAUACAUCCCUCCUCUACUCAAGUCCACCCAAGAUGCUCUUAAACAUAAACAAAUAGAACAAAUGGAUGAAUUUUAUUGGGAAUAUAGGUCACAUCCCCAGAGUCAGGCUAUUGAGCAGGCUUCCUCAACCUCAGCCCUCCAGAUGUUUUUGGCCUACAACUCCCAUGAUCCCUAGCUAGCAGGACCAGUGGUCAGGGAUGAUGGGAAUUGUAGUCUCAAAACAUCUGGAGGGCCGAGGUUGAGGAAGCCUGCUAUUGAGCCAUACAGCUCUGUAUUGUCAACAUCAGGGAAAGUGAACCUGCGGCUUUCCAGAUGGUUGUUGGAUACCAACUCUCAUUGACCCCAGGCAACAUAGUAGAGGAUAAAGGGAGUUGUAGUCCAGCAACAUCUGGAGGGCCAUAGGCUCCCCAUCCCUGAUCUACACAGACUGGCAAUGGCAAGCUAGGGUUUUGAACCAGUCUUUUCCAGUCCCUUUAGCAUGUGAAGAAGAGAGAUGUGCUCUGCUAAUGGAUCUAUGACCCUUCCUCUGUUAAGCAACAGUCUACAUUAUCAAAUGCAACUGAUAUAUCUGGUGGUGCAGAUUCUUUUCCAUGAAAGGCCCACAAAACAUUUGCUGUUGGCCAAAAUGCAUGCCUGCAAUGGUGAUGCAUAGUUCAGACUUACGGCUGCAUUUAUUGUGUAUGUAAAGAUCUUCAUUGAUGGCCAAUAGGUUUUUGCUUGUGAAGGUCUGUCUGUAGAGAUACUGUGAAGACUCAAAUAAGGUUGUUUCCUUAUGAGGAAGUGUGGGCCAAGUAGUGUGCACUCCAGUGCAUGUAUCCACUACCAUCUUUGCCUUCCCUUCCUUCCCCCAAAAACCAACUGGGCAGAGGGGGGAGGCAGCUGCAGGAGUUUUUACCAUCGUUCUCCCUCUAUUAUAAUCCCCCUUUUUACAGUUAAUCUGUGGCUGUAGAGUUUUGUAGCCAAUACAUCAAAUUUACUAAUUUAACACAUAACAUAGUCAUUUGCUUGGGAAGGCCAAUUUGGCCUUGGAGGUUGUGAUUGGAGCCUCUACAUGUUGUAAUAUAUGGUAUUUGGUUGCUAAUAAUGUACCUCUUGGUGAGCAUCCAAAAGAUGUUACAAUGUCCUCUGAAUAAAUGGUAUGACUUUAACAAAAACAAAACUUUUUAAUCUGCAGCUAAUUAAUGCAGUGAACACACUAGACAGAGAUGUCCUCAAUCAACUGCACGUGCAGCUUAUGGAACUAAGAAGCUGCAAAGGGUAUAAGCAAUGUAACCCAAGGACUCGGAACAUGGAACUCGGUGAGGGGUCUCUUAUCUUCGCCUUUUUUAGAGUGUUUAAAGUAACUGAGGUGGCACUUUUGAAAAAAAAGACUUGUAGAUGAACCAUUAACUAUAUUAAACAGGAAAACUAGAUGAGGGUAUACUGUAAUCAGAAGUUGAACAUGACCUUAUAGAAGUAUUUUCUGAUAAACAAAAUAAUGAGGUGCACGGAUCACAUGGAUGCACGGAUCACACGGAUCACAUGGUCUCUACCUUCUGCUAAAUUUAUUCUCCUGCAUUGAUACAAUUGCUGGGAAUCAAGAAGUCAUAGUAAGAUUUUGAAAACCAGAGACCAGUUUAAGGGGUACAUAUGCUUUGUUUGUUAACUUUCUAAGUGCAUUUGCAACAGAGAACAGCAGCAAUCGGGGAAAGUGUUGGGGGCUUAACCCAGUGGCCACACGUGUAAGUUUAAUUGUUCCAUUAAUUUGUUUCUGUUCCAAACAACUUGUCUUAACUGACCAGAUGCUGCAAUAGCAGGCAGGCAAUGUAAAUUUAAAACAAGGAGCUUGACUUUUAACCUCUCCUCCAAGGGGAUGGAACCAAAAUCUUCACUCAGAGUGCAGAUCCUUAAAUCUCUCUGCUUGGAAACUUUCACAGACAGCAAUGUGUUUUCUUUUAAUAAGAUGCCUUUCCCCUUUUUAAAUUGUGCCUUACAAUGUUCUUUCCCCCACUCCUGUGGUCAUUGCUGUAUAACCAAUAAUAUAUUCUCCCCCUUCAGGCCUUAAAGAUGGAAGCUAUGAGCAAUACAGGUACUACUAAAAAUAUAAUUAUUUUCUCCCCAGUGAGCAAUAGGUUAUGGGAAGAUAUGGGCAAGAAGACUUAGGCUGUGGGGUUAGAACUAGGAUACUCUCUCUGGGUGGUUCCAGAAGUUUGGGUCCCUCUAGCUAUUUCAUUGGUAGAUAGGUUUCACUUUAUAGCAUAAUUCUACAGUAUAAGAGGGAAGAGGCAACUUGGGUAUGUGUUGUCAAGUUGGGUGAGGGAGACAAAAGACUCUGCUACAGAAGAUCACUGUCAAGGGGUUUGGGCACAGGCCUAAGCAUGCAGCCCCGCUGUACCUACCUUAACUCUUCCCUCCUGUAACAAUACUUGUGUAGCAUAUGAAACAUACUAAAACCCUCACCCCCCCUUCUUCUGUGCUGUAGUGCUGGUGGUUUUCUUGACAUGGUUAACUUUUUUCUCUUUUUGCGGCUCGGACAUAAGGCAAUUUCAACGUCGAAAGUGGCCAGACAUGAAGAAACCAUCUUCCAAGUCACUGUGAGUUGGGAGCCUUGACAUUGCUCUCUCUCUUUUGCAUGCAGUCCAUAUUUGUAGUUUCAUCUAUUCUUGCUCUUAAAUCCUACUCUUCCUAAUGAAACGACUGGGAGAGUGAUGACUCUAACCUCUUUAACUGCAGCCAAUUAAGGUUUAAAUGAGUUUGUGUUGUCCUGCUCUGUAGCAAGGUAGGGUUCAGGCUGGAGGCAAGGCUCAGGUGGUGCUAUAAGAAGGCAGAACUCUAGUAGCUGCUUCAACAACAAAUUGAGACUGAGCCCUGUAAAAUGGCAACAGCUGCACCCCAGUUGAUAGUCCUAUCUGUAGUGCAAGGUGUUUGCUCCAGUAGCCUCAGACUACGACUGCAGAAGUGAGACCAGGGGUGCUCUGUUCAAUGCAGUUCUCAGAGGCCUAGGACAGCCCAGACAAUGACUCAUCUGCUAGAAGCACUAGGAGCUCAUCUUGCAUGCCCUUCUGGUUCAUUGUAGGGGAAUCCAACUCCAGGUUUCUAAAGGGCUAGAGAAGCCUGUCCUCUCCAGAUCUGGUGGACUCCCCUUCCCUCCAGGAGUUAUUGGAACUGUAGUCCAAAACAUUUGGCAGGCGCAGCCUACUUUUAAGGUUGCUAUUGGAUAGAAGUGUAGUACUACAGAGGUAGGCCCUCAUUAUUAUAAGAUAGUAUUUGUUCCUCUGUCAGCUGCACUUGUAGAAUCAACCUUUCUGUGUUGUGCUAAACAAAAGCUGUAGCGCAUGUUGAAAUAUGGUGACUCCAACACUGUUACUUUGAGAAAAAUCUUUGGUAGGAAAGACAGGCAGUCCAUUACACAAUUAGGAGGUCAAAAUCAUUGAGCAGAGAUCACGGCAGUGAUUUCAGAAUUUUGUACAAUGCUUGCAAGAAAUGUGAGGUCAUUUAAAUGACCCACAUACAGUGCAAUGAAAAUAGUGUAGACAUGUAGACACUGAAGAUUCAUCUAAAAGUUCAACUGCUGUUAAGAAAGGUAGUUAGUGAAUGAAUGAAUGAAUGAAUGUAUCCUUUGCUUCUGUGUUGUGGGUGAUGCACAGUGGAAAAGUAUGCCCUUUGCAUGGCUCGGCUGUGAGAACAGAUUGCUUUGCUCUUCAGAGAGUGAAUUAAUUAAAUGUGUGUUCUUUUUCAGAGGACAACUUUGGGAAGGCUGGGAAGGCUAAUUUCCUGCAACUGCUGGACCUCAAUGAGGAUAUAAACUGGCCAGAACUUGAAUCUUUGUACAGACUUAAUGAAAGUGUGUAUGAUUUCAGACUGAAAUAUAACAUUAGCCUGGAGGACUGGAUAAACUUUGAUGCUAAGGUAGAUAGGAUGUUUGCACUGUUAUGCAAUCUAAAUAGACACAGUGACCUUCUGGGGAGUACUUUCAUCCAACAUAUGUAUCCCUUCUUGAAGCCCACUGGUUUACCUGCUUUUGCUUUGGGUUAUACCUCACUUGCUUCACAAGCUAUUUUACUUCCACCGAUCACUGCAGAUACUGUUUCAAGAAAUGGCAGCAGAGAAAAAACAAGGGUGACCCAUUGAGAGACUUGGAAUCCUAAGGGGCAAAACCACACAGACUAUUUCAGUGGAAGCCAAAUAGCCCCUCUGCAACUUCAUCUACAGCUUUAAAUGGCAUUUGAAAGGACAGACAAAUGGAGAAGGAUCUCUUCCCCCACCUACAGAUUAGGCAAGUCAAAAUUAGACACAGUGGUAGAAAAUUGCUACUGAGGCAUGCAGGAUAUCGUGGAUAUUACUGAACAGAUGCACAGACUCGGCACUAACAGUCUUCAGGUGUUUGUCUACCACAGAAGCCAGUUUAGUUCACAGUUCACACAUCUACCUUGGCUCAUGAGGAAACUGAAAUCUUCACUCAGUGAAACCAGCUUUCCAGCAUGGUACUGUAAAUAUUCAGUGUCCUGUUUCAAAAGAAAUCCAAGUUCAGAAGAAUUGUUACUAAAGUGUUGGCAUGCCCCAAUUCCAUUUCUGAAAAGUCACUCCAUUGCAUAAUAAAAAAUUCAGAAUUUAGCCAUUUUUAAAAGCACUGCAAAAUUAAAAGCAGUUUGUGUUAUGUCUUGAAUUUUAACAAAGUUGGAUUUGUAUUAAGUCUUUGUGGUUAUAUUGUAUGUUCAAAAACCAAAAUUACUACUAUAAAAGAAAGCACUUGUUUACUUUU